GGCUGAGCUGGAGGGACUCGGCUUGGCAAGGGUUAAAGGGAAGUGAGCUGCCUUCCUAGAGAGGACAGGAAGCAAGGGGGGGCCAGGUCCUCCAGAGCCAAGGCCCCUCCCUCCCCAGUCCUUUCCUGCUUUGGGGUCUCUCCUGCAAGGGCCGAAUCGCAGCCCCCUCCUGGGAUCUGGUGAGUCUCCUCUCUCUCUGGGAUCUGGUGGGGGUCCCAGGGCUGCAGCAGGGGAGGAUUCCUGGGGGGCCUGAUCUGCUCCUCCAGGGGGGACCCCAAGUCAGGGAGGAGAGGGUCCUGCCAGGGAGGGGCCAGGUCUGCCACGCUCUCCUUCCUGCAGAUCAGAGGAUCCCUGACUCCCACGAAAUCUCCCUUUUUAAAACAAAGGAGUCCCUGGGACUUUAACUCUGUGUGACAUCGCUCAGCCUCAUUGCACAACAGAGGAAACAUGUGCAAAUGGUUUUCCAAAGCUGGACAAGGAGGUGGACUAGCCCCCCCCCCCCAAAAAAAAGGGUGGGAGAGAAAGGCCAGGAAUAAAGAGAGGGAUCCCAGCCCAUAGUGUGACUGCUGCAUUGCAGACCAGUUUCCCAGUGUCUCCCAGGGCAGCUCCCCACGGAGGCCACUGCAGCAAUCCCCUCGCACCCAGAGCAUGGCAUCCCAGGACCACAUCCUCUCUGUCCCAAAGGGAUUGUUGCUGGAAAACCAGCCAAGCCGGAAAUGGGCGCUGCUACUCACCGAGCCUCCAGGGACCUUGGCAUCAGUGGCUGUGUGUGCGUUAAUAAUAAUAAUAAUAAUAAUAAUACAAGAAUAUAAAAUUACCCUCCUAAAUUUCAAGGGAGAUGUCUUUGGCCCUGCCCACUUGGCCCUCAGGGGGUUGUCCAGAUACAUUCCUGGCCCUCAGAAGAGAGAAAAAGAGCUCUCACCCCACGAAUCUGUCUGGACAGCGGCAGAGAUUGCAGAAAAGGAGACAGAAGCAGGGAGUGGAGGUGGGGUGGGGGUGGGGGUGGGGGGAGCAACUCCCGAGGACCCCCAGGUCAGGACCCCCACUAGAGAAAAGCAUCCAUUUAUCACGAGAUACAAAUGACUCCCUUGUCAUUCAGUUCUGACUUCAUGCAUUGACUGGAAGGCAGCAGAAACCAGGUUGAUUAAUCUCGCAGAAAUCCCUUCAGUUGCCUCCACAUUCUGCAUUGCUUGAAGGCUAGAGACUUAUUUCUUCUCCUCUUCCUCCUCCUCUUUCUUUUCAAAAAGAUAUCUCAUGGUCUGGGAUCUGGUGCAGUCCAGCCCUGGUUCCCAGCAAGACUCAACCAUGCUUGCUCAGGGAACCAUUCCCCCCCCCUGUCCUACAAAUUCUAUAACAGAACAAUGUAUUUGCUUUGUAGGAUUUGCUAGAGCUUCUCAUUUAGACAGACAGAACUUGGUAGAAGACCAAAGGGUUCCUUCUGAUCUCUCAGAGGCUUCCUGAGAGCACAGAUGGAUGAGCAAGACUCAACUGGCCCUGGAACAGGAAGAGGCCAUGCCAACCAAACUGGGAGCAGUGGGGGGUUCUGGGAAAACUCUGUGCAGAAGAUCCAUGGUGAGGUGGACACCCUCCGCUCAGAGGUGCAGAGCCAGCAGUUGAGGCAGUUCUGCUGCCAGGAGGCCAAAGGACCGCGGGAGGUUUGCAGGCGACUCUACCACCUUGACCAUCAGUGGCUGAAGCCAGAAAGGCACACGAAAGCUGAGAUGCUGGACUUGGUGAUCUUGGAGCAGUUCCUGGCUGUCCUUCCCCCGGAGAUGGAGAGCUGGGUGAGGGACUGUGGAGCGGAGACCAGUUCCCAGGCGGUGGCCCUGGCCGAAGGUUUCCUCCUGAGUCAGGCAGAGGAGAGAAAGCAGGAACAGAGUAAACAGGUGAGAGAGACUUUCCUCUGGAUACUCCCAAGGGGUUCCAAACAGGACAGAGGACAUCCCAUAAUGGUCUGCUGAUGGCCCAUUUUCUGGGAAAGCAUCCAUGGAAUGAGAUCUCGCACCUUCGAGUCUUUGUCAUUCUCUUUCUAGUAUUUCUCCCCAUUCUCUGGUUUGAAUCCUUGUUUCUUUCUCAGGGAAAGGAUCUCUUUGCAGAAAUGGACCUGGAUUCCUGUGAGGCAGAGAGGCCUCCGUUGGACACCAGAGAGAGGCCACUGGGUAAGGAGGAAGGUGGUUUUUCUCCACUGGUCUCAUUCUGUUGGUUUCCCAACUCAUCUGAGGGUUCUUUUCAUCUUGUUUUGGGGGGAGACAGUUGGGAACAAGGGUCCAGAAGAGGAGAGAUGUAUUUCUGCACAAACAAACAUAUGAAAUGGGCACAAACCUCCAAAUGCACUCAGCGGGUGAGGCUUUCUCAAAGGCCCAUCUGUAGUUAGAGAUGCCCUGUUUCACCUGUGAGAGAAGCAGGCACUCCUGGUGUCCUGCUUACCUUUUUUCUCUUGCAGGUGGCAGAAGGAUGCCGGCAAGACCUCCUGAUCCGCCUUUUCAUGGGGGCAGAAGGGAAGCAGCGGCUGUGGAACCAGAUCAGGUCAGGGGAAGCUGCCUUGUGGGGACAGAGGCCGAGGGAUGGAGCAAUGUCAUGGACUGGUUCGGCACAGAGGAAUGGUGGGAGGAAGCAGCCUGGGAACCAGGAAGGGAAGAUGGCUCAGAGCCCAAGGAUUGGAGGUGGAGGAAGGAUGAGCGGUCAGAGGGAGAAGAGGGAGAAGUCUGGGAAGAGGAGGUGUCAGAAGCCGAAGAACAGGGUUUAGUGAGCUGGGAGAUUCUGUGGCAGAAUGCAGUGCAGAAUCAGAGGCAGAAGAGGAAGGAGGCAAGUGGGAGAGGAAGGUCGAGAGGCUGAGGUGAGUCAGGAUAAGGAGGAGCCACCGGUGGCUCCCUCUCCUUUUGCCAGAAGCCACCCUCCCUGCUUGUCUCUCAGAGCCAGGAGACCCCCUGCAAUGCAGGAAUCUCUGCUAGAUCAUCCAAGACAGAUGGCCAUCCAAAAGAGGCUUAUUUUAUUUCUAGAUUGAUAACUGAAUGCAAAAAUUGGUUUCUAAGCAGUGGACAAAUGAGAACAAAUAGUGGCCUGGAUUCAACUAACCAGCCCCAUCCACUGCAAAAUUGGACCUGCCCAGCAAUCCUCCCCCUCCCCCUCUCCAUGCUCCCCUGAACCCCUUGAAUUUGGCUCUAGGGCAUUGGGAGGGAACUCCCCAGAAGAGCUCAGGAGGAGAGGAGAAAGUGGAUCCUUCCAUCAGGCAAACUGGAAAGCUUGGGUAGGCAGAAUGAUUUGAAAACCACAUGUGGAGUACCACCUGUUUGCACAAAGACAAAUACCCAUAAUUAAAACGCAGAAUAAAAUAAGCAUCCAUAAUUAAAAUGUGCUGCAAAACAGUCCUAUUGAAACAACACAGCAAUUUACAGGAUGGAAACAACAGAGCAUUGUGUAGCAGAUCAUAUUUCUGCUGUCUCAGAGGAGGACAUUUCCCUUUUUCUUUUAGGGUCCAGUGUGCUUUGAAGAUGUUGCUGUUCGUUUCACGGACGAGGAGUGGGCGUUGCUGGAUCCUGACCAGAGAGCUCUGCAUAAGGACGUCAUGGAGGAGAAUCGUGGGAUCGUGGCCUCUCUUGGUAAGGCUCCCUGUGGGAUCGUCAUACCUGCCUGGAAAUUCAAAAAAUAUGUCUAUAGACCAACCUCACAUAUUUUCACAGAGCUCAACAACGCCCCCUAUAACACCUGGGAACCUAACACCCCCACAAUGAACAGUAAAUUACAGUUUUCUCUUUGAACAAUCUUCCUCAAAUUAUUCCUUUUUCUACCACGAUUGGGCUGGUCUGAACUGCCCAGGCCAUCUUAAAUGUCAGCUUCAGAAUUGUUAGGAAAGAUAAGUAGCUUCAGGUUUUCUGUUUUUGUUUUUGCUCCUGUCAGUCUUGGGUUGACCAAAGAGACGACUGACAUUGGAGAUGGAGGGGAUGCCAUGACUGGGCCAAACAAAAUUCAUCCCAGAGAAGAGCUAGGCUUAUUGAAUUUCAGGUAGAAGUAGCAGUGGUGAUGAUGAUGAUGAUACAGUGGUACCUCGGUUUACAAACUUUCCGGAACAGGACUGUUCUUAAAUCGAGGUACCACUGUAGUAAUAAUAAUAAUUUUUAUUUCUACCCUGCCCAUCUGGCUGCGUUCCCCCAGCCACUCUGGGCGGCUUCCAACACACAUAUAAUCAUGAAACAUAAAUAAUAAUAAUCUGAUCCCAUAUAUUAAGAACAUUAACUCUAAAAUGAACAACUUCUACUAGUGGCCAAAAUUGUGGAAACCUAUUUUGAAAGGUGUAUUUCUGAGGUUUGGUGGCUCAUAACACCACUUUUGUGUGGAGUAAUACCAUAAAAUUAUAUAGCAAUGGAAAGAUAAUUUAAUGAAGAAAGUAAUGCAAUGACUUUUAUGAAGGAGUAUUUAUUAGAACAGCAGUCAUAAAGAAAAAACGUGAAACCUUUGGUAACCAUUGGUAACCUUUAGCUUUAAUUACGGCCUUACAACGCCUUCACUUGAAGUGAACCAAGUCUUUAGUUCUGCAGCUGUAAUAAUGUGAAACCAAGACUGAAUUAUUGCCUCUGUUAAUUGGGCUUUAUUGCUGGGUUGCUUCUGACUAACAAGUUUCUUUAGUCGGCUCCAUAGAUUUCUGAUUGGGUUAAAGUGUGGGCUAUUCCCAGGCCAUUCCAGCAGUGAAAUAUCAUUAUCUUGAAAGCACCUUUUGCACACAGCAGCAACACGACAUAGAGCUGAAUCCUGUUGAAAAUAUAUAAAUGCUUCAGUAUCUGGGAAAAGAUCACCUGCGGAACACUUCAGUUUGGGCUCACGUAUUUCGUUUAUGCAUUUUUCCGCAUUUAUAUUCCCAUUAAUGACGCAAAUUCUGCCCACACCUUUUGCUGCCAUACAACCCCAGAUCAUCACACUGUCGGGGUGUUUCACGGUCAGUGUAAUGCAAGUAGGAUGUAAAUCUUAUCUGAUUCUUCUCCUCUUCUCCAAUUAAAGAAACUCACGUAUUUCAUGCCAUCACUACCAAGAAAGGUAGUGUCCUUUUUUUUUUAAUAAAGUUUUUUAUUUAUACAACAAGAAAAAAGAAAAAAACCCACAGAUACCAAAUUACACACAAAUUACAAAAAUAACCAUAGACACAUAAUUUUCUUAGCAAACAAUAAAACAUCUAUUGGUCUUAACACUAAAGACCCAACCUCCCGUCUAUUCCAUAUUUCAAAUUCAUAUUACUUAUUGCCAAUACACACUUUUAUCAUAAUUAAACUUAUUCUCAAUAAAUCUAAUUUCUUAUAUCUACCUUGCAACUAUUACUGAAGUUCCUCGAACGCUGCAACAGAAUUGAGACUACUAUAUUUAUUUUUCAGAUAUUCUUUGAAAACCUCCCAUUUUGAAACAAAUUCCUGUUUUGAUUUAUUCUUUAUUUUUUUCUGAUAAACCAUCUAAUUCGGCAUAUUCUGUCAGCUUUUGGAUCCAAUCUUGUAUAGAGGAGAUUUCAUUACUCUUCCAUUUUGCUGCGAUCAAAACUCUUGCUGCCGUCGUCGCAUAUAAAAAGAUACCCUUUCUCUUUUGUGGAAUAUCCAAAUCUGUUAUUCCCAGGAGGUAGGCCUCUGGUUUUUUAUUGAAAGAGAUCUUUAGCAUUUUGUGCAGUUCUGCAUGUAUACUUUCCCAUAAUACCUGUAUUUUCCUACAUAUCCACCACAUAUGGUAGAAUGUUCCUGAGUCUCCGCAUCUCCAAAAAUUUUGGACACAUUUUUAUACAUUUUUGAAAGUUUCCAUGGUGUUAGAUACCAUUGAUGUUGCAUUUUUUGAAAGUUCUCUCUAAUCGUGUAACAAUUUGUGAAUUUCCAAUUGAUCUUCCAUAAAUUUUCCCAUUGGGCCAUGGUUAUUGAAUGGCCAAAAUCCUGGGACCACCUCACCAUUGCCACUGUUACCUCCUCCUCCUUGACUGUCCAGGCAAGGAGGAGUCGAUAAGUUUUGGAAAGAGUUUUUCUUUUAGAAUUUACAAGAUCAGAUUCGAAUCGGGAAAUUUCUGUUGAGAACCCCUUUUGUUUGUCAGAUUUAAAUUUUUCAAAUAACUGAUGGUAUUGGAACUAGUCUGAAAUGUGUUCUCUUAUUUCCUCAAAGUUUUUAAAUUUUAUUUGGUAAUCUUCAUUUUUUAGAAGUAUUUUACAUGUUGGCCAGCUUUCCUGAGUAUUUUUCCGUUUUACUUCUAUGGCUUAGAAUCAUAGAGUUGGAAUAGACCACAAGGGCCAUCGAGUCCAACCCCCUGCCAAGCAGGAAACACCAUCAGAGCACUCCUGACAUAUGGUUGUCAAGCCUCUGCUUAAAGACCUCCAAAGAAGGAGACUCCACCACACUCCUUGGCAGCAAAUUCCACUGUCAAACAGCUCUUACUGUCAGGAAGUUCUUCCUAAUGUUUAGGUGGAAUCUUCUUUCUUGUAGUUUGGAUCCAUUGCUCCGUGUCCGCUUCUCUGGAGCAGCAGAAAACAACCUUUCUCCCUCCUCUAUAUGACAUCCUUUUAUAUAUUUGAACAUGGCUAUAUCACCCCUUAACCUCCUCUUCUCCAGGCUAAACAUGCCCAGCUCCCUUAGCCGUUCCUCAUAAGGCAUCGUUUCCAGGCCUUUGACCAUUUUGGUUGCCCUCCUCUGGACACGUUCCAGUUUGUCAGUGUCCUUCUUGAACUGUGGUGCCCAGAACUGGACACAGUACUCCAGGUGAGCUCUGACCAGAGCAGAAUACAGUGGCACUAUUACUUCCCUUGAUCUAGAUGCUAUACUCCUAUUGAUGCAGCCCAGAAUUGCAUUGGCUUUUUAGCUGCCGCGUCACACUGUUGGCUCAUGUCAAGUUUGUGGUCAACCAAGACUCCUAGAUCCUUUUCACAUGUACUGCUCUCAAGCCAGGUGUCCCCCAUCUUGUAUUUGUGCCUCUCAUUUUUUUGCCCAAGUGCAAUACUUUACAUUUCUCCCUGUUAAAAUUCAUCUUGUUUGUUUUGGCCCAGUUCUCUAAUCUGCCAAGGUCGUUUUGAAGUGUGAUCCUGUCCUCUGGGGUGUUAGCCACCCCUCCCAGUUUGGUGUCAUCUGCAAAUUUGAUCAGGAUGCCCUUGAGUCCAUCAUCCAAGUCGUUGAUAAAGAUGUUGAAUAAGACCGGGCCCAAGACAGAACCCUGUGGCACCCCACUAGUCACUCUUCUCCAGGAUGAAGAGGAACCAUUGAUGAACACCCUUUGGGUUCGGUCAGUCAGCCAGUUACAAAUCCACUGAGUGGUAGCAUAGUCAAGACCGCAUUUUACCAGCUUCUUUACAAGAAUAUCAUGGGGCACCUUGUCGAAUGCCUUGCUGAAAUCAAGGUAGGCUACAUCCACUGCGUUCCCUUCAUCUACCAGGCUUGUAAUUCUGUCAAAAAAUGAGAUCAGGUUAGUCUGACAUGACUUAUUUUUCAGAAAUCCAUGCUGACUAUUGGUGAUCACAGCAUUCCUUUCUAGGUGCUCACAGACUGUUUGCUUAAUGAUCUACUCCAAAAUCUUCCCUGGUAUUGAUGUCAGACUGACUGGGCGGUAAUUAUUUGGGUCCUCUCUUUUCCCCUUUUUGAAAAUAGGGACAACAUUUGCCCUCCUCCAGUCUGCCGGGACUUCACCUGUUCUCCAGGAAUUCUCAAAGAUGACUGCCAGUGGUUCUGAGAUCACAUCUGCCAGUUCUUUUAAUACUCUUGGAUGCAGUUCAUCUGGCCCUGGAGACUUGAAUACAUCUAAACUAGCCAAGUAUUCUUGUACUAUCUCCUUAGUUAUUCUGGGCUGUGUUUCCUCUGCUGAAUCAUUUGCUCCAAAUUCUUCAGUCGGGCAUUGUUUUCUUUAUCGGAGAAGACUGAGGCAAAGAAGGCAUUGAGGAGUUCAGCCCUUUCUGUGUCCCCUGUUUGCAUUUCACCAUCUUCUCCUCUGAGUGACCCCACUGUUUCUUUGUUCUUCCUUUUGCUACAGACAUACCCAUAAAAGCCAUUUUUGUUGCUUUUAACCUCUCUAGCAAGCCUGAGUUCAUUCUGUGCUUUAGCUUUUCUGACUCUGUGUCUACAUGUGCUGGCUAUUUGUUUGAAUUCCUCUUUGGUGGUUUCCCCCCUUUUCCAUUUUUUGUACACAUCUUUUUUAAUCUUAACUCAGUUAAAAGUUCUUUAGAUAGCCACCCUGGCUUCUUUAGGCACCUUCCAUGUUUCCGUCUCAUUGGUAUUGCCUGAAGUUGUGCUUUUACUAUCUCCCUCUUAACAAACUCCCAGCCAUCAUGAACUCCCUUUCCUUUUAGUAUUACUGUCCAUGGGAUCUCACCCAGCACUUCCCUAAGUUUUAUGAAGUCGACAUUCUUAAAGUCAAGAAAUUGAGUCCUAGUAUGCUUGGCUGCUCCUUUCCGCUGUAUAGUAAACUUCAGAAGAGCAUAAUCACUAAUAAUCCUUCCACUUCUGCCCCACUAACCAGGUCAUCAACAUUGGUUAGGACCAGAUCUAAAAUGGCUGUUCCUCUUGUUGCUUCUCCCACUUUCUGGACAAUGAAGUUGUCUGCAAGGCCAGUGAGGAAUCUGUUUGACCUUAUGCUCUUGGCUGAGUUUGACAUCCAACAAAUGUCCGGGUAAUUGAAGUCCCCCAUUACUACUGUCUCCCUUCCUUUUGCAUGCUUGGCCAUCUGUUCCAGGAAGGCAUCAUCUAUGUCCUCCGUUUGGCUUGGGGAUCUAUAGUAAACUCCCACAAUGAGCUCUCUGUUCUUCUUCUCUCCCUUAAUUUUGACCCAAAUGCUCUCACUUUGGCUUUGAGGUUCUAAAUCUUGGAUCUCUUCACAGGUAUACACAUCCCUGACAUAUAACGCCACUCCUCCUCCUUUCUUGUCUGGUCUGUUUCUCUGAAAUAGAUUGUAUCCCUCCAUUAUUACAUUCCAAUCGUGGGACUUAUCCCACCAGGUUUCAGUGAUGCCUAUUAUGUCAUAUUUAGUUUGCUGUACCAAGAGCUCAAGCUCAUCUUGUUUAUUUCCCAUGCUUUGCGCAUUAGUGUACAGACAUUGAAGUCCAUUAAUCAUUCCCCGUGUCUCUUAUUUAAGGAUUUUUCCUCCCACCACUAGGUCUGCGUGCUGUUUGCUCCAUUUGGUCUAUGACAUUUGGAUGAUCAUCUUCAUCAAUUGAUAGACUCCUACCUUCAGGAGCACUGUCUCCCUCCCCACAUUAGUCAGUUUAAAGCCCUUCUGAUGAGGUUUCUGAGAUUUUUGGCAAAAACAUUUCUCCCAACCGUUGUGAGGUGCAGCCCAUCGCUUGCCAGAAGUCCAUCUUCAAGAAACUGCAGUCCGUGAUCUAAGAAUCCAAACCGUUCCUGUUUACACCAUUUGCGAAGCCAGCUGUUCACUUCCACUAUUUUCCCCUCUCUCCCUGGGCUACGUCGUUCAACUGGGAGGACAGAUGAGAUGACAAUUUGUGCAUUUAAUUGCUUCAAUUUCCUGCCCAGAGCCUCGUAGUCUCUUUUGAUCUUCUGGAGGCUAUUGCUUGCAGUGUCAUUGGUUCCCACAUGAACCAAGAGGAAGGGGUAUUUGACAGUGGGUUUUAUGAUUCCUUGCAGUCGUUCAGUUACAUCUUGGAUCUUAGCCCCGGUGAGACAGCACACCUCCCGAGACAUCUUGUCAGGCCCACAGAUCACUGCUUCUGUUCCCCUCAGUAGGGAAUCCCCUAUCACCACUACACGCCUCCUCUUAGGUUUGGUCGGGGUUCUUCUGUGAGCUGUCCGUUCUAAGGUCGCCUGCACAUUCCCCGAGGACUGACUUUGCUGCUCGUCUUCAUAUACCUGAUCGACUAUAAUGAGGGAGAGAUCCUCAAAUGGAGUCUGUUCUUCGUCUUCCAUGCUAGGGGAUAGGACUUCAAAGCGAUUGUGUAUUUCUAAACAAUCAGAGCGGACCCUGGGCCUCCUACUUCUUUGAGUCACGUUUCUCCAUAUAUCUGGCACCUGUGUUGGUGAACUAGCCUCCUUCUCAGGGGUGUCCCCUGUCUCCUCCUUGGUGGAGACGGUGUUCUCUGUUGCUUCCAAGAAGAGCUCCAGCUCUCUAAUUUUUGGAGCGUAGCUACACGUUCCUCCAGUUGCUGGACUUUGUCUUCUAAGAGGGCAAUCAACAUACAAUUGCUGCAGGUAAAGCUGCCUGCAACCUUUGGCAAGAUGGCAAACAUUGCGCAGGAACCUAUUGCGCAGGCUUCUAUUGGAGAAGUCCACCAUGGGACUUUAGGCUCCAUCAGGUCUUUAUAUUUUUCCCAUACAGCAAAGAGUGACUUUCUUAUGAUAUGGUUGGUAAAAUUUUUAUGAAUUUUCGCUUUUCCAUAUAUCAGGUUGGCGUGCCAUCCCCAAUGAUUGUCAAAACCUUCCAGGUUCAGGAGGUCCGGAUCCUGCAACGUGCACCAAUCUUUUAGCCAGGUGAAACAGGCUGCCUCGUAGUAAAGGUUUAGGUCGGGUAGGGAAAAGCCUCCUCUCUCUUUUAAAUCUAUUAAGAUCAGGUGUUUAAUCCUAGGUUUCUUCCCUUCCCACAGGAAUUUGGAAAUUUCUCUUUGCCAUAUCUUGAGACAACCUGUCAAGUAAGGUAGUGUCCCAUUGUUCCGCUGUCCAGUUAACAUGGGUUUAAUCUUUUCAAACUUUGCUUGAGAGAUAACAAUGGCUUUUCCCUUCGAAUUCUAACAUUUAGACCAGUCCUUGCACUCAACUUCCCAUUACAUUGCGCCAUGUCAUCUUGUAUACACCCAGAUGAUUUUCUUCUGUCAUGUAGGCACAGUCUCUCCACUCGUCCAUCGUCACUUGCCUUUGUACACAUUCCCUGCCUUAACAAGUCUGAUUUUGUAGUGACUGAGUCUCCUUAUACCUCUUCCAAAAUAUAGAAAGGCCAACUUUGGUUAAGUUUUCCCCAAUCUCUCUUCUAAUUUCUUCAUAACUGUAGCCUUGUUCACUUAAUAGUACAAUCUUACAUCGCUUUCUGGGGACCACUCAACUCCUUGUGCCAUUUCUAUAAUUUUAUUAUGUUUUACGCACUCACUAAAUGAAAGAACACAAAAACCAACCAACUUGAUAGCAAUCACAUAACACACUGACAAAAGUCAACCUAAGCAAGUUGUGCUUUCUUUUUCUGGUUAUUUGGCUAUAAUUUUGAUAGAAUACGGGUAAUUGAACAAACUUUGUUGGAUUGCAAUCUUGAUUGCAUUCUUGAUCGAAUAAUCUUUCCACUGAUAUAUAAUUUUAUGACAUAACUCCAAAUGAAGUGGUGUUAUGAGCCAGCAAACCUCUGAAAUACACUUUUUUCCAAAGGUCUUCCACAAUUUUGACCACUACUUUAUAUAAACAAAGCAACAUUCAACAACUCAUCAGAAUCUCAUAAUAAAUAUGUUGGUUAAUGACAAAAAAUACAGGUAAUGAACACACACCCAACUCCCUUCAGUUCUUCUCCAUUUGUUCCUGAGGCUCUAAUCCCUUUUUGUCUCCAAUGCAGAUUGUGAUGAAACGGAAAUUGAGAGCAAAGGUGACAACGAAAAAAUCCCCAGAGAGGAGAAGCCACACAAAAAUUUGGAGUGUGGAGAAAGCUGCAGUCAGAGCUCCCAUUCCACUUCCCAUCAACAAAAUCUCAUUGAAAAGAAACUCUAUCAGGGCAUGGAAUGUGGAAAGAGCUUCAAUCAGAGCUCCGAUCUCACUAAGCAUCAGAGAAUUCAUACAGGAGAGAAACCCUAUCAGUGUGUGGAAUGUGGAAAGAGCUUCACUCACAGCCACAGUCUCACUUCCCAUCAAAGAAUUCAUACAGGGGAGAAGCCCUAUCAGUGUGUGGAAUGUGGAAAGAGCUUCACUCAUAGCUCCUCUCUCACUUCCCAUCAAAGAAUUCAUACAGGGGAGAAGCCCUAUCAGUGUGUGGAAUGUGGAAAGAGCUUCAGACAGAGCUCCAGUUUCACUAGGCAUCAGAGACUUCAUACAGGGGAGAAACCCUAUCAGUGUGUGGAAUGUGGAAAGAGCUUCACUCAUAGCUCCUCUCUCACUUCCCAUCACAGAGUUCAUACAGGGGAAAAACCCUAUCAGUGUGUGGAAUGUGGAAAAAGCUUCACUCAUAGCUUAUCUCUCACUUCCCAUCAAAGAAUUCAUACAGGUGAGAAACCCUAUCAGUGCGUAGAAUGUGGAAAGAGCUUCAGUCAGAGCUUUUCUCUCACUUCCCAUCAAAGAAUUCAUACAGGGGAGAAACCCUAUCAGUGCGUCGAAUGUGGAAAGAGCUUCACUCAUAGCUCCAAUUUCACUAGGCAUCAGAGACUUCAUACAGGGGAGAAACCCUAUUUGUGUGUAGAAUGUGGAAAGAGCUUCACUGUUAGCUCUAAACUCACUUCCCAUCAAAGAAUCCAUACAAAGGUCGGAAAAUCCAUUAUACAGCUUUAGGAGCCAGGCAAAUCCACACGUUUUUAACCAGGCCUUUUUCUUAUUGACAUCUAAUGCUAUUUUAACAUGUGAUAUUUUUUGUUUUUAUGUUGUGUUUUUAUGUUCUAAGCAUCCUGAGACGUGUGAGGGUAGGGAAUACAGCCACUCUUUAAUUCCUAGGGGUCUUUGCUCUCCCAUAAAAUAUUUGAGGAGUGUUGGGUUGAAAUAAACGACAGACGAAUGACAAGUGUCAUACGGGAGGCAUCUCCUGAACAUGUGUCGGGAGUCCCUUUUAUUGAAUAUUACAGCAUUGCCACAUAUGUGCUUGUUGCUGAUUGGUUAAUACAAAUACAAUGCAAGGGUUGUAUAUAGGCAUUAAUCAUCAACAGAUUAAAGGUUGGGAAAGGGAACACAGAAUUGAACAGGCGUGAAGACCUCGUAAUUAAACAAUUACAAAUGAUUGAUAUAGCAAGGCUUAAACUAUUACUAGUGAUUGAUAUAGCAAAACUUAACAGAGUAUAACCAUCGCGUUCCGUAGAUGUGGUCAACCAUACAGUAAGAACAGGUCAGGGUACAAUGUUCCAUGAACUCAAUGUGAACUGAACAUUCUAGGAAGGAAUGUUUUCAGCUUAGAGUGGUUUGCCAGACUUAGAGUGGUUUGCAGAAGCAAAACUUCCCAUCAUCUCCCCCUUUCUUUUUCUUUUGUUUUUGUGCGAGAUGUUCCUGUAUGAUUUCAGGGUGAAAUGGACAAAAAUACUUAGGGAUACGUGGUUUGCCAGCGCAUGCCCGAAAUAAGUCUGCCAGGGUGAAUGGGACAAAAAUACUUAGGGAUACGUGGUUUGCCAGCGCAUGCCCAAAAUAAGUUCGCCCACAUCUCCCCUAUUAUUUACAGUUGGUGCUGCCACUUUGCAAAGUAGGCAGCAAUAAUUUUAUUAGGUGGCUGAGGAGGAGAGAAAAGCUGAGACCAAAGACGUAUGAGACCAGGAAUGCAUUGGAUGAAGCAGCAUAACAAAAUUAAUAUACGUAUUAUGACAAUAGCAUAUUGAAAAAGAUUACGAAGCCAGUUCAGAUUUGGCAACCAACCAGUGAGCCACUGGGCAAACGAAUCCCAGAGGACAGAAAAUCCAACGUCCUGUUUAAUGUGGUGUGUAAGAUUUUGCAAAUGAGAGAUUUGCUUUUGAAUGGCUUUAGAAUUAUCAGUAAUAUUGAAACAACACAUGUCAUUCACUUGUUCACAGCCAUAAUGAUGAAGCAUGAGCACAUAGUCAAUAGCAGCACGAUUUUGUAGAAGUCCAUGCUGGAGUUCACUCUUCUUUAUUCAAAAGGUGCAGAGCUUGUGAAGUAAAAUUCAAAGCUUUUGCCGCGGAGCAAGCUAAAGAGUUAAUGUUCAUACUAUUCCGUACAGCCAAUCCAGGGACUCCUAAGAGAGAAACAGCUAAGGAGAUAUAUUCAGAUCUGCUGGGAAGAGAGACAGAAUCGUCACAAUCAGUCAAUUCCACAGAGCGGCGAUAUCUAGAGCGGGACAAAUGAUGCUUUUUGGGUAAAAUGAUGGACAAACGGCUUAAGCAGCAGGGCGUGCCAUGGCUGAUGUUUGCUGGAAUAUAAUUGAAUGUAUAGCCUGGGCACGACCAGAACCAGCCUUCAGGCAGCUCUGUAUAUUUAUAUACAUAGGAAAUAUCUACAUAAUUAGAGCAGUUAAAAUUAUCCUUGCCCAUUUUCACACAGUUGGUUUUUGUGCAAUUGACCAUAUGGGCACAAGUGACAUUAUAGGAAGCCACGUAUGGGGUCAACAAAUCAACGGCCAAAGGAGGGCGUCAGCGCACUUGGGUACCCCAGUUAUGGUAACCUGAAUAACCAAGGGUGCGGAGAGAAUCAUUUUGGGGUAGGGAUGAAUAAAACCAGGUAUCAUUUUGCAGAUCAAAAGGGUCAUGGCAGACAGGGAUAAGGCAAGAGCCAAGGAUCUCACCUAUUGAUACCUGCUGGGUUAAGCAAAAGGAAGAAACAUUGAGGGUUUUUGCAAAAGAUUCCCACACAUUUAUUGGUGUGGAACCACCGCUAUUAGGAGCGGAAGCAGAGAGGGCAAAAACAAAACGCUGAAAAUGAGCACUAUCAUGGAAUUAAUAUUAAGGCAGGAAAUGAGACAGAAGUAAAUUAUCGGGUUGCUUCUAGCUGCUUUUCCUUUCUAAGCUGUUCAGCUUGAAAUGAGAGUGAUUUUAUCUGGCCCCACGUCACUGGUCAAUUACGAUUUCCCCGCUUGCGAGUCCUGGGGGGGCUGGAUGCCGCAUCCUGGGCGAUCUGGAGUUGACAGUCGAACUGCGGUGUCAGAUUUUGCAGGGCCUGUUGCCAUGCCAUGGUAGAGGCGGACGCAGCGUGCGGGAACCCAACGAGCACCCUGUGGAGUAGAAACUGCAGCAUAACCCUUUCCCCAGGUAAUCAGUUUUACUGGUUCACUCCAUUUGUUGGAGGGUAAUAUUUUAUAAGAGACCAGCGGGGCUGGAAGUCUCUCUUUGCUGGAAAUGUUUUUGGAGACGAGUAUAGGGUUGAUGAUCCUGUAUGGAGACAUUCAAAUGAUUGAGAGUAAAGAGAACACUAGCCAACCAGCCUUCCUUUUCUGAAAGUGAGGCUGGAACUCCGGCCUUCUUUUCCUGUCGAAUUAAAGCAGUUUUUAGGGUGCGGUUGGCACGUUCAACAAUUGCUUGGCCUUGAGAAUUGUAAGGGAUGCCAAAUAAAUGGUGAAUAUUCCAAGUUUCACAGAACUGAGCAAAGGUUUUUGCACAAUACGCUGGGGCAUUGUCAGUUUUUAAGGAAUGAGGCUUGCCCAUGACUGACAUGGUACGAACAAGAUGAUUGCAAACAUGUUUAACCUGUUCUCCCCUUUGAGGGGUGGCCCAAAUAAAGCCAGAAAACGUGUCAAUGCAGACAUGUAUGAAUUUCCAAGGUGAGAAAGGGGAGAAGUGAGUCACAUCCAUUUGCCACAACUGGUUGGCCUCCAGCCCACGGGGAUUAACACCAGGGCUGGGGUGGCCAAUCUGAUUAGAGUAUUGAGGGCAUUGUUGGAUAAUUGCACGAGCCGCUUCCAACAGAAUUUGGAAUUGGCGGCUAAGAGCUUUUGCAUUCUGAUGAUGGAAAGCAUGACUUUCAAUGGGGGAGACAGGCAGAGCCCUAAGCAAAGAGUCUGCUUUUGCAUUGCCAUCAGUGAGAAAGCCUGGGAAGGGUUGGUGAGAGCAAAUGUGCACCACAAAUAGUGGGUGGGAGCGAUUGGACAGAAGCGAUUGUAAGGACAGGAAAAGGCUCAAUAGAUUGUCAUCCAAUAAGGGACUUACAUAGCUGCCCUGUAAACGAGUUAUAACAUUUGCAACAUAAAGGCUGUCCACUACCAAAUUAAUUGGCUGUAAGGAAAAAUGAUGCAGAGCUUUAACAGCAGCUGCUAACUCAGAACGCUGAGCUGAUUUUUGUGGGAGAGUGUAGAGGCUGUGCCAUUCCUCAUUUUGUUGCCAUGCAACCACCCCCCUGGAGGGGGCUCCAUCAGUAAAAACAGUAGAAGCAUCCAAAGGGACAGGAGACAAUAUGGAAGAAAAAGAUAGGGAAAAUUGUCUACCCAUUUGCAGGCGAGGGUCGGCGGGGACAUGGCAGUCCACCAAGCCGACAAAAUCGGCUAAAGCGCACUGCAAAUCCAUGCUAGUGGAAAGAACAGUCUCCCAUUGCUCCAAGGGCAUGGGCACAAUAAUUUGGCGACAAUCGGUGCCAAAAAGACUUUUGCAUCGACGGCGGCCCUUGCUGAUGAGCUGAGCAAGGAGGUCCACUAAAGGAGUCACCGUGUUUUUUGGUGUAUGAUGUAAAUACAACCAUUCAAUAAUAUGAACUUUUGAUGGGCCUGACUGAAUAAGGGCCGCAAAGGGUUGGACAGAAUCUGUCAUUAUAACUACAUCUGGCAAGACAUUAAGAAUUGCUCGGUCAACCCAGUGGAGACGCAUAAUUUCCUUUAACUGGGCAACGGUUUUCUGUUGAGAGGAGGUCAAGGUAAUUUGCUCACCAGGAGAUUGAUGGCCUUUUAAGGCUGAAAAAAGCGGCCGUAAAAAAGCGACACUGCUUUCCUGCCCAGGUCAGCCCCCCAAGCAGAACUACGCAGGGAAGUGCUGACUGGAUGGCAGGAUUUAAUGGCCAAAGGUUAUGGAUCUUCCGUGUUUCCUGCCAAGUGUGAGGAGGGAAGAAGGCUGCCAGCUUUGAGCUGCUUUGAGCUCCUGCCAGAAGGGCAGUGGGAGACACUGGUGGAGAGCGGAGCCAAGAGGAGGCUGCUGCUUCGGAGGACCAGCUAGCUGGCAACUCGUGAGUACGCUUAAGCCCCGGGGGGAGGAAGAUGGCUGCUGCUCAGCCACAGCAAGGCCAUGAGAGCUACCCCGGUGAAAGACUGAAUGGGGCCAAUUGGGAAGACUGGAGUAAGCGCAUGUACUACUGGCUGGAAGGGAAGCAGAUAUGGGAGUGUACACAAGCCGAACCAGUUCUUGCCCAGCCCAGUGAGAGAUCUGCAGGAGCAGUGGAAGCUUGUGAAGCAGAUGUGGCUGCUGCUCUGGAGAGAGAGCAAAGGGUGCUAGCCAUUUUAAGGGCCAGCGUUGAUGCUUGGCUGUUGCCAAAGCUCCAAGGAAAGAAGCCCUGGGUCGCGUGGCAGGCACUGAAGACGGCAUGUCAGGCCGCAGUGGGAGCCAGACCAGAGGGGGCUGGAGGAUGCCCAGAGAGAGCACCAAGCCCAGAGGGGGCUGGGACUGUUUUGGGAAGCUGUUUCUAUGCUUCGACACGUCUGUGUGAUGGUCCUGGAGAGAGGCUGAGAGCUGGAAAGAGGAAGGCAGUUGCAGUCUGUUCCUCAGGCAGCUGGGCACCCAGGAGUGGGGGUGCAGGCCGUUCCAAGAGCUCUGGGAAAGCCAAAGUCUCCAAGAGUUGUUUGUGCUCUGAGGCGAAGUCCAACAGCGAAGGGCAUUGUUCUGCAGAGGCGUUGGAAUGCAAGGUCAGCCACCUGCUAAGGCGAAGCGUGAGAACACCAGCAGAGGCCUUGCAGCAACCAUGGCAACCAGGAAGGACACUGGCAGAGGCCCCGGUGGGGUGCGAGCGUUGCCAUGGCAACCUUGGAAGACAGCCAGAGAGCCACUUUAUCUCUUGUCGUCGAUACGGGAGCGACCCACAGCCUGGUGCCAUCUGGUGGGCUCCUGAGAAAUUGCAAGACAGUUAAAUCUGGACGUUUUGUCUCGAUGGCAGAUGGUUCUAAGAGACAAUUAACUGAAACUGGUCUUUUAUACUGUCCCUUUAUAGAUCAUGAGGUGCAAGCUUAUGUGGUCCCCGAGCUUGCUCAUUCUCUUUUAAGUGUAUCAGCUCUUAUUGCUGAUGGGUUUGAUGUGGUGUUUACUAACAAUACGUGUUAUUUUUACAGGAAUGGGAAGAAGCUCCACAGUGUUGAGGGGAAGGACAGGCUCUUUCUGGUGCAGAUGCCUGUCACUGAUGCUACUGUUGCAGAGUCCCCUGAAGAAGCACAAGUGCAGUGUGCAAAUGUAGCACCACACCAUGAUUGUUUACAUUUGUGGCAUCAGAGAUUCGGACAUGCAGGGUGGUCAUAUGUUAAAAAAGCCGCAGAGAACACAAUUGGGUGUGGGUUCAAGGCAUGUGAUAAAUACUUAGAUUGUCAAGCUUGUAAAAAAUCGAAGGUCACGAUAUGCACAUAUCCCAGGUCAGAAAGGAGGACCAGCAAACCCUUUGAGCUGAUUCAUGCAGAUUUAUGUGGUCCGAUUCAGGUAGCUUCUUUAAGUGGAUCGAAGCAUGUUUUGGUUCUGAUUGAUGAUUUUUCGAGACACACCUGGCUGUUUACACUUAAACACAAGUGGGAGGCGGCUGCACUGAUCAGGGAUUGGAUCACAACGGUGGAGCUGCGUUUCUCCGCCAGGGUGGUUUCCUUUCAAUCUGAUCGGGGGGCGGAGUUCACAGGUUCUGCGCUGCAAUCUUUCUUCAGGCAGAAAGGUAUCAGUCAUCGGUUGACUGCCCCCUACAGUCCGCAACAGAAUGGAAUUGCGGAGAGAAAACACCACACCCUACAGGAAGCAGCGAAUGCUAUGCUGGCAGACUCGGGUCUGCCACAGCGCUUUUGGGCUGAGAGUUAUAAGACGGCAUGCUUUGUUCAGAACAGGGUGUUCAAUUCAAGUGUGGGAGACACGCCCUACUUUCUGCUGCAUGGGAAGAAACUGAAAGUGGAUUUCUUGCGUGUGUUUGGCUGUGAGGCUUGGGUCCUCAUUCCAAAGGCCACUCGCAGAAAGGGUGAACCAAGAUCUAGGAAAAUGAUCUUUGUUGGCUAUGAGCCGGGCUCAAAGGCGUGGCGUUUCGCAUACCCUACUGGCAACCAGUCUAAGCUGCUUAUUAGCGGCAGUGCUGAGUUUUGCGAGCAGAGUGGGUGGAAACGUCUUGACGGGAACCCGGAUGUUCUGUUAGACUCAGAUGAGGAAGAGGAGGAGGACAAAGCUGAACCUGUUGCUGAGGUGGACAGUCCACAGCCACCGAGUCCAGAGCCGGGAUCUCCAAGGCAGAGGCUCUGAACCUCUUCAAAGGGGAGUCCCAAGACCCCUCCACAGGUCUCUGUCAAGUCUGAGCCAAGGAGUGAACCAUCCUCGCCAGCAAACCCAGCUGUGAGGCCAAAAGGCGCAGCAGGUCGGAGGGGGGAGGUUUCUGACACAGGGGAUGGUGUGGCUGGCCCAAGUGAAUCAGGCGCAGUUCCAGAGUUCACGCUGAGGAGGUCAGCAAGGUCAACCAAGGGAAAGCCACCAGAAAGGUAUGAAGCCACUAGCGUCUGGGUAGGUGUGGCUAGAUGUGAACCUGAAUCCUUUGAGGAUGUUCAGAAGUUGCCUCAGGAAGAAGCUAGCAAAUGGCGUGAGGCGAUGCAGAAGGAGAUGAACUCAAUGGAGUCUCUUGGUGUGUUCUCACACAGUUGCCGGCUGGCAAGCAGGCUGUGAGUUGCACAUGGGUUUACCGCCUUAAACCCACAGAAGCUGGAGAACCCCAGUGUAAAGCUAGGUUAGUAGCUCAAGGAUUCACACAGAAGAAAGGUGUCCACUUCACGGAGGUCUAUUCGCCGAGAGCAGAGACUUUGAGGACGCUUUUAGCAGUUGCUGCACAGAGAGGUUGGAAGGUGAACCAUUUUGAUGUGGAUGUUGCCUACCUGAACUCAGACCUCCAGGAGGAGUUGUACAUGCUUCCUCCUCCAGGGUUUGGAGUCAGUGUGCCAAGCACCGUGUGGCGGUUGCACAAAUCCAUCUAUGGAUUUGUUUACUUGUCUGUGCCAUGAUCAAGAUAUGGAUUACGCCAGUCUGCCAGAAAUUGGAACAUGUGUCUGAAUGAAGCCUUAGAAGAGCUAGGUUUCAGGAGAAGUGUUGCGGACAGCUGUCUUUACCUUAGAGGUUCAGGUGAGACACAGCAAGCUGCUCAGAUUUUUGUUGAUGAUAUCUUGAUCAUGGCACAGACAAGUAAACAAGUGGAAAAGUUUGCUAGGGAGCUUGGAAAACGGUUCAAGAUCAAGCAGCUUGGAGAUGUCAAGUCGUAUCUAGGCGUAGAGAUAACGAGUGCAAGAGAUGGAAGCUUUUUGCUCAGCCAGAAAGGUAAGAUUGAGCAUUUGCUUGAGAAGUUCAGAAUGUCUGAGUGUGCAGGUGUCAAAACUCCCAUGGAGGCUGGUUACGUGAAAGAAUGUCAGCAAGUAGAACGCGUUGUGUUCGAAAAUACUGAACUCUUUCAGUCAGCUCUGGGUAGUCUACUGUAUCUGUCACAGUGGAGCAGACCAGACAUAGCGUUUGCUGUCAAUCUGCUCAGUAGAGAGGCUUCAAGUCCUAGUGUGCAGGCCUGGAAUGGUAUUAAACGGGUGCUGCGUUACCUGCAAGAUACCAAAGAUUUUUGCCUCAAGAUGUCAGCUGAGGGUGGUGUCAAGCUGACCGCCUGGGUGGAUUCUGAUUGGGCUAACCUUGAGGACCGCAAAUCAGUGUCAGGCCUAGUGGUGAAGUUUGGGAACUCAGUAGUUGGGUGGAGGUCCCGGAAGCAAAGUCUCAUAGCGCUUUCAUCUACUGAGGCUGAGUUCAGUGCGCUAUCUGAGGUUUGCAGAGAGCUGGAGUUCUAUGCGUGUUUGGUCGAGGAACUCUGUGGAGAGCAUUGUCUUCCCGUCGUGGUGCAUGAAGACAAUCAACCGUGCCUCAAAUUGGCCGAGAUGGCGCAAUUCAAGGCCAGGACCAAACAUUUGGACGUACGUUUUCAGAAUGUGCGUCAGAGCGUUCGUGAGGGGCUAGUUGCUCUAAAAUACUGUCCCUCAACCAAGAACCUCGCUGAUGGUUUCACAAAACCAUUAACCUUCCAGAAGCAUGAGGAGUUCUGUGAAGGUCUGUGUUUGGGGUGAGCAUUGUUGCUUAUUUCCCCAGAUGCAGGGCAAGAGGGGGUGUGGAGUUUGGAGUUUACAGGGUUAAAACUCCUUGGUGUCCUGUUUCUGGGGAGGGGCCUGACGCAGGGCCGUACGUCACAGGCUUUGUCUGUGUUGUCUGUGAGAGUUGGUUUCACUUUAGACUGAAAGAAGCAGCAGAGAGACUGUGUGUGCUUUUAGCACGGGAAAGAUGCUGGAAAGCUCCGAUGGAAUGUGACUGAUUUAUGGCUUGUAAAUAAACGUUUUAGAGAUAGCAACGAACUGUCUUUGGACUUGAUUUAUCCCUGUAUCUCACACGGACGACAGGACUGCUGCAACUCUGCUUUCCUGCCCAGGUCAGCCCCCCAAGCAGAACUACGCAGGGAAGCGCUGACUGGACGGCAGGAUUUAAUGGCCAAAGUCUCUGCCCCACAGAUUGAGGUGGAUUUUCAGCACACAGGGCUGGAUGUAUGCAAUGGUUUCAGAGCUAUCAGGCAGAGAAACAGGUAACCACUGUAUGCUUUUGGAAGAGGUUUGAGGUCCACCCACACCCCAAACUGCAGAGGCAGACUCAAGGGGCCACGUGGGGUCCCAGCAAUUACUGGAUAUGACAGAAAUGUCUGCGCCCGUGUCAAUCAAGCCUUCCAGAACUCUGCCAUUGAUUUUAUACUUACGAAGAAGUUUCUGUUCACCAAUCCUCUGGAUUACAGCUAACAGCUGUGGAGAGAGGGGGGGGGAGAAAGCUGGUGCAAAUUACUAUCCAUAAUAGAAGCAGUAGGAUGAGAAGGGAGCACUACCAAAUACGCCCAAGACUCACCCUUUUUUAACUGCAUGGGCAUAUGGCUCCAAAGUUGAACCAUGAUUGUGCCCACAUAGUCAGGAUCUAGGACUCCUGGAAUAAUCAGGAUUCCUUCUUUGGCCGCAGAGAAUUUGGGUAAAAUUAAGCCUGCGACCUUAGGUGGUAGUGGGCCCGCCAGUUGGGUGGGCAUGAGCACAAUUUCACCAGGUAAAACAGCGUCUUUGGUUUCUUGAUUGAUUAAAGCAAUGGUGAAAUCAGAGGGUGUAUCCUUAGGAAAAUUUUCAAUAGUGGAAACUAACGGCGGAGGGCUCUCUAUUUGUCCUGGCCCGAGAGCUGGGCCCCCAUGGAGUUUCCCGAACUCCUGCACUGAUUUGCCCAAUGAUAGCCUUUUCCACAUUUUGGGCAUUUCUUGGAAGGCUUAGCCUUAUUGGCAUCACCAUUCCUGUUUGCUCCCCCGCCAGGGGCUCUGCAUUGUUUAGCAAAAUGACCUGGGCGUUUGCAAUUGAAGCAAUUACCCGUUGGCUUAUUGCCAGCCUGGAUAGCACCGGCAAGCAAAGACAUCGCUUGGCUCUGGCUGCCAACAUCCGCACAGGUUUGAAUCAUAUCGGCCAGGUCAUAUUUGGGGCGAUGUAUGAUUGACUGCAAAAUGCAAUCGGUGUUUGCAUUUUCAAAGGCCAAUUUUUUCAUCAAUUCAUUUUGAGCUGUAGGGUCAUCAAUCUGCCUGGUGUUUGAUUCUUUCAAUCUAUCUAUAAAUUGAUGGUAAGGCUCCAAAUGUUGUUGCUUAAUAUUAACGAAGGAGCUCAGUGGUUGCCCUGAGACAGGGACUUUCCGAAAGGCGCGUUGUACACAGGUUGCGGUGCGACUGAAAUGUAAAGGUGUCAAUUGCGCCUGGGCUGGUAUAUUAUCAUACAAACCAGCGCCAAAGAGUUGGCUGGCUGAAUGCUGUGGAUCAGCCAGGGCUGAUGCUCUAUGCUUAAAUUCACUUUCAAAAACCACAUACUGAGCAGGAGAUAAAAGCAUGCACAUCAAAUCCUUCCAAUCUUGAGGUAGCAUUGUGUACCAUUUGCGAUCCCCUCCAGCAUCCCUAGCACAUAAGAAGAUUUGAGGCCAGAAUCAGUAAUGGCUUUCCUUAAUGCUCUCAGGACAGAAUAAGGAAGCGCCUCAUACAUGAUCUGCUGUUGUGCAGUGCCGGGGUUCGCAUAGGAGAUAGGGAAAGCAGAUGGCAUUUCGCCAGCCCAUCCAGCCUCUUCCUCUAAGGAGAGGAGCCCUUGCUGCCUAGCUUGAGAAAGCGCGGCGCGCACAGCUCCUGUGGGAGAGCGCGCAGGGGCUGAGGCAGGCGAAGGAGGGAUGGGGGGGUGGAUGUGGGCUGAAGCGUAGGGAGGGGUUGGCAAGGCUGCGAUGGAGGCAGAAGCUUAGGGUAAGGUGGGGGAUUGUCUGCUGCGGCUAAAGAGCAGGGGCCGACGGAGAUGCCUGUGGUCCUAAUUUAGCGACGGCAUCUGCACAUUUCUACCAAGUGAGCAGAAAAUGAAUCGGAGCCCUCGGUUCUGAGAAGAGGGUUUUUCCGAUCUUUUGCCAAGCUUCUGAUCCCAGAGAGCCCGAUUCUGGGUACUAGGGGCACUGGCAAGGAAUCUCACAUAACAAUUGUUCAAUUUCUUUCAAAGAAACAUGAGCACCCGCCACCCGCUGUCUAACGAGAUGAAGCUGCUCCUUGGCAUGCUCCUGUUGGAACUUUGUCAGUCCCCCCCCCAUACUCACGAAGUAGCGCGCUGAGACUUUUCCAGUCGAGUGAAGUAGAGAGGCUGCGUAAAGGGAUCUGGCACGUCGAGGGUCACCAGAUGUUGGGUUGAAAUAAACGACAGACGAAUGACAAGUGUCAUAUGGGAGGCAUCUCCCGAACAUGUGUCGGGGAGUCCCUUUUAUUGAAUAUUACAGCAUUGCCACAUAUGUGCUUGUUGCUGAUUGGUUAAUACAAAUACAAUGCAAGGGUUGUAUAUAGGCAUUAAUCAUCAAUAGAUUAAAGGUUGGGAAAGGGAACACAGAAUUGGACAGGCGUGAAGACCUCGUAAUUAAACAAUUACUAAUGAUUGAUAUAGCAAGACUUAAACUAUAACUAGUGAUUGAUAUAGCAAAACUUAACGGAGUAUAACCAUCGCGUUCCGUAGAUGUGGUCAACCAUACAGUAAGAACAGGUCAGGGUACAAUGUUCCAUGAACUCAAUGUGAACUGAACAUUCUAGGAAGGAAUGUUUUCAGCUUAGAGUGGUUUGCCAGACUCAUGUGCAGAAGCAAAACUUCCCAUCAGAGGAGGCCAACCCCCAGGUUUUCUUUGUGUUUUUUUCAAAUGCAACCUUUUAUUCUUCCACAACUUGCCAUACAAUUUCGCUAUCAAUUUGCCCUUUUAAGAAAUUUUAAAAAACCGCACAAAGGUCAUAAGAAAAACAAAAUACAAGAAAAUACAAAUGUGGACAGGUCCCAUAUUUGCGGGCCAAACGCAAUAGUUGCUUUAAAGGAGGCUUUCCCAAACUUGGGUCCCCAGCAGCUCCCGGGACUAUAGUUUCCAUCAUCCCUCCCCAUUGGUCCUGCUAGCUAGGGAUGACGGGAGUUGUAGUCCAAAAACAGCUUUCUGCACCACCUAGAGUACCCACAGAAUUUUGGCUUCUACUGGCAACACACAUAGGAGAACAAAUGAAAGACAAACUUGGAAAGGGCCAUACCAAAUGGACAUCCGGUGUGAAGAGGUCACUUUCCCCACUGCUGAACAAUGCCACAGGUAGAGGAGAUGGAAUGCUAGAAGUGUUCUGCGGGGCAAGGGGAGCUGCUGGGAAAUUGAACUACGGGCUCAAAAUAUUACUUUUUUAAAAAGUCGCUGCCUUUAUAGGCAUUGCCAUUCAAAUGGUGUGCAUGCAUCAUGUGAUUGAUAGUGCAAGGUGGCCCUUACCUGGCCCCUCCACCAAUAUUUUAUUCAAGUCGGCAGCACUGGGUCGGGUGGUAUGCAAAUUAAAUAAAGACAUGAAUCUCCUUCCUUUGCACAUGUUCCAGCUUGUCUAUAUCCUCAUUUAUUCUUUUAAAAAUUUAUUUGCCCUUCAUCUGAAGAUUUUACAUUAUAAACAUACAGGAUGAAAGCAUGGCUUUCUCAAAAACAAGACAAGCCAGAGAAAUCUCUCCUUUCCUUUUCUUUUUUGGAUGGAGUUACAAACUGUGUUGAUCAGGGGACUGCUGUGGAAAUUGUGUAUUUUGAUUUCAGUAAGGCUUUUGACAAAGUCCUCUGUGGUAUUUAUGUGAGGAAGCUGGUAAAAUGAGGCUGAAUGAGGUAACUGUUAGGUGGAUUUGACGGACCAAACCCAAAGAGGACUCCUUCAUGGUUCCUCCUCAUCCUGGGGAAAAGUGACCAGAGGGGUGCUGCAGGGUUCUGUCCUGGGCCCGUUGUUGUUCAACGUCUUGAUAAGUGACUUGGAUGAAGGAACUGAGGGGAUGCUCAUCACAUCUGCAGACGAGACCAAACGGAUCAUAAUGGCAUCCUCUCUCUUCUUCAGCAACAGACAGAGAGACAAAGAACAGUGCAAAAGCACAGCAGAGCAGAAGAGAUAAGACUGACUUCCGUUCUUACAAUUUCCAAUCCUAGCAAAGUAAACAGGGACAUGUGACAUACUAGCCACAUAUUCAACAACGGGAGGAGUGAAUUGCUAACACACCACACAUGAUUGCAGGUGAGCUAAGUAAAAAAAACCUGCUCCUUUUUCCUUAUGGGGUACCCAAGGGCCCAUAUAGAGUCUUUUUUGUAGGUUCUCUAUUGGUAGGAGAAAAUAACAGAGACCAACCAAAGAAUAUUGAGAAGCAAAGCAGCUAGUAAGCCUGUUCUUUAUUAACUGUUGCAACAGGGUUCUCCCCCACACGCAGGAGAGAGGAGGAGGACCCCGAGCCAUGCAUGAAAGCCCUUAUAAAGACAUUUUUAAUUGCCCGCCCUGGAGUCCAAGACCACCCCCAGAAACAUCAUACAUACAUCACAGAAAAGGCAGUCUACAACAGAAAUCUGAGUGCAUUGUUUUUACCUUGAGAAAUAUUUGAGGUGACUGAAAGAGUGAAAGAGUCAAACUGGCUUUAGGACUUUUCCUGUGGGUUUUGGACAUGUGGUUUAUAUAUUUAUAUAUGUGUUUGCUUGGUACAUUUAUAUAUAUGUAUAUAUAUGUGUGUGUGUGUGUGUGUGUGUGUGUGUGUAUAUAUAUAUAUAUAUAUAUAUAUAUAUAUAAUAUCACCUAAAAAUUCUUAUAACAAUUCCCCCCUUUGAGGAUAUAAUUUUGUAGCCUUAUUGGAGUUCACUGAUUGGGUCUGCAUUGCUCUGGGACAGGAGGAAGGAAGUCAAAUGACGCCGAGGUUGGUUCAAAGAAAGAGUUUAUUCUGCUCUCCGGAUAGCAGAAGGCACUUGCGUGGUGACUCCACAGCAAGUCCAAAGAAAUAAGAAGUUUCAUGCAGUAUUUAUAUCUUUUUAAAAUAAUAAUAAUAAUAAUAUUUAUUGAUAAUUUCAGAAUUACAAGAAUAAGAACAAAUAAAAAACAACACUACAAUACAAAAAAGGAAAAAAAACAAGCAAUUAAAAAAAAGAGAGAAAAGCACAAAAUAUGAAAAACAUGAAAAACCAAUACAACAAUACAGCAAAAGAAAGUAAAAAGAAGAAAAAGGGGGGAGCACACAAAUCCCAGAUUGCAUAUCCAUAAUUUCCAUUUGCUUGUUUCAUUGACCUCCUCACACCUCCGUUUUUGUGUUCUAGUUUAGUAAUUAUUUCAGCAAAUUCUUUCCAUCUUUCUCAAUUUUUGUUAUAAAAUUUAUCUUAACAAUUUAACCUAAUAGUUAACUCAACAAAUCCUUACCAUCUUUCCCCAUAUUCUGUUAUUCAAAUUACCUUAAUUUAUUUGACCUUAUCUUACCCCUAAGUGCCUUAAGACUUAAAUCUUAAAUUUCAAAUAUACAUAGCUCCUAAUAUCAUUUCUGCUAGAGUCGUAUAGUUUCAUUCCCACAUUUUCCCUAAUAUUCAUUAGCUAAUUCUAAAAUAAAAAAUUCCCAUUAUAAAUUCUCUUUCAAUCAUCAUCCAGCGUCUCUUCUUCCUGGUCACGGGUCAUGUCAGUCCUUAUUGUCCAUUCCAUCUAGUCCAUCAACCUGGAAGCCUUAUGUCUGAGGCCCUUAAAUCUCUUCCAUGUCCCUUCUGCAAUUCUUCUUCAUCUUGUUUGUGCUUGCCCUUUUCCUUGUCUUUUGUUGGUCUCUGUCUUAGUUUCUUUCCUUUCUCAUUGAGGAGUAGGUCUCUGGGGGAUUCCAACCCAAAAUUAUCUCCAUCACCCUUCAUCCAGCAAACCUGUUCCCCACAGUCCCACUCCCCACAGUCCUCGAUAUAAUCCAAAAUGAAUUUAAGAUCAAAUUUCAAGGUCUCUCCAAGGCUAGGAACCUCCUCGUCUCCAGACUCCCUUGGCCCACUCCAACUUCAAUUUUCAAAAACAGCGGCUUAUGCUCCUGUAGGGCCUCGGGUCUCUCCAUUUGUACUAUUUGAGGUGCAGCCGCAUCCUCCUCCAUUGUCAUCUGCACUUGCCCAGUCAGUGCAGAUUGAUAGAUUGGUUCUUGGAUGAUUUCUGUAUCAAUGUUAUUAACCACAACAGUCAAAUCCAUUUUCUCAUUCAUCAAGUCCAUCUUCUCAUGCAUCUGUUCCAACAAAGCAUUUGUCUUGCAUAGAGCAAGCACCCAGUCUUUCUCCCAGCUCAUCUUUGUUCAAGGUCAGAAAAGACUGUUCCCACAGUCUUUAUCUCACAGAUGUUGGGUCUCAAAUAUGCUGCAGCAACAAUUUAGCAAGCUCCCUCUAGAGGAGACAAUCUACUUGUAUCCAUUUUUUUUUUUUGAAGACAAAGGAAAGUUACUUUUAUUUUUCAGAUACUUCAGAUGUUUUUCAGGUAUUUUGUUUCUUUAAGAUGCAAAAGGCAACAUUAGAGUCAACUUGUUUCUCUUCAUUAGCUAUCUGUCAAAGUGUUACGUUCACAGUCAAUGAACCUCUCCGACAGUUUUCUGUCUCUGACACCCCGUUCCCAGGUUAGAGACGGUGGAAACUUAUCCUUCUUCACUCCCUCUCCUACUGGGAUUAAGCAAAGCCCCCCCCCCCUUUUCUCCUGCUUCCAAGGGGGGUUUCAGUGGUUCUAAAUGAGGGAAAUUUAGUCUUUUUUAACAACUUCCCGGCUUUAGCUUGCAAAAUUUUUGCUUUAGUCUAUAUACAAAAAAGCGGAAGGCAGACUUCCUGUUUGCACCUUCCCGCUUCGAUACCAAAUUAAAGCAAUUUCUUGAUCCAAUUUUCCGUUUCUACUCACGGGUACUUGUUUUAAGUCCAAUUGUCCACAGGAAAAAGUCAGCGCUCUCUGGCAAUGGCUGUGCGGCUUCACUCCGUGAAAGUAGCAGUCAGUUCGUAGCACCACGCUUCUCACCCCACUUCGCUCCGGAGCCCCUAGCUGGGAUUCCCCGCGAGUAGGGGGGCGCUUCUGGUGCCCUGCCGAUCCCCACGUUCCCAGGCUUCCUCUGCCUGGGAUUUCUAGCGGGUCCCCACCUUUGCCGCGGCGGGAAGACCCAGUUUUCGCGGAGCCCGUUCCUCCAAUCGGAGGAACUCCGCCAUUCACCAAUGGCGCUGACCCGGAAGUCCUCCAUGCAGUAUUUAUAUUCUCCAGACACCCUCUCCCCCUUCCCCAGCCACGUCAGCUUGUACACGCAGGUUGACAUCACAGAUGUUCCUGCUCCGGCACUCUUAACCAUAAAAGGGAUUUCCUUCCUGCACUCCUGACCAUAAAAGGGUAUUCCUGUUCCUACUCCUAUCUUGGAGCCAGAGGUCACCAUCUCCGGGAACACGCUUCUGGCGUUUUUCCUGGACAUCGGUCUGCGCGUAUUUUGUGGUCAGCACAUAAGAUAAAGUACUGACGUGCUUUCUCUGUUCCCCUAGAGAGUCAUCCCUAGCCGUGACUGAUAAAGGAGAGAGCUUGUUUAUGCAGCCGUGUCCUUGUUAUGCUUUUGCUCAACAGCUCAAGUUUUACGCAUUUUAGAGUGCUCACUUUUGAAAGACCAAAAAAAGGGGGGGUGAGUCAGUUUUAAACUUACUGCACUGAAACCCAUUCCUUCAAAUUUUUUCUAAAAAACUGUUGCCCCACAAAAAAUAACCUGGUAUGUUGCAAAUGGAUGCCUUCGUGUAAAUCUUAAGAGACUUGCAUGUCAGGCCUCUUAAGGUUAUUUGCAGGUGUAGCAGUGCACAUAGCUGGACAUAGGAUAUCACAUAAAAAAUAACACAUGUUGCAUUUUGUUACUAAAUUACUUGUGGCAUUCUAGCACUUUGGGAGAAACAUUCUCCAUAGUGGUCUAUGCUUUACACUUAGCGGGAAGGUCAAAUAAUGAGUGAAAAAUGCAGUUUGUUUUGUUUCUGCCUUUUUUGUGUGUUCCCAGGUGUCAAAGCUAGCUCUCCUGUGAUCUCACACCUUCAUCAUAUCACAGCAGCAACAAUCCCUGGUGAAUCCCCGUAGGGCUUUCAUAUUGACCAUGUCACCUUGUAGUGGCACAGGUUUGGACAUUUCUUGAGAGAGAUGUCUUUGCCUUGGCCUUUCUAUGGGAUUUUUUAUUAUUAUUAUAGGCUCUGGUCUUCCACUCUAGGGAAGUUGCUCAGUUGUUCCUAAGGGACCAAAAAGCUAAUUGCAGCCUGGAUACAAUUGCCCAAUUCAAACGGAGUCCAAUUAGAAUUCAUAUAGCCCCAUGGCUCGCCGACGUGGAGUUCCGGCCCCACCUGGUGGUGGCGGUUGGCCUGGGCCUUGUACGCAUCCUUGGCCUGGUGCAGUUGCUCCAUCAAUGGUUGGUGCUGAGACUGGAGCUCCUGGAGCCAAUCCGUCACCCUCGUGACUGCAGAUGCUUGCAGCACAUCCGGGAACAAACGCGGAUGGUAACCAUAAGUGGCCUGGAACAGGGUCUGCUGGGUGGAGGUGUUCAACGUAUUGUUGUAAGCAAACUCCUCCAAUGCCAAGUGGUCGACCCAGUCUGGAGGUACUCCAGGUUCCGGUGGUCGGUUCUCACUUCCACCAGUUGUCUUGCCCCCUCAGGAUGAUGGCCCCUUGCGGUGAUGAUAGGCCCUUGCGGUUCCGGGGUGCUGCCCAUUCCCGAACUGCUGCCACUUUCCUGGGAUCCAUCUGCACCCCAUCAGGGGACAGUUGGUGACCGAGGAAGUCCACUGACCGCUGGUGGAACUUUCACUUGCUGAGUUUAGCAUACAGGCGUUGCUCCCGCAAGCGCUGCAACAUGGACCGGACAUGACCCUCGUGGCGAGCUGGGUCAUGGGAGUAAAUCAGAAUGUCAUCUAGGUACACCACCACAUACCUGACUAGCAAGUCCUGGAACACGUGGUUGAUGUACCGUUGGAACAGGGCAGGCGCUUUGCACAACCUGAAAGGCAUUACCAGGUAUUCAAACUGCCCAUACCGUGUCCCAAAUGCUGUCUUCCACUCAUCCUCUGCUCGGAUCCAAAUCAAAUUGUAGGCCCCCCGAAGGUCCAUCUUGGUGAACAUCUGCGCCCCUUGCACCCGUUCCAGCAACUCCGCAAUAAGGGGCAAGGGAUACCGGUCUGGGAUGGUAAUCUUAUUCAGGGCCCGGUAAUCAUGGCAGGGACGAAGCUCCACACACUUCUUAACUAAGAGUACUGGAGCGGCGGUGAGCGAGGUAGAGGGCCGAAUGAACCCGCCCUCCAGGUUCUUGCGAAGGACGUCCUGCAAGGCUUAGUGCUCUGGCUCCGUUAGAGAGUAUAGGCGGCUCACAGGCAGGGGCACCCCAGGCUGGAGGUCUAUGCCGCAGUUGAAAGACCAAGUGUUCAUUGAGCACUUCUUGGUACUCCUGGUAAUCAGCGGGGAGCAUUGACGCAGCUUCCCCCGUGGGGGCGGCCACUAGCAUCUUGGACCGAGCAUGGGGGCACGGGUUUGGGAAGCGCACAGUCUGAUUGACCCAGUCGAUCUGAACAUUGUGAGACUCCAGCCAGUCCAUCCCGAGCACCAGUGGAAACCGGGGCAUCGUGGCAAUGUCCAAGGUGUGCACCUCCCGGUGCUGCUGGUGACACAAGACCAAGGGCUGAGUCUCCUGAGUAACGGCCCCCGAGCGCAGGAGCCGUCCGUCAAUUGCCUCCACCUGUACCAGUUCUGGCUUGUCCUGGAAUGGCACCUGAUGACAGGCGGCAAAGGCAGAGUCCAUAUAGGAGCGGGUUGCCCCUGAAUCUACCAGAGCGUGGGUGAGAAUCCAGGACCCGUCAGGGGGGUAUAGACGCACCAGAACUAUGAGGUGCUGCAAUUCCACUGGUGAGGGCCCAUCAUGUGAUGUUUGGGACAGCAGGUAGCCUGGGCCAUCGGCUACUAGGGUUGGCCAUUUCCCUGUGGCUGGCGUUUUCUCGGGACAGGAUUGGGCAUAGUGUCCACUCCCGCCAGAGUAGAGACACAGGUUCCCCUCCAGACUCCGAGUCUUCUCUGAGGGGAGAGGCAAGGCCGCACUGCCCCGAGCUGCGUUGGCUCCUCCUGCGACUUGGCUGUGGCCGUGGAACUGCUGGGAAGGACCAGAGCCGGGAGCCAGGAGUGCUGGAGGCCCUGAGCCUGGCGACGGUCCUCCAACCGAUUGUCUAUCUGCAGGCUCCGUUGAAUGAGGGCGUCCAGCGUGGCGAUCCAUCAUGGCCAGCUGGUCCAGUAUCUCAUCCGAAAGCCCCUCGAGAUACUGGUCCUGAAGGGUGGAGUCAUUCCAGGACAAGUCCUGUGCCAACAGCCGAAAUUCUGUGGCGUAGGCGGCCACUGUGGACUUGUCCUGUUUCAACUGCCAAAUCACCUGAUUGGCUUGAAUCCCCUUGACUACCCUUCUGAGGGUUGCCGAACGCGGUUUCCAGAUGGUUGCAAAACCCUGUAUAGUCUGUCAGCAAGGGAGAGUCUUGCCGGAGCAGCGGCAAUGCCCACUUGGCUGCCCGGUCCUUCAGCAAGCUGAUCAGGAAGUGCACCUUGGUGCGGUCAUCGGGGAAAUUCCGGGCUCGCCCCUGAAUAUACAGCUUGGUCUGGGCAAGAAACAUGGGAAAGCUGGCCGGGGACCCAUUGAAUUUACCCGAGAGGCUAGGUCCAAGUCCUGUCCGUGGUCAAAGGUGCAACGUGGAGGCAGUCCGUAGUAGCUGAAGCUGGGUGCAGGGCAGGGAGUUGGGUGAAGUCAGGAACAGGCUUGCAAGCAGGGAGCCAGGGCGGGUCAGGAGCUCAGGCAGGAACUAGCAACCAACAAUUUUGCUUCCGCAACUUGGAACUGGGGCUGGCCGGCUUUUUUCUGCCCUGAGACAUAGGGCGGCCCCGAUCCUCUGGUGACUCCCCUCUCUAACCCCGAGCCUCUGCAGCUCAGGAGAGGCUGGAGGGUUACCGGACCCCGAGGCAACCUCAGCUUUCUCUGACGGGGCUGAGAGUGGAGCACCUGCAGGCAAUGGGUCCUCCAUCACCUCAGGAGCCAGAGCAGACUCAGCUGGUGCCUGCACCUGAGGAUCCAGCACAGGUGAGGACCCUUCAGGCUCAUGCCCCAGCCCCGGCUCAGCUGGUUCUGGAGGUGGGGAAUCCUCUGCAGGCUGGAAUCCCUCAGGUUCAGCAUCCACGUCUGAAUCCCAGGCCAUAACACCUUGUCAUCACUGUGAAACUGUAGUAGUCCCCAAUUUGGACUUAGCAGACAUUUGGUCUUUAUGAACGAACUGAUUUAUUGGGACUUCCGUCUAUAUUAUUGCACUUUAUGUGUUGUUUAUGUGCAAGAUAAACAUUUGAUAUUGUGAUAAGAAUAUAUAGAGGAGUAUUGUUUAUGUGAAUGCACAGCCGGUUACGUCUUGUGUGUUUGUCCAUUCCAGGAACAGCAUUCCUGACCCAGAUGUUCACAGGAAGUCCCUAAGAUGAUUCCCCUUUCAAAUAGGAUACAUGAACCUAGGCCAGUAGAGUCCUCCUCUCCGGCAGACAGACAACCCCUUCUUCUUUUUUUUAUUAAUGAUUUUUAUUGAAAUUUACAAUCACCAACCAACCCCCACCACCCACCACCAAAACAUCACAUCUUAUUACAUGUAUCCUACUUUGUGUUUCAUAGAUCCAUUAGCUUCCGUCCUUCCCUUCCAGCAGUUUUCCUAUUCCAUUCUAUAGUUUACAGAUUCUUUAAUUAUAAAUUAUACCAUGACAUGAGAUUUAUUUCAAUCCUGCCAACGUUUUCAUAUUUGUACAAUUCUCACUUAUAUAAACCAUAAAUUUACUCCAUUCUUUUUGGUACUUUGUCUCCUCCUGAUUGCGAAUUCUGUGUGUCAAUUUAGCCAUCUCAGCAUACUCAACCAACUUUAUCUGCCAUUCUCUUAUCGUCGGCAUCUCCUGUUGCUUUCCACUUUAGAGCUAUCAGAACUCUGGCUGCAGUUGUUGCAUAUAAAUAUAAUCUUUGAUCUAUCUUUUUAAUCCCUUCUCCCACCAAACCUAGCAAAAAUUCUUCCGGCUUUUUGGGAAAACUGUACUUAAACAUCUUUUUUAACUCGUUGUAAACCGCAUCCCAAAACUCUUUUAUUUUAUUGCAAGACCACCACAUAUGAUAGAAGUCGCUGUCUUUUUCCUUGCACUUCCAGCAGGUUUUACUACUUGUUCUAUACAUUUUUGCCAAUUUGGUGGGAGUGAGAUACCAACGAUAAACCAUCUUCAUAACAUUUUCUUUUAAGGCAGAACAAGCAGUUAAUUUUAUGCUCUCAUUCCAGAGUUUGGCCCAUACAUCAUAUUCUAUGUUAUGUCCUAAAUCAAUGGCCCAUUUUAUCAUAGCCUCUUUUAUAAAUUCAUCUUUUGUGUUCCAUUCUAGUAAGAGAUUGUACAUUUUUGAUAAUAGCUUGGAUUUACUCUCUAAAAUAUCUAUUUGAAAUUUCGAUUUUUUAUCCUCAAAUCCUAUUUUUUUUUCUCCUCUUUAAAGACAUCAUUGACUUGAUGGUAUUGCAACCAUCCUGUCAAUUUUUCAGCGGUACACUCAUAGGGCUUUAAUUUCCAACCUUUUUCGGCCUUCAUCAAAAUUUCCUCAUAUGUGGUCCCUCUCCCUAGUAUGUUCAGUUUUUUACUGUUAAUAUAUCAAUUGGUGACAGCCACCACGGUGUUUUCCUUUCCAACAAAUUCUUGUUUCUUUCCCAGACUUCAAAUAAGGCACCUCUUAUCACAUGAUUUGUAAACCCCUUAUGCACUUUUGCCUUACCACACCAAAGAUAAGAGUGCCAUCCAAAUCUAUUGUUUAACCCCUCCAAAUCUAACAAGUCUAGGUUCUCCUGAGUUAUCCAGUCCUUUGUCCAACAUAAACAUGCCGCUUCAUAAUAGAGUUUCAGAACAGGUACUGCGAACCCCCCCUCUUUCCUUCUUAUCUGUCAAUAUUUUAAAUUUAAUUCUUGGUCUUUUCCCUUGCCAUGUAAAACACGAGAGAGUUUUUUGCCACUCUUUGAAUUGUCUUAAACCUCUUAUCAUCGGAAUUGUCUGGAACAAAAACAACAUUUUCGGUAGUAGAUUCAUUUUGAUCGCAGACAUUCUUCCCGUCAUUGAUAGCUUUAAUAUGUCCCAUAUUUCUAAUUCUCUUUUAAUCUCCUUCCAGACUGGUUGGUAAUUGUCAUUAAAAAGAUUAAUAUUCUUUGCCAUCAUCCAAAUUCCCAGAUACGUCCCCUUCUUCAAAGCCCCUCCCUCCCCCACUUCCCCAUGGGGGUCUCCCACACCACCCACUACUCACCAGGAUGGCUUUGGCCGCCUCCUGCUUGGAGCACUUCAGGGUUCAGAGCCCCCUGAGCUGAGCUGCCUGGCAGUUCUGGAUCACCUCCGGCAGGUACAGCUGAUCUUCCUCCAGCAGCUGAAAGGCAAAAGUCAGGCUGUCAGUUCCUCACGAAGGGAGGGCUUCUCCACAUCCGAGAGUGCAGAGUGGGGGGCAAGGAGGGCAGGUCUGAGUCCCUGCUCUGGUUCUCUCCAAUGCUCACCUCUGGGGGAGGGAUGUGCAACUGCUGCACAUCUGCAAAGAGAAGGACAUGGGGACAGGUGAGUCUGUCCCUGAGCACCUGGCAAGGCUAUUCCAAGAGUUUUCUCCUGGAUUCCAAGUCCUACUGCAGGGGAGGAGGGACAUCCCAAGCCUUGGGGGCCAAUCCUGGCCUCCUUCAACCAGAAUGUGGCUCCCCAGGCCAGGGGUAGGCAAGCUUCUCAAUCCGGCCUGCGGACAAUUCGGGAAUCAGUGUGUUUUUACAUGAGUAGAAUGUGUCCUUUUAUUUAAAAUGCCUCCCUGGGUUAUUUGUGGGGCAUAGGAAUUUGUUCAGUCCCCCCCCCCAAAUAUAGUCUGGCCCCCCACAUGGUCUGAGGGACGGUGGACCGCCUCAUGGCUGAAAAAGGUUGCAGACCAAUGCCCCAGGCUAAGAAGAUGGUCAAUCUCCGGUUCCACUCCACCCUUUUAAAAUUAAAAUAACAAAAUAGAUCCCAUCUCUCAGAGCAUGUAAACCACAUGAGUGAAAAGACCCCUGUGCCACUUACAGAAAUAGCACUAUACUUCCUUCUACCACUUUUAAAGUAAACGUCUACGUAAUGAAACCGAAUCGACCGAAGUCUGCCUUCCUCCACUAACCUGAACUUCGCUCUUCAAGCCAAACGACAGCACUGCCCUGUCCCCGGGCGAAACCCCCUGGCCUUGCGGGUACUGAAGGGGCCGUGCAGGCCAGAUUAACGACCCUGGCGGGCUGGAUUUGGCCCAGGGAACAUAGAUAGAGGACCCCUGGCCUACACUGACUGGCAGCAGCUCCCCAGAGUUUCAUGCAGGGAUUUCGUCCGGCCGUUGCAGGAGAUGUCAGGGGUUGACCCUGGGACAUUCUGCAUGCCAAGCAGAUGCUCCAGGGCUCCCCAUAUUUCCCUGCACUUUCAACGUUAUGCUACUAGCAACCGUGGAGAUUCCACCUCCCUCUUUCGAAAGGAGAAAACUCACCUGAUCAAUUGAAUAAAUAAUAAUAAUAAUAAUAAUAUAUUUAUACUCUGCCCAUCUGGUUGGGUUUCCUCAGCCACUCUGGGCGGCUUCCAACAAAAUAUUAAAAUACAAUAGUCCAACAAAUAUUAAAAGCUUCCCUAAACAUAAUAACAACAACCAUCCAUUUCUGGAAAGGGAAAUGGCAUACUUUUGUAUAUUAGUAUAAAAAGCAUGCAUAGGAAAGUAUUACUCAUUUAUUUUGAGAAUAGGAUUUAUUUAUUUUGAACUUUGCUCGGUUCCUCCUUGGCAGCCAGUGCAAUGGUUUCAGCAGGGCUAGAACUCAGGAUCCGCUGCCUUGAGGGACAUCUAAGAGCAGUUGGGCAGGGAAAGGUCUCCCUUGGGAGGUGGUGGACUCUCCUUCCUUGGAGGUUUCUGAGCAGAGAUCGGACGGCCAUCUGCCAUGGAUGCUUUAGCUGAGAUUCCUGCAUUGCUGGGGGUUGUAAUAAUAAUAAUAAUAAUAAUAAUAAUAAUAAUAAUUUAUUUAUACCCCGCCCAUCUGGCUGGGUUUCCCCAGCCACUCUGGGCGGCUUCCAAUCAAACACUAAAAUACAAUAACCUAUUAAACAUUAAAAGCUUACCUAAACAGGGCUGCCUGUUUAGGAACUAGACCCGGCCCCUCUUGCUUCGGGCUGGACUAGAUGACCCUGGGAUCCCCUCCUAUCUCUCCACUCCUGAAUUCUAGGAGGAGCUUCCUUGCCUCCUGCAAAGCCCUUUUCCCUGCAAGCUCUUCCUCUGGUUUCUGGCCAAGGGAGGGAGAUGCUCAGAGUCCAGCCAAGAGCCUCACCCCAAAAGGAUAUCUGGGCAUUGGCGUAGCCGGGGGGCAGCUGCCCCCCUAAAUCCAUAAAAAAAUAAUCUGAGGAUCUGCCAAGGGAGAGGGCUGAGCCGGAGGGACUCGGCUUGGCAAGGGUUAAAGGGAAGUGAGCUGCCUUCCUAGAGAGGCCAGGAAGCAAGGGGGGGCCAGGUCCUCCAGAGCCAAGGCCCCUCCCCCCCAGUCCUUUCCUGCUUUGGUGUCUCUCCUGCAAGGGCUGCCUCGCUGCCCCCUCCUGGGAUCUGGUGAGUCUCCUCUCUCUCUGGGAUCUGGUGGGGGUCCCAGGGCUGCAGCAGGGGAGGGGGCCUGGGGGGCCUGAUCUGCUCCUGCAGGGGGGGGACCCCAAGUCAGGGAGGAGAGGGUCCUGCCAGGGAGGGGCCAGGUCUGCCACGCUCUCCUUCCUGCAGAUCAGAGGAUCCCGAAAUCAUUUGGCCCUCCGCCCCCCCCUUUCAGAAAAAAUCUCCUUUCUUUAAACAAAGGAGUCCCUGGGACUUUAAAUCUGUGUGACGUCGCUCAGCCUCAUUGCACAACAGAGGAAACGUGUGCAAAUGGUUUUCCAAAGCUGAAGGAGGAGGUGGACUAGCCCCCCCCAAAAAAGAAAGGGUCGGAGAGAAAGGCCAGGAAUAAAGAGAGGGACCCCAGCCCAGAGUCUGGCUGCUGCAUCGCAGACCAGUUUCCCAGUGUCUCCCAGGGCAGCUCCCCACGGAGGCCACUGCAGCAAUCCCCUCGCACCCAGAGCAUGGCAUCCCAGGACCACAUCCUCUCUCUCUCCCAAAGGGAUUGUUGCUGGAAAACCACCUGGAAACGGGCGCUCCUACUCACCGAGCCUCCAGGGAACUUGGCAUCAGUGGCUGUGUGUGCGUUAAUAAUAAUAAUAAUAAUAAUAAUACAAGAAUAAAAAAUUACCCUCCUAAAUUUCAAGGGAGAUGUCUUUGGCCCUGCCCACUUGGCCCUCAGGGGGUUGGCCAGAUACAUACCUGGCCCUCAGAGCAAAAAAAAGGGACCCCGCCCCAGAAGUCUAUUCUGAGAGUGGCAGAGAGUCCAAGUGCAAGAAAAGGAGACGGAAGCAGCGGAGUGGGUGUAGGUGUGGGGGGCAACUCCUGAGGACCCCCACUAGAGCCAAGCAUCCAUUUUUCACAAGAUAGAAACAACUCGUUUGUCAGUAGGUUCCAAUGUCAUGAAUUGACUGGAAGGAUGGAGAAACCAGGUUGAUUAAUCUCUCAGAAAUCCCUUCAGUUGCCUCCACAUUUUGCAUUGCUAGAAGGCUAGAGACUUGUUUCUUCUCCUCUUCCUCCUCCUUUUCAAAAAGAUAGCUCAUGGUCUGGGAUGUGGUGCAGUCAUGCUUGCUCAGGGAACCAUUCCCCCCGUCCUACAAAUUCUGUAACAGAACAAUGUAUUUGCUUUGUAGGAUUUGCUAGAGCUUCUCAUUUAGACGGACAGAACUUGGUAGAAGACCAAAGGGUUCCUUCUGAUCUCUCAGAGGCUUCCUGAGAGCACAGAUGGAUGAGCAAGACUCAGCUGGCCCCAAAGCAGGAAGAGGCCAUGCUAACCAAACUGGGAGCAGUGGGGGAUUCUGGGAAAACUCUGUGCAGAAGAUCCAUGGUGAGGUGGACACCCUCCCCUCAGAGGGGCGGAGCUGGCAGUUGAGGCAGUUCUGCUGCCAGGAGGCCAAAGGACCCCGAGAGGUUUGCAGCCGACUUUACCACCUUGACCAUCAGUGGCUGAAACCAGAAAGGCACACGAAAGCUGAGAUGCUGGACCUGGUGAUCUUGGAGCAGUUCCUGGCUGUCCUCCCCCGGAGAUGGAGAGCUGGGUGAGGGACUGUGGAGCGGAGACCAGUUCCCAGGCGGUGGCCCUGGCCGAAGGUUUCCUCCUGAGUCAGGCAGAGGAGAGGAAGCAGGAACAGAGAAAGCAGGUGAGUGAGACUUUCCUCUGGAUACUCCCAAGGGGCUCCAAACAGGACAGAGAACAUCCCAUAAUGGUCUGCUGAUGGCCCAUUUUCUGGGAAAGCAUCCAUGGAAUGAGAUCUCGCACCCUUGAAGUCUUUGUUAUUCUCUUUCUAGUAUUUCUCCCCAUUCUCUGUUUUGAAUCCUUGUUUCUUUCUCAGGGAAAGGAUCUCUUUGCAGAAAUGGACCUGGAUUCCUGUGAGGCAGAGAGGCCUCCGUUGGACACCAGAGAGAGGCCACUGGGUAAGGAGGAAGGUGGUUUUUCUCUGUCUGGUCUCAUUCCGUUGGUUUUCCAACUCAUCUGAGGGUUCUUUUCAUCUUGUUUUGGGGGAGACAGUUGGGAACAAGGGUCCAGAGGAGGGGAGAUGUAUUUUUUCACCACAAACAUAUGAAAUGGGCACAAACGUCCAAAUACUCUCAGCGGGUGAGGCUUUCUCAAAGGCCCAUCUGUAGUUAGAGAUGCCCUGUUUCACCUGUGAGAGAAGCAGGCACUCUGUUUACGUCCUGUUUACGUUUUUUCUCUUGCAGGUGGCAGAAGGAUGCCAGCAAGACCUCCUGAUCCGCCUUUUCAUGGGGGCAGAAGGGAAGCAGCGGCUGUGGAACCAGAUCAGGUCAGGGGAAGCUGCCUUGUGGCGACAGAGACCGAGGGAUGGAGCAAUGUCAUGGACUGGUUGGGCACAGAGGAGUGGUGGGAGGAAGCAGCCGGGAAACCAGGAAGGGAAGACGGCUCAGAGCCUAAGAAGUGGAGGUAGAAGGGGGAUGAGCGGUCAGAGGGGGAAGAGGAGAAGCCUGGGAAGAGGAGGUGUCAGAAGCUGAAAGGGUAACAGGGCUUAGUGAGCUGAGAGACUCUGUGGCAGAAUGCAGUGCAGAAUCAGAGGCAGAAGAGGAAGGAGGCGAGUGGGAGAGGAAGGUCGAGAGGCUGAGGUGAGUCAGGAUAAGGAGGAGCCACCGAUGGCUCCCUCUCCUUUUGCCAGAUGCCACCCUCCCUACUUGUCUCUCAGAGUCAGGAGACCCCCUGCAAUGCAGGAAUCUCUGCUAGAUCAUCCAAGACAGAUGGCCAUCCAAAAGAGGCUUAUUUUAUUUCUAGAUUGAUAACUGAAUGCAAAAAUUGUUUUCUAAGCAGUGGACAAAUGAGAACAAAUAGCGGCCUGGAUUCACCAAACCAGCCCCAUCGGCUGCAAAAUGGGGCCUGCCUCCUAUUCCUCCUAAUCUGGUGAACCGGAUCCUCCACAUGCAGCUGCUGGGUGACCUUGGGCUUAGUCACAUUUCUCUGAAGUCUUUCAGCUCCACUCACCUCACAGAGUGUUUGUUGUGGGGGAGGAAGGGAAAGGAGAAUGUUAGCCGCUUUGAGACUCCUUAGGGUAGUGAUAAAGCGGGAUAUCAAAUCCAAACUACUCUACUCCCCCUCUCUAUGCCCCCAUGAACCCCUGGAAUUUUGCACUAGGGCAUUGGGAGGAACUCCCAGAACAGCUCACGAGGAGAGGAGAAAGUGGAUCCUUCCAUUGGGGAAACUGGAAUGCUUGCCUAGGCAGAAUGACUUGAAUAACAGAAGGUGAAGUACAACCUAUUUGCACAAAAACGAAUACCCAUAAUUUAAACUUAGAAUAAAAUAAGCAUCCAUAAAUAAAAUGUGCAGCAAAGCAAUCAUGUUGAAACAACUCCCCUGCGUGAGUGCCUGAGGGCCCCGCUCCUGCCACUCACCACCUGGCCCAGGGCGGGGCCUGAAGCCUCAUAAGGACAGUUGUUGCUGCUGCUGCUCCUGCUGGCCAGGAGGACUCGGAGCGGCGCAAUGUUCUUUUUAAAAUGUUUUUUAAAAUUUUCUUUUUUCCCUUUUGAUUACUUUUUUUGUGGGGGGUGGGAUGGAUGUUUGGUUGGGUUCGGGAAUUUGUUUGAUUUUAAUGUGUUUGUAAUUUUUACAGUUUUUGUUUGUAUUGUUUUAUUGUGGGUUCUUUCUUUUUUUUAAGGGUUUUAUUUUGUUCUUAAGGGGGGUGGUCAGGGCUGCCGGCGAGUGGGCCCCAGCCCACAAAAUAGCUGGGGCAUGUUCCAUGGGGGGGAUGCACUGGGACAACCGAUCUCAGUGAUCACGGGUAGGAGGAGGAGGUACGCUAAGACCAGACCAUGUCAUUACAGAGGAGGCAGGUUUAGUCGUUGUUGGAGGACUAUCCCUGCCUCCAGGUCUGGUCCUGACUGGACGGAUACUAGAAUCAGCAAGGGAUACCCACAUGACCUGAAGGUGCUGCUGUGCAAUGCCAGGUCAAUGAUUCAUAAAACCACUGCCAUCCAUGACUUGAUCAUGGAUGGCGGACUUGACCUGGCAUGUGUAACAGAGACUUGGUUGGAUGAAGCAGAUGGGCCUGUCCUUGCUGCUUGUCCACCAGGUUUCUCUUACGCACAGCAACCCAGGCCUUGUGGGCAGGGAGGGGGGGUUGCAGUGCCAUGGUCGGAUCACUUCCUGGUGCAACUGGACUUCUCCGCGACCCUUCCCCUCUGCAUGGAGGUGGGACCGAUUCAGAUGGUCCGCCUCCGCCACUUAAUGGCUCCAAAUGGUUUCCAGAGAGUGGUAGGGGAUGCUUUAUCCCAUGUUGAUGGCCUUUCAGCUGAUUCCCUGGUGACCCACUGGAAUGUGGAGUUAACCAGGGCUAUUGACUGUUUGGCUCCGAAGCCCCCUCUUCGAUUGCAUGGAGCCCGGACAGCCCUGUGGUUUUCCACGGAUCUGAGGGCAAUGAAACAAUCGCUGAGACAGCUAGAGCGCCAGUGACGGAUAACUCAUUCUGAAGCUGACCGGACACGGGUUAGAGCUCAAUGUCGAGCCUACCAAGUGGCGGUAGUGACGGCAAAGAAGACUUUCUUCGCCGCCUCUAUUGCAAUAUGGCUAAUAUGGCUAACUAUCGCCCAGUCUCAAAUCUUCCAUUCUUGGGCAAGGUGAUUGAGCAAGUGGUUGCUGAACAACUCCAGGCACACCUGGAAGAAGUGCACCAUUUGGAUCCCUUCCAGUCGGGAUUCAGGCCUCAUCAUGGGACUGAAACUGCCUUGGUCGCACUGGUUCGAUGAUCUCCGGUGGGCUAGGGACAAAGGUGAGAGCUGUUUCCUAGUUCUGCUGGAUCUCUCAGCGGCGUUUGAUACCAUCGGCCAUAACAUCCUUCUGGACCGUCUUGAGGGGCUGGGAGCUGGGGGCACUGUCAUACAGUGGUCCCGCUCCUUCCUCCUGGGCCGUGUCCAAAAGUGGUGGUGGGGGAUGAGUGUUCAGACCCCUGGGCUCCCACUUGUGGGGUGCCUUAGGGUUCCGUCCUCUCCCCCCCAUGCUUUUCAACAUCUACAUGCAGCCGCUGGGAGAGAUCAUCAGGGGGUUUGGGCUGGGUGUUCAUCAGUAUGCAGAUGAUACCCAGCUCUACCUCUCUUUCAAAUUGGAACCAGUGAAGGCGGUGAAAUUUCUGUGUGAGUGUCUAGAGGCGGUUGGAGGAUGGAUGGCGGCUAACAGAUUGAGGUUGAAUCCUGACAAGACAGAAGUACUAUUUUGGGGGGACAGGAGGCGUGGUGUGGGGGACUCCCUGGUCCUGAAUGGGGUAACUGUGCCCCUGAAGGACCAAGUGCGCAGCCUGGGAGUCAUUCUGGACUCGCAGCUGUCCAUGGAGGCGCAGGUCAAUUGUGUGUCCAGGGCAGCUGUUUAUCAGCUCCAUCUGGUAUGCAGGCUGAGACCCUCCCUGCCCGCAGACUGUCUCUCCAGAGUGGUGCAUGCUCUGGUUAUCUCUCGCUUGGACUACUGCAAUGCGCUCUAUGUGGGGCUACCUUUGAAGGUGACCCGGAAACUACAACUAAUCAAAAAUGCGGCAGCUAGACUGGUGACUGGGAGCGGCCGCCGAGACCAUAUAACACCGGUCUUGAAAGACCUACACUGGCUCCCAGAACGUUUCUGAGCACAAUUCAAAGUGUUUCUGCUGACCUUGAAAGCCCUAAACGGCCUCGGUCCAGUAUACCUGAAGGAGCGUCUCCACCUCCAUCGUUCUUCCCAGACACUGAGAUCCAGUGCUGAGGGCCUUCUGGCGGUUCCCUCGCUGCGAGAAGCCAAGUUACAGGGAACCAGGCAGAGGGCCUUCUCAGUAGUGGCACCCGACCUGUGGAACGCCCUCCCACCAGAUGUCAAAGAGAAAAAUAACUACCAAACUUUUAGAAGACAUCUAAAGGCAGCCCUGUUUAGGGACACUUUUAAUGUUUAAGAGAUUAUUGUAUUUUAGUGUUUUUUGUAAGCCGCCCAGAGUGGCUGGGGAAACCCAACCAGAUGGGCGGGGUAUAAAUUAUAAAUUUAUUAUUAUUAUUAUUAUUAUUAUUAUUAUUAUUAUUAUCAGGAAGGAAACAACAGAGCAUUGUGUAGCAGAUCAUAUUUCUGCUGUCUCAGAGGAGGACAUUUCCCUUUUUCUUUUAGGGUCCAGUGUGCUUUGAAGAUGUCGCUGUUUGUUUCACGGACGAGGAGUGGGCGUUGCUGGAUCCUGACCAGAGAGCUCUGCAUAAGAACGUCAUGGAGGAGAAUUGUGGGAUAUUGGCCUCUCUUGGUAAGGCUCUCUGUGGGAUCGUCAUAUGUGCCUGGAAAUUUAAAAAAUACCUCUAUGUGACCAACCUCAUAUAUUUUCACAGAAUUCAACAGCGCCCCCUAUAACACCUGGGAACCUAACACCCCCACAAUAAACAGUAACUUACAGUUUUUUCUUUGAACAAUCUUCUUCAAAAUAUUCCUUUUUCUACCACGAUUGGGCUGGUGUAAACUUCCCAGGCCAUCUUAAAUGUCAGCUUCAACCUUCCACAAUUUUGACCACUACUAUAUAUCAGGCAAAACAACAUUCAACAACUCUUCAGAAUCUAAUAAUAAAUAUGUUGGUAAAAUGACAAACAACACAGGUAAUGAACACAGACCCAACUCGUUUCAUUUCUUCUCCAUUUGUUCCUGAGGCUCUAAUCCCUUUUUGUCUCCAUUGCAGAUUCUGAUGAAUUGGAAAUUGAGAACAAAGGUGACCACGAUAAAAUCCCCAGGGAGGAGAAGCCACGUAAAAAUUUGGAGUGUGGAGAAAGCUGCAGUCAGAGCUCCCAUUCCACUUCCCAUCAACAAAAUCUCAUUGGAAAGAAACUCUAUCAGUGCAUGGAAUGUGGAAAAAGCUUCAGGAAGAGCUCCCAUCUCACUUCCCAUCAAAGAAUUCAUACAGGGGAAAAACCCUAUCAGUGUGUGGAAUGUGGAAAGAGCUUCACUCACAGCCACAGUCUCACUUUCCAUCAAACAAUUCAUACAGGGGAGAAACCCUAUCAGUGCGCUGGAAUGUGGAAAGAACUUCAGGAAGAGUUCCAAUCUCACUAAGCAUCAGAGAAUCCAUACAGGGGAGAAACCGUAUCAGUGUUUGGAAUGUGGAAAGAGCUUCCGUCAGAGCUCCCAUCUCACUUCCCAUCAAAGAAUUCAUACAGGGAGAAACCCUAUCAGUGUGUGGAAUGUGGAAAGUGCUUCACAGAUAGUUCCUCUCUCAUUUCCCAUAAAAGAAUUCAUGCAGGGGAGAAACCCUAUCAGUGUGUGGAAUGUGGAAAGAGCUUCAGUCAGAGCUCCUCUCUCACUUUCCAUCAAAGAAUUCAUACAGGGGAGAAACCCUAUCAGUGUGUGGAAUGUGGAAAGAGCUUCAGUCACAGCCACAGUCUCACUUUCCAUCAAACAAUUCAUACAGGGGAGAAACCCUAUCAGUGCGCGGAAUGUGGAAAGAACUUCAGGAAGAGUUCCAAUCUCACUAAGCAUCAGAGAAUUCAUACACGGGAGAAACCCUAUCAGUGUGUGGAAUGUGGAAAGACCUUCACAUGUAGCUCCUCUCUCACUUCCCAUCAAAGAAUUCAUACAGGGGAGAAACCCUAUCAGUGUGUGGAAUGUGGAAAGAGCUUCAGUCAGAGCUCCAAUCUCACUUCCCAUCAAAGAAUUCAUACAGGGGAGAAACCCUAUCAGUGCGUGGAAUGUGGAAAGAACUUCACUCACAGCCACAGUCUCACUUUCCAUCAAACAAUUCAUACAGGGAAGAAACCCUAUCAGUGCGUGGAAUGUGGAAAGAACUUCAGGAAGAGCUCCUCCCUUACUUCCCAUCAAAGAAUUCAUACAGGGGAAAAACCCUAUCGGUGCGUGGAAUGUGGAAAGAGCUUCAGAAAUAGCUCCUCUCUCACUUCCCAUCAAAGAAUUCAUACAGGGGAGAAACCCUAUCAGUGUGUGGAAUGUGGAAAGAGCUUCACAUGUAGCUCUUCUCUCACUUCCCAUCACAGAAUUCAGACAGGGGAGAAAGCCUAUCAGGGCGUUGAAUGUGGAAAGAGCUUCAGGAAGAGCUCCAAUCUCACUUCCCAUCAAAGAAUCCAUACAGGGAGAAACCGUAUCAGUGUUUGGAAUGUGGAAAGAGCUUCAGUCAGAGCUCCCAUCUCACUUCCCAUCAAAGAAUUCAUACAGGGAGAAACCCUAUCAGUGUGUGGAAUGUGGAAAGAGCUUCACAGAUAGUUCCUCUCUCAUUUCCCAUAAAAGAAUUCAUACAGGGGAGAAACCCUAUCAGUGUGUGGAAUGUGGAAAGAGCUUCAGUCAGAGUGCCAAUCUUACUUCCCAUCAAAGAAUCCAUACAAUGGCCGGAAAAACCAUUAUACAGCUUUAGGAACCAGGCAGAUGCACCUUUUUAACCAGGCUUUUGGCUGAUUGACAUCUAAUGCCCUUUUAAUAUGUGGUUGUUUUUUUGUUUCUUGUUUUUUUAUGUUGGAACCAUCCUGAGACCUGUGGGUGUAGGGAAUAGGCGCCAACUCUUAAAGGCCUAGGGGUCUUUGCCCCACCCCCAAUAAAAUAUUUAAGGAUGCCACCCCCCAGUUUUUGGUGUGUUUUUUUCAAACACAACCUUUUAUUCUUCUGCAACUUGCCAUACAAUUUCUCUUUCAAUUUGCCCUCUUAAAAAAUAAACGCACAAAGGUCAUGAGGAAAACAAAAUACAAGAAGAUACAAACAUGGACAGGUCCCAUCUUUGCGGGCAAGAUGGAAAAGUUGCUUUGAAGCAGGCUUUCCCAAACUUGGGUCCCCAGCAGCUCCCGGACUACAGUUUCCAUCAUCCCUCCCCAUUGGUUCUAGCGAGGGAUGAUGGGAGUUGUAGUCCAAAACCAGCUGGACACCCAAGUUUGCUUUAAAGGGAAAGUAGGCUGGCCUUGUGACACCCUCUGCUGGCCAAAAGCACUGCCCCAGAAUCUGAACCACCCCCAGUACUGCCAAUUGGAAUUAAUAGAGCACAAGACUGAAGUUUGAUCGGCACUUCAACCUCUAGGGAGGUUCUAGGUGCUUUCUGCACCACCUAGAGUACCCACAGAAUUGUGGCUUCUACUGGCAACACACAUAUGAGAAAACAAAUGAAAGACAAACACAAGGGGCAGGGAAAAAUCUGGAAAGGGCCAUACCAAAUGGAAAUCCGUUGUGAAGAGGUCGCUUUCCCCACUGCUGAACAAUGCCACAGGUAGAGGAGAUGGAAUGCUAGAAGUGUUCUCCGGGGCAAGGGGAGCUGCUGGGAAAUUGAACUACGGGCUCAAAAUACUACUUUUUUAAAAAGGUGCUGCCAUUAUAGGCAUUGCCAUUCAAAUGGUGUGCAUGCAUCAUGUGAUUGAUAGUGCAAGGCAGGCCUUACCUGGCCCUCCACCAAUAUUUUAUUCAAGUUGGCACCACUGGGUCGGGUGGUUUCCAAAUUAAAUGAAGACAUAAAUCACCUUGCUUUGCACAUGUCAAUAUCCUCAUUUAUUCUUUUUUAAAUUUAUUUGCCCUUCAUCUGAAGAUUUUACAACAUGCAGGAUGAAAGCAUGGCUUUCUCACAAACAAGUCAAGCCAGAGAAAUCUCUCCUUUUCUUCUUUUCUUUUUUUUGGAUGGAGUUACAAACUUUGUUGAUCAGGGAACUGCUGUGGAAAUAGUGCACCUCGAUUUCAGUAAGGCUUUUGACAGAGUCCUCUGUGAGAUUUAUGUGAGGAAGCUGGUAAAAUGUGGGCUGAAUGAGAUAUAUGUCUUAGGACAUCAAACUGGGAAAGUGGAUUUUAAACUGACUGAAAAGGUUUUAUGCCCUUGGAAAUUUGGUCUCUUAAAUCUACCCCUUCGCCUUCCGUUUCCGUGCGCUGCUCUGAUUCGCCAGAAGCAGCUUAGUCAUGCUGGCAACAUGACCCGGAAGCUGUACGCAGGCUCCCUCGGCCAAUAAAGCGAGAUGAGUGCCGCAACCCCAGAGUCGUCCAGGACUGGACCUAAUGGUCAGGGGUCCCUUUACCUUUACCUAUGCAUUAUAGCAGGGACGUCCAACUUCCAAGAUGCUGAGAUCUACUCCCAGUAAUAAAAAACCUGCCAGUCAUCUACCCAUUGUCUUUGGCCAGAGUUGUUGAGCUUUUCUCAGGGAGCAUUGACCAGAGUUGUGGAUUCGACCAGUAGAUCGCGAUUGACCUGUUGCACAUGCCUCCAUUCUAGGAAUUUGCAAAACAGCAUCUUGUUAUUACAUGAAAUACAUUCGACAAACACAAGACGUAACCGGCUGUGGAUUCACAUAAACAAUACUCUUCUAUAUAUUCUUAGGGAAUCAUCUUAGGGACUUCCUGUGAACAUCUGGGUCAGGAAUGCUGUUCCUGGAAUGGACAAACACACAAGACGUAACCGGCUGUUCAUUCACAUAAACAAUACUCUUCUAUAUAUUCUUAUCACAACAUCAAAUGUUUAUCUUGCACAUAAACAACACAUAAAGUGCAAUAAUAUAGACGGAAGUCCCAAUAAAUCAGUUCAUUCAUAAAGACCAAGUGUCUGCUAGUUUCUGUUCCACAUAUGUUCAUAAAGUCCAAAUUGGAGCCUACUACAGUUCCAUAGUAUAUCAAUGUUGCACAUGCCUCCAUUGUAGGAACCGCAUUCCUGACCCAGAUUUUCACAGGAAGUCCCUCAGAUGAUUCCCCGUUCAAACAGGAUACGUGAACGUAAGCCAGGAGGGUCCUUCUCUCCGGCAGACGGACAACCCCUUCCCCAAAGCCCCUCCCUCCCCCACCUCCCCAUGGGGGUCCCUCCCCAGAACGGCCUCUGCUGUCCAGUGCUUGGACACCUGAAGGGCGUGGAGGCCUCUCAGGGCAGCUGCCUGGCAGCUCUGCAUCACCUGGAGCAAGAGAUCUUGCUCCGGCUCCAGCAAAGUCAGGCUGCCAGUUCCUCACAAGUGAGAGUCCUGGCAGCGGGGAGCAGGUCUGAGGGAUCCUCUCCCUACUCUUGUUUCCUCCAAUACUCACCAUUGCUGGAUGAAGAAAGCCUGUGGCACAUCUUCAAGAAGAGAAAAACAAGUAAUAAAUGAAAUAAGAAACUGAGAAAAUAAGAAUCCACUGAUUGCCUCACCUUGUCCUCCGUCAACUGCCACCAACUGCUCUUUCCUCCACUCACCUCACUACUAACCCAAAAUGGUCGCCUGCAAGUCUGUGGCUCCCCCCCCCCCGUCCUUGUCACCAUGACAACCCCCCCACCUGGCUCCACCUAUUGGAAGAUGAUCUAUAAUGAAAUGAAAAAAAUGUUUAAGAUAACCUUUGUUAAAAGACCAGAAGCGUUUUUAUUAGCUCAAAGAUGGAAAGGCGAUGAAAUACCAGCAAAAGAACACUGGCAAGAAAAGUAAAGGAUUAAGUAAAAAUGAGUUGAUGAAAUUGAUGAAACAGAGGAGGUUUAAUCACAUUUAAAUUUUAAAAUACGUAAAUGAAAAUAAGGUUAGAAGGAUUUGCUGGAAAUACGAUCUGAACUAGAAUACAAAAUUGGGAGGUGAGAGGAGGUCAUGGAAAUAAGUAAAGGGAAAAGGCUAUGUAAAGGUUAAAUCUGUUUUUGUUUUAUUUUAACUUAAUGUAUUUUUAUAUUUUUUGUUAAGCCUUCUUUUUUAUUCUAUUUUAUUGUUCACUCUUCAUUUUUAUCUUUUUAUUUUUCGCUUUGUUAUGGUUAAAGUUUUCUUUGUAUUUUGUAUGGUUUUUCUUUCUCUUUUUUGUAAUUUUAAAUUUGGAAUAAAUAAUUUUAUUUUUUUUAAAAAAGAAAAGUUGGUGGAAUACGCUGAAAUGGCGAAGCUGAGAGACUUAAAGAUAAGGACAAUACUGACUUUUUAAAAGAUUGGGAACCUUUCAAGAUGUAUAUAGAGAAACAAUGCAUAGAAAUGAACUCACUGGCAGGAUUUGAGUAAUACAAUUACAGUGGACAAAUACAAACAGAAAAUUCAAUUAUGAGGUAAAAAUGAGAAGGAAGAGACAAAUGUUAUAACCUUCAUUUUAAUAUAUAAGGAAUACAAAAUUAUAAGCAAAAGAAACAGAGGUGUUCUAAACCAGGAAGGGAAGUUGGGGGAAGUCGCAUGGGGGCGGGGUGUUAAUUAAAAUUGUAAAAUGUAAUUUGAAUGUUUGAUUAUGUUAAAAUUUCUUUAAGUAAGUUAUAUUUUUAAAGAAAGAAAGGCAAUGGCUCCUCUUACUUAAGGGCCGCACAGACCUCAUGGGACACCAGAGCAGAUUCCCUUGUUGCUUUUUUGAGUCAACCAGCAAUGGGGGUUGCAUUUCCUUAUUUACAGGAGGGCUGUUGCUAAAGCACAUGACAUGCUCUUCACACUUAGUUAUCUAUUAGGAGCACAGGCACAAAUUAUUGUGUGUGUGUGUGUAUUUGCAAACUACCCCAGUCUGAGCGGUGAGAUUCCAGGGGUCCCAGGCGCUUCUCCAGAUUCAGUUUCCUUGGAACGAAAAUCAGCAGAGACUGGGGCGUCUUUAUGAUACAGUUUUAUUUACUCGCAUACACAACCGGAGUGUAGGACGGAGGGGCUCACAGCAUCAACACCCAAACAGAUCUUGCUUCUCUAUCAGUGGCAGCUUUGGCUCCGGCACAGAGCAAGCUGGUUUUGGGGUUUCCCACAACUCUCUCUGGGUCUUGCUUUCCUACCUAGCAGCCAGGUGAGAUGGGAGGGGGGAGGACAGCCCCCCCCAUUAGCUGCAGCUCUCGCAACCCAGCUCCUUCGUUGGGGAUGCUGAGGAGGACACUCUAUGGCCAGCGAAGGCCCUUGUCUUGCCAAGAAACUUGUCUGUGGGAAUCGUGCAUCCAUAAUGCUAUGGAAAGGGUGAAUGUCUUCUAGAAUUCUCUGGUGUCACCAGAAGAGGAAGCCGUUCUUUUCAGUCUGUUAUCAGCUGCAGAGGAUGAGUAGCCUUGGGAGUCUCUUGGGGAGAUGGAAGUGAUGAAAGGACUGAAUCCAUGGGGGAAAGCUACUUGCUCUGAGAUGGGGGGGACCUUCGGGCAAAGGCCAGCAGAGAAGAGAUGCUGUUGGCUGCUAGUUUCUGUUCCUCCCCACUUUCCCAAAGGCGUAACAUUGGAGGUCCUGUGGGAGGAAAGAGCGUCUCGGAGUCAGGGGCCAAUCUGGGCCAAAGCGGCCCCCACUGCCCCCACCACGGAGUCCCUGGCACUCCUGGACCAUGAGGGAUGCCAGCUUUGGUCUUGGACCAAAUUGGGGGCCAAACUGUCAGUAUUUCAUUCUCCCAUUGCUAGUGUAACAUGAUAUCCAUGUUGAUUUAAAGCAGAGCCUCGUGCCCAGCGGAAGGAUGAGGAAAAUGUGUUACAUACUCUAUAUUGCUUUAUUUACAGUUCAAAGCUGGUAUAUUACAGAAAGACAUCUUGCCUCUGCAAGAGCAGAAAAUGCAUCCUCUCUCCUCAACAGCUUGGAGAGAAACACACUGUGAAAAAAACAGGAAACCAGUGUACGUCACAUCCAGUCUCCCUUUCCCGUGAGAAACUCCAACAGUACAGACUGUGGAAUGUAAAACAAUGUCUUGUGACUGCAGUUGCUGCUCAGUGAGGGAAAUCAGAAACCAACAUCCCCCCCUUUCUGUGAACAUCACUGGGCAGCGUGUUCGUACAAUAUCAGUACAAACCCAACUUCUGCACAUAGGUACAGUGUUGAUCCCUUGAUACAAUCUUGGACAAUACAUCAGCAGGAAUUUCAUUACCUGGCAUAUAGGACACCGUUACGAGUCCCUUCUGAAUACAUUCCCUAGCAUGCUGCAACUUUAAUUGUAAGUGCUUUGUGCUUUGCUUACAACCUUCAGACUUGAGCAAAGCCAAACAUGCUUUGUUGUCCUGGUAAACCUGGAUUGGACAUUUGACAGGAAUUUUCAUAUCUUUGCACAAUUGUACUAACCAUUCACAAUCCUUAAGUGAAUAAGACAGUGCAUUCAGUUCGGCUUCACAAGUACUUAAGCUAACUGUUGUUUGCUUCUUGCAUGACCAAUCAAACAGACUCUGAUUGUACAUGUAGCAAACUCCAGACGUACUUUUCCUGUCUGUAGUGUCACUUCCAAAACUUGCAUCUGCAAAUAUCUCAAGACCACCAGACUUCUGAUUGUUAAAUCUCAGUCUGUAAUGCAUAGUGCCUUUCAAAUACCGCGCUAUGCGUUUCAGAGCUUUCCAAUCCUUGACACUAGGAUUGUUGACUUGUCUGCUUAGCAAAUUACAGCUAACAGCAAUGUCUGGUCUUGAACAUCUGGCAAUGAAGUUUAGCUUGCCUAGCACACUCCUGUACAGUGUAGUGUCAGAAAAUGCUUCUUCAGUGUCAUCUACCUGAUAACCUGUUGUCAUCGGUGUGUCUACAGGGUUAGCAUCCAUCAGAUUUAGUUUGCUUAACACAUCAGCAAUUUUCCGUGACUGGUGUACUAGAAUGUUACCAUCUUGAUCUCUCUCUAUUUCCAGAGAUAGGUAGUUGUUUACCUCACCAAGAUCUUUCAUGUCAAAGUGCUCUUUCAGUUGAGCUAGGGCGCUAUUGUACAUUGCAACAUCUUUCCAAAAGAAUAAUAAAUCAUCAACAUAAAACAAACAGUACAGUUUCUUUUGCCCCUCCUCUUUGACAAAUACACAUGGAUCAGCUUUCCCUUGCUGAAAACCUAGAGAAAACAAUACUUCAGUGAGUUUUGUGUGCCAACACCGUGCACUUUGUUUGAGACCAUAAAGGGAUUUCUUCAGAGCACAAACAAAUCCCUGUUUUACCUGUACGCCAUCAGGUGGAAGCAUAUAAAGUGAUUCAUCUAGAGAUCCGUACAGAAAAGCUGUAUUAAUAUCAUGGUGACUAAUGUGUAGAUUUUCCUCUGCAGCUAGCUUGAGCAUAAGCCUAAUGCUUUCAUAUCUCACUGUGGGUGAAUAGGUCUCGUGAUAGUCUUCACCUGGUACCUGUGCAAAACCUCUGGCUACCAAUCUGGCUUUGUGUCUGACUAUCUUGCCAUUUUGAUCUGUCUUCGCUUUGAAGACCCAUUUGCUUCCAAGCAGUUUCAUUCCUGGAACUACUGGAACUAGCUCCCAUGUUUUGUUCCUUUCUAAGGAAUCAAGCUCAGCCUUCAUGGCAUUUAACCAUGGCUCAGCUUCCUUUGAAUCCAAACCCUGGAUUUCUUGGAAACUUGAAGGUUCAAAUACCUUCUUGGAGCUUUUAACAGCUGUUACUGCUAUCUUAGCAAACUCAUCAGCAAAUCUCUUUGGAGGUUUGCCUUUUGUGGCUCUCUGUGACCUACGAAUUAGCCUUAAGUCUUCAACACUCUCCUUUUCCUUCUUAGGAGAAAAACGACCUAUUGUGAACAAUGGUUCCUCCAAUUCUUGAUCAGAGCUUUCAGAGGGUCGCAUAGAGGCUUUCGCACUCUCGAAAUCCUCUGAAUCACCCGAUUCAGUUUCAGAUUCAGACUCAGAACCUUCAUCAGUGGGUGUGGGUUGUUGUGGUUGCUUUGACUAUCCUCAGUCUCAUCACCGUCAUCAGGAUAACAUUGGAAAAUUCCCACAUUCUCCCCCACUUUGCAUUGUACUCAACACUUCUCGUGAGCUUAAUUGUCUUAGAGUCAGUCAUCAUUAUUCUGUAAGACCCUUUCUGAUAACCUAGAAAGAUACCAUGCAAUCCACGCUUGUCUAACUUGGAGUUUUGUGGUGAGCGAACCCACAUGUCAGAACCAAAAUCUUCAUGUGUUUGAUGUAUGGCUUCUGCCAAACAUCAUCUCAUAGGGGGUACAACCGAUCGCUGAAGAUAACCUGCGAUUGUAACUGUAAACAAAACACGAGAGAGAUUCGGCCCAAUAACUCUCUGGAAGAUUGGCAUCAUGCAGCAAGGUCUUUAACCCUUGAAGCAAUGUCUGAUUUGCCUGUUCCGCAAGUCCAUUCUGCCAUGGCGAGCGAGGACUAGACAAAUCGUGUUGAAUUCCUUUCUCAGUCAGAAAAGCUUCAAACUGCUGAGAAGUGAAUUCCCCCGCGAUCACUGAAAAGAGUCUUUAUCUUCUUACCAUGCACAUUUUCCAACCAAGCACAGAAUUCCUUGAACCUAGGAAAAGCCUCCGAUUUCUGCUUGAGAUUGUACACAAAAAUAUAUCUAGAAAAUGCAUCAAUGAGAACCAUGAAGUAUCUAUUUCCACCCAAAGAGGGCGGUAGUGGUCCAACCAAAUCAGCAUGAACAACCUGGUAUGGUUCUGUAGCUUUCCUACUAGACACCUUACCUUUCGCAGCCAUUUUCACCUUGUUUGCUGCGCAUGCUUUGCACUUCAUGUGGUACCUGCAGGGUUUAAUAGUCAUACCUUCAACCAAGGCAGGCAUUUUAGAUACUGCCUCAAAAUGCAAAUGACCAAAUUUUCGAUGAAAAUCGUGAAUACAUUCUGCAUGCAAACUUUUGUUAGAACCUGCAAUGCAACAAGUGUCAUCCUGCACCACAUCAUCAUAAUACAAAACAAACAAAUGAUCAACAUAUUCUGCAUGCAAUACAUAAUCAUUUUUCUUUGUGAUGAUGCACUUCUUGUUCUUGAAGGAAACGUCAAUGUUCCGCUCAUUCAGCUGUCCAACGCUGAGCAGAUUAUGUUUGGCGUCUGGCACGUAAAGCACAUUCUGUAUCGAUAAGUCCAAACUGUGAAGAACAACAGUUCCGUAGCCUUUACUGGGAAUAGUGUGGUCAUCCGCCUGGUGAAUCGCACCUUCCUGCGGUGUAAAAGACACAAACAGUUUCUUAUCGUUGCACAUGUGGUGGGUGGCCGCUGAAUCAACAACGAAGAAAGAUCUAGACGUCUUCUGGACCUCUGCAACCUUUGGAGUGAAGCGUGAAACCAUAGCCUUGUGCUGCGUUGUCCUAGACACCGGACCUUUGCCUUUGCCUCGGCCUUUUCCGCGCGAUGAGCUUCGCUGCGCUGCUCUGUCUUGGCCCUGGGAUGUCUGCAUUCCCUCUUCAUAUGGCCUAGACGUCCACACGAGUAGCAUUUGACUGCCUUCAAAGCUUUGGCGCCAUCAGGUGGUUCCACUGCACUAUGGGAUGACGUCUGUGAAGACUCCCCCUUGCCCAUGCAGCCAGCACCCCGGCGAUCUGCUUCAUUUAAAAUCACGGCAGUAACAAAGUCCACUGUCAGCUGAGCAGUUGGUUGCACAGCAAUCUGGGUUGCAACAGACUCCCAACCUGAACCCAAAGAUUGUAGUAUCAUGAAAGAAUACACAGCCUCUGGAAAGUUGAGUCCUCUCUGUUGCAGCUCAUGUCUCAGAUUUUGCAUCUGCAUCAGAUGUAAACGCACAUCUCCACCUUCAGCAAGAGCCAUAUUAUGCAGCUUGUUAAAAUAAAACAUAGUGGAUCCAGCUUCUGUCCUUAAGUGAGCCUCUCUCAGAGCGUCCCAAAUUUCUCUGGCUGAGGUCUUAUCACGCAAUAGACAGAGCUCUUCUGGGGAUACUAUCAAUGUAAGAGUUCCCCUUGCUUUGGAAUCCUUAGCCUCCCAUGCAUCUGUAACCGGAACUGGGGGGGUUCCUGUAAUCACCUCAAACAAACCCUCUUUCCGCAGAAUUGCCUCUGCAUACUGAACCCAGUCGCUGUAAUUUUUCUUGUUGAGCUUAGGAAUCCCACAAGCAUCCUGAAGGGCCAUCAUGACUCUGGCAUUAGCCUUCAGCGUCAUAUGCUGCUUUAAAUCUUGCUGCGUCACUGCUGCAGCUGCCUGAUUACAAAGGCGCACUUAAAAGUUACUUCGAUUUCCCAGCAUAGUGACUUGUGCCUGGGAGCCUUUUGCCUAUUCCCGGCAAAACCGGCUUUAAAAGUUCAAAGUCCAGCCAUAAAGCCAUUAACUUGAAGCUGGCAGGCUGCCCGGAGCAGUAGCACAUACCUCAUCAAUCACUUCUACGCGCAGAGCAGAUUCCGUUCCGAUCUGUUCCUCUGCAUUCCGAUCCUUUGCCGGCACUCCGAUUCGACCUCUGGAGUCCAUAACCACGUGUUGAUUUAAAGCAGAGCCUCGUGCCCAGCGGAAGGAUGAGGAAAAUGUGUUACAUACUCUAUAUUGCUUUAUUUACAGUUCAAAGCUGGUAUAUUACAGAAAGACAUCUUGCCUCUGCAAGAGCAGAAAAAUGCAUCCUCUCUCCUCCACAGCUUGGAGAGAAUCACACAGUGAAAAAAACAGGAAACCAGUGUACGUCACAUCCAGUCUCCCUUUCCCGUGAGAAACUCCAACAGUACAGACUGUGGAAUGUAAAACAAUGUCUUGUGACUGCAGUUGCUGCUCAGUGAGGGAAAUCAGAAACCAACAGUUUACACCUUCUGUACUGUCUGUGUAAGAAUGGAAGUCAGUCUGUAAAUCACUUCCAUCCUUUGUUCUCUUUUACUCUGACCAAGGAGGAGACGGCUGUGGAAGACAGCUCACGCCAUGUGUGGUAAACGGGUCCCCAACCAUUUGCCCCUCCCUCACCUGUCUUUGCUCUCCGGCCAGACCAGGUGUCAGGAGCAGGGCGAGCAGACCCUUUACUUUUUCAGAAUCAGGACAAAACAGAACUGGUAAGGCUGCCACCACUCCCUCAUCCCAGGGUUACCUGAAGCCACAGCCCAAGGGAGACGGCUGUGCUCCUUUGUGACCGGUUAACCCCAAUCCACAAGUUGCUUCCACAAGCUUGCAGGCAGAAAUUCUUAGGUAGAGCGCAACCAAGAAGUUUAGGUGUUGGAAUUUGCUAUUCCCUCGGACAGGCACUUUUAUAUGCCUGUUGUCUUUGUCCAUGGAGUUUUCUUGGCAGGGAUACUGGAGUGGCUUGCCGGUUCCUCCUCCAGGUGGAUCACGUUUGGUCAAAACUCUCCACUAUGACCUGUCCAUCUUGGGUGGCCCUGCACGGCAUAGCUCAUAGCUUCUCUGAGUUAUUCAAGCCCCUUCGCCACGGCAAGGCAGUGAUCCAUGAAGGGGAUUUAAACAACUAAACAACAACAACCACGGACAGGCACACAAUACAAGAGAAAGGUUCUUUCUUAAAAUUUAUUUUAAAAAGCAUAAAGAAACAUGCUAAAAAGCAGGCACAUCUUUUGUAGAAUUACAAGCAAGAAAAAAUAAUAACGUUGCAGAAUAUAACUAAUACUCACUUCUACACACUAAGACAAAGAUAGGAUAGUUCAGAGUCCUUCAGUGAUCCGCAUUCAGAGGUCUUAGAAAAUCUUCAUCACAAAAGAACAAAGGACGGCUGCCAGGUGGAACGUUAGCAGCAGCCGGGCGGAUUUGCGGAUUGCAGAGGGCGCCUUUCCAGCCAUUCUCAAGAUCUUUUAUUCCCAAUUUGCACGGGGAACCAGAACCCCCAGGUCCAAUCACAAUCCUUGGCUACAUUCAAAUUCUCCAAUGACCAGCUUGUGGGCUAAUAAUUUUAACUUGUGACAGCUGGGCCAAUUAAGGCUCCAGAGCCUAGAUCAAAGGUGUUUCCUCCCUUCCGUGGAGCUUAUGCAGAUGCACCUCCUUUGGGCAAUUAAAAGAUAGAUAACAUCACCGCUUGAAUGUGCAUAACUUCCAUCACAGGUGUCAAGCCUUCACAUUACCCAGAGAAUUCCUUUCCCAUAAUAAACCUUUCACACCCUUGGAGCCUGCUGGUCUGUGGCUUAAAGCAACACGACCUAAUUCCCAUAAUUCUUGUGGCUUGCUGAUUGCCCACAAGGCCUUAUUCUUGCUUGACCAAGGAACAGCUUCUUGAAAUGUACUAACUUCACUACACCAUGUUUCUUUGUUAUUUUCCGCUGUAAAUAAAGCUUGAUGUCACAUUCCAACACAGUUUGCAGCACAUCUCCAAAGGGAAGGACAUGGGGACAGGUGAGUCCCUCCCUGAGCACCUGGCAAGGCUAUUCCAAGAGUUUUCUCCUGGAUUCCAAGUCCUACUACAGGGGAGGGACACCCCACCCCAAGAAGCCGCUGCCGGACGCCUUUGAAAGAGCUGAAAUCAUGCGCAGGGUUCUGGCUGGGCUUGGGUUGCUUCGGGUCACUUUCAUUUGGAUCUCCUUCGGAUCGCUAGCGAGCUCUCUUUUUGCCUCCGCGAGCUCUCUUUUUCGGCUCCGACCAGCAGAUCGUGGCCACCAGCCAACGGGCUCCUGGCCUCAUGGCGACCAGGCUCUUGCCAGAUAUUUUUUUUUUCCGUGUUCAGAGCUGAAAUCGCUGGGAGGUUUUGAUUUUUAGGGUUGUUUUCGCUGCUUUUUCCCUGUUGCCGCUGGCGGAAGCGUAUUCAGAGCGUGCAACGACAUCGGUGUGGAAACGGCGCUCGAGGUGCUUUAUCUCGGCAUCACCUUACCUUCCCCGGGCGCCUGCCUGCCGCUUCCUGGGCGGCUAAGCACCCUCCGUCUGAGGUGGUAACGUAUUGGGGAGCACUGCUCGGGGGCUGGAUUUGUUUCGGGCGGCCCGAUUGGGUUAAUUGUUUAACGGGCUGCGGGACUGUCCCCCUUUCUUGUAAACUGGUUUAAUUUUUAUUAAGCGGCGCGUACGGGUGUUCUUCGGUUAUUGAGGGAAUUCCCUCUCCCGGUUGCCUAGGUUACACGGCACAGCGUCGCUCGCUGUAGGCCCACGUGGGUGCCCCACGUGUGUGUUAGGGGGUUGAUCAAGGCGGCCAUUUUAAGUGUGGCAAUUCCCCGCCUCAGGUUUGUCUUGCGCAGCGUUCUUCGGGCUUUGGGGCUAAAUUCCCUCACGAGAAGCCGAACGGAGGAAAAAAGGGGCAGCGGCGCGUUAGGGCUACCGCUGACCGAUUAGAGCUGUUAUAUUAAUUUUUCGCUUGCCGGGGUGGCACGACGCAGCGUCGCCAUUCUGAGUAAACCACGUGGCUCCUCAGCGUCGCCAUUGUAGGCAAACCACGUGGCUCCUCGGCUACGGGGAUUAUCGGCACCAUCUUGGAAGAGGCUAAUAGACUCCACCCCUAGCUUAUCGGCUUCAAUUUCUCAUUGCGCUUUAAUUAUAAGAACAUAAGGACAAGGGCGGAGUUUCAGCAUAGGGCACUUGACUUAAUUAGGUUCUGGCAAGCGCAAUUUUUUGGUUCAACUGCUGUCCCAGUGGGGGGGUGCUUGCUUGCCACACGGCUGCUCAGGGGGGUUGUUAUAAGGGCUCUUUCUCUGUGGAGUUACAAAAGUGCUAGGAAUUUAGUCGUGAUCAGGAGGGAUUUAAUUGAUUUUUUUGUUGCUGAGGGUUAGGUUUUUCUGCGGUCAAUUCCUUACUUUAAUUGGUUCUCAUGCAAAGGGAGUUAAUUUAAAGCUAAGGUUUCCUACAGUCAAGUUGUGAAUUUAACUGGUGUGACCCAGGGUAAGUUAAUUUAAAUCAAUUGAGUUAAAGUGCUAGGUGCCGUGAAUUCCAAUUUAGCAAUUACGGUUGGCUUCUAGGGCUUUUUGCGCGCCAAAGUUUGGGCAGUUGGUAUUGGACUUGCCUUCCUAAAAUAAUUGGUUAGCUGUGUGGUUAACUCCGAACUCAACUUCACGCUUCAAGCCAAAAGACAACCCUUCCCCAUCCCCGGGCAAAACCCCUGGCCUUUCAUUGUGCAAAGGUCAGAGGGGGCAGGGUUUCUGUUGAGGCAGGUGAUUAGCUGUGGGAGGAGCUUAUCAGAGCUUGCAGGGUAGCAGUUGAAGAAGGAGCAAAAAGGGUUUUUGUGUGUGUGUGUGUGUUUCUUUGUGGCUGAUUAGCUGUUCUCCCUGUGCAAAGGUCAGAGGGGGCAGGGUUUCUGUUGAGGCAGGUGAUUAGCUGUGGGAGGAGUUUAUCAGAGUUUGCAGAGCAGUGGCAGUUUGAUCCAUCUUUUAGAUUUAGGGGAGCUAGUCUCAAACGUUUGUUGGGGGAGACCUAGGUUUUUGUGUGGGGGGGGGGAGUUAUUUGUCCUGUCUUCACGCUUUUUAUGAUGGAGGACCGCUGUAGCCACCCCCAACGACACGUUCUCAAGAUGGAGGGGGAGGGAACAGCUGCAGUCGCCUGCGGUUCCUGCGCAAUGUUUGCCAUCUUGGCAAAGGUUGCAGGCAGCUUUACCUGCAGCAAUUGCAUGUUGAUUGCCCUCUUAGAAGACAAAGUCCAGCAACUGGAGGAACGUGUAGCUACGCUCCAAAGAAUUAGAGAGCUGGAGCUCUUUUUGGAAGCAACAGAGCACACCGUCUCCACCAAGGAGGAGACAGGGGACUCCCCUGAGAAGGAGGCUAGUUCACCAACACAGGAGCCAGAUAUAUGGAGAAACGUGACUCAAAGAAGUAGGAGGCCCAGGGUUCGCUCUGAUUGUUUAGAAAUACACAAUCGCUUUGAGGUCCUCUCCCUAGCAUGGAAGACAAAGAGCAGACUCCAUUUGAGGAUCUCUCCUCAUUACAGUCGAUCAGGUAUAUGAAGACGAGCAGCAAAGUCAGUCCUCAGGGAAUGUGCAGGCGACCUUGGAACGGACAGCUCACGGAAGAACCCCGACCAAACCUAAGAGGAGGCGUGUAGUGGUGAUAGGGAUUCCCUACUGAGGGGAACAGAAGCAGUGAUCUGUGGGCCUGACAAGAUGUCUCGGGAAGUGUGCUGUCUCACCGGGGCUAAGAUCCAAGAUGUAACUGAACGACUGCAAGGAAUCAUAAAACCCACUGUCAAAUACCCCUUCCUCUUGGUUCAUGUGGGAACCAAUGACACUGCAAGCAAUAGCCUCCAGAAGAUCAAAAGAGACUACGAGGCUCUGGGCAGGAAAUUGAAGCAAUUAAAUGCACAAAUUGUCAUCUCAUCUGUCCUCCCAGUUGAACGACGUAGCCCAGGGAGAGACGGGAAAAUAGUGGAAGUGAACAGCUGGCUUCGCAAAUGGUGUAAACAGGAACGGUUUGGAUUCUUAGAUCACGGACUGCAGUUUCUUGAAGAUGGACUUCUGGCAAGCGAUGGGCUGCACCUCACAACGGUUGGGAGAAAUGUUUUUGCCAAAAAUCUCAGAAACCUCAUCAGGAGGGCUUUAAACUGACUAAUGUGGGGGAGGGAGACAGUGCUCCUGAAGGUAGGAGUCUAUCAAUUGAUGAAGAUGAUCAUCCAAAUGUCAUAGACCAAAUGGAGCAAACAGCACGCAGACCUAGUGGUGGGAGGAAAAAAUCCUUAAAUAAGAGACACGGGGGAAUGAUUAAUGGACUUCAAUGUCUGUACACUAAUGCGCAAAGCAUGGGAAAUAAACAAGAUGAGCUUGAGCUCUUGGUACAGCAAACUAAAUAUGACAUAAUAGGCAUCACUGAAACCUGGUGGGAUAAGUCCCACGAUUGGAAUGUAAUAAUGGAGGGAUACAAUCUAUUUCAGAGAAACAGACCAGACAAGAAAGGAGGAGGAGUGGCGUUAUAUGUCAGGGAUGUGUAUACCUGUGAAGAGAUCCAAGAUUUAGAACCUCAAAGCCAAAGUGAGAGCAUUUGGGUCAAAAUUAAGGGAGAGAAGAAUAACAGUGACCUCAUUGUGGGAGUUUACUAUAGAUCCCCAAGCCAAACGGAGGACAUAGAGGAUGCCUUCCUGGAACAGAUGGCCAAGCAUGCAAAAGGAAGGGAGAUAGUAGUAAUGGGGGACUUCAAUUACCCGGAUAUUUGUUGGAUGUCAAAUUCAGCCAAGAGCAUAAGGUCAAACAGAUUCCUCACUGGCCUUGCAGACAACUUCAUUGUCCAGAAAGUGGGAGAAGCAACAAGAGGAACAGCCAUUUUAAAUCUGGUCCUAACCAAUGUUGAUGACCUGGUUAGUGGGGUAGAAGUGGAAGGAUCAUUAGGCGCAAGUGAUCAUGCUCUUCUGAAGUUUACUAUACAGCGGAAAGGAGCAACCAAGCAUACUAGGACUCAAUUUCUUGACUUUAAGAAAGCUGACUUCAUAAAACUUAGGGAAGUGCUGGGUGAGAUCCCAUGGACAGUAAUACUAAAAGGAAAGGGAGUUCAUGAUGGCUGGGAGUUUGUUAAGAGGGAGAUAGUAAAAGCACAACUUCAGGCAAUACCAAUGAGACGGAAACAUGGAAGGUGCCUAAAGAAGCCAGGGUGGCUAUCUAAAGAACGUUUAACUGAGUUCAGAUUCAAAAAGGAUGUGUACAAAAAUGGAAAAGGGGGAAACCACCAAAGAGGAAUUCAAACAAAUAGCCAGCACGUGUAGACACAAAGUCAGAAAAGCUAAAGCACAGAAUGAACUCAGGCUUGCUAGAGAGGUUAAAAGCAACAAAAAAGGCUUUUAUGGGUAUGUUCGUAGCAAAAGGAAGAACAAAGAAACAGUGGGGUCACUCAGAGGAGAAGAUGGUGAAAUGCAAACAGGGGACACAGAAAGGGCUGAACUCCUCAAUGCCUACUUUGCCUCAGUCUUCUCCGAUAAAGAAAACAAUGCCCGCCUGAAGAAUUUGGAGCAAAUGAUUCAGCAGAGGAAACACAGCCCAGAAUAACUAAGGAGAUAGUACAAGAAUACUUGGCUAGUUUAGAUGUAUUCAAGUCUCCAGGGCCAGAUGAACUGCAUCCAAGAGUAUUAAAAGAACUGGCAGAUGUGAUCUCAGAACCACUGGCAGUCAUCUAUGAGAAUUCCUGGAGAACAGGCGAAGUCCCGGCAGACUGGAGGAGGGCAAAUGUUGUCCCUAUUUUCAAAAAGGGGGAAAGAGAGGACCCAAAUAAUUACCGCCCAGUCAGUCUGACAUCAAUCCCAGGGAAGAUUCUGGAGCAGAUCAUUAAGCAAACAGUCUGUGAGCACCUAGAAAGGAAUGCUGUGAUCACCAAUAGUCAGCAUGGAUUUCUGAAAAAUAAGUCAUGUCAGACUAACCUGAUCUCGUUUUUUGACAGAAUUACAAGCCUGGUAGAUGAAGGGAACGCAGUGGAUGUAGCCUACCUUGAUUUCAGCAAGGCAUUUGACAAGAUGCCCCAUGAUAUUCUUGUAAAGAAGCUGGUAAAAUGCCUUCUUGACUAUGCUACCACUCAGUGGAUUUGUAACUGGCUGACUGACCGAACCCAAAGGGUGCUCAUCAAUGGUUCCUCUUCAUCCUGGAGAAGAGUGACUAGUGGGGUGCCACAGGGUUCUGUCUUGGGCCCGGUCUUAUUCAACAUCUUUAUCAACGACUUGGAUGAUGGACUCAAGGGCAUUGUGAUGGGAUGAUGAGCUGCUUGUGCGUAAAAUCGUAUCCCCUCAGAGUUUGUUCAAGUCCACAAACCUCUGUCUGUGACGGAGCCCCUCAGACAUGGCUCCUCUAGUCACUAGCAGAUUCCGACAGUGGUUGCUUCGGAAUCGCUUCCAACAUAAAAGCUCCUUAACGGAAACACGUCUUCUGGACUCUCUGCGUGACAGUUUCCGGCGAGGAGUGGGUGUUCCUACAGGAGGUCCUGAACCCUCCCCACUGUUUUCGCGGGAAGUGUCUCUGAGCCAUCCCUCCAGCUCACUUUCCCUCAGCUCAGCUCCUCUCCCCCUACUGGUUCCCUCUUCAGCUGCUGAGUCUCCCCCAACCUGUGUGAGCCCUUUCACCUCCCUUCCUUCCGAUGGCAGUUCCCUGACAGGCAUCCUCAUCAAAUUUGCAGAUGACACCAAAUUGGGAGGGGUGGCUAACACCCCAGAGGACAGGAUCACACUUCAAAACGACCUUGACAGAUUAGAGAACUGGGCCAAAACAAACAAGAUGAACUUUAAAAGGGAGAAAUGUAAAGUAUUGCACUUGGGCAAAAAAAAUGAGAGGCACAAAUACAAGAUGGGGGACACCUGGCUUGAGAGCAGUACAUGUGAAAAGGAUCUAGGAGUCUUGGUUGACCACAAACUUGACAUGAGCCAACAGUGUGACGCGGCAGCUAAAAAGCCAAUGCAAUUCUGGGCUGCAUCAAUAGGAGUAUAGCAUCUAGAUCAAGGGAAGUAAUAGUGCCACUGUAUUCUGCUCUGGUCAGACCUCACCUGGAGUACUGUGUCCAGUUCUGGGCACCACAGUUCAAGAAGGACACUGACAAACUGGAACGUGUCCAGAGGAGGGCAACCAAAAUGGUCAAAGGCCUGGAAACGAUGCCUUAUGAGGAACGGCUAAGGGAGCUAGGCAUGUUUAGCCUGGAGAAGAGGAGGUUAAGGGGUGAUAUGAUAGCCAUGUUCAAAUAUAUAAAAGGAUGUCACAUAGAGGAGGGAGAAAAGUUGUUUUCUGCUGCUCCAGAGAAGCGGACACGGAGCAAUGGAUCCAAACUGCAAGAAAGAAAAUUCCACCUAAACAUUAGGAAGAACUUCCUGACAGUAAGAGCUGUUUGACAGUGGAAUUUGCUGCCAAGGAGUGUGGUGGAGUCUCCUUCUUUGGAGGUCUUUAAGCAGAGGCUUGAUAACCAUAUGUCAGGAGUGCUCUGAUGGUGUUUCCUGCUUGGCAGGGGGUUGGACUCGAUGGCCCUUGUGGUCUCUUCCAACUCUAUGAUUCUAUGAUUCUAGAACCGCCACCCCACUGGUGGCGUUUACCUAAUAAUAAUAAUAAUAAAUUUCGUGACAGCAGUCACGAAAUUAAAAGACGCCUGCUCCUUGGGAGAAAGGCGAUGGCAAACCUAGACAGCGUCUUAAAAAGCAGAGACCUCACCUUGCCAACAAAGGUCCGUAUAGUUAAAGCCAUGGUUUUCCCAGUAGUGAUGUAUGGAAGUGAGAGCUGGACCAUAAAGAAGGCUGAUCGCCGAAGAAUUAAUGCUUUUGAAUUAUGGUGCUGGAGGAGACUCUUGAGAGUCCCAUGGACUGCAAGAAGAUCCAACCGAUCCAUUCUGAAGGAGAUCAGCCCUGAGUGCUCACUGGAAGGACAGAUCGUGAAGCUGAGGCUCCAAUACUUUGGCCACCUCAUGAGAAGAGAAGACUCCCUGGAAAAGACCCUGAUGUUGGGAAAGAUGGAGGGCACAAGAAGAAGGGGACGACAGAGGACAAGAUGGUUGGACAAUGUUCUCGAAGCUACAAACAUGAGUCUGACCAAACUGCGGGAGGCAGUGGAAGACAGGAGUGCCUGGCGUGCUCUGGUCCAUGGGGUCACGAAGAGUCGGACACAACUAAACGACUAAACAACAACAACAACAACAACAACAACAACAACAACAACUAAUAAUAAUAAUAAUAAUAAUAAUAAUAAUAAUUUAUUUGUACCCCGCCCAUCUGGCUGGGUUUCCCCAGCCACUCUAAGCGGCUUCCACAGCAACCAAAAAUACACAAAAAUGUCACACAUUAAAAACUUCCCUUAACAGGGCUGCCUUAAGAUGUCUUCUGAAUGUCAGGUAGUUGUUUAUCGCUUUGACAUCUGAUGGGAGGGCGUUCCACAGGGCGGGGGCCACUACCGAGAAGGCUCUCUGCCUGGUUCCCUGUAGCUUUGCUUCUUGCAAUGAGGGAACCACCUAAAGGCCCUUGGAGCUGGACCACAAUGGGGGUGGAGACGCUCUUUUGGGUAUACUGGGCCGAGGCCGUUUAGGGCUUUAAAGGUCAACACCAACACUUUGAAUUGUGCUCGGAAACGUAGUGGGAGCCAAUGUAGGUCUUUCUAGACCGGUGUUAUACCUCAGCACGGCGCAGGGACUGACUGAGCGGGUGGCGAGAUGCUUUCAUCCUCGAACACUUGGCGGGUUCUGAAAUGGUCGUGCAGGCCAGAUUCACGACCCUGGAGGGCUGGAUUCGGCCCGCGGGACAUAGUAUGAGGACCCCUGGCCUACACUGACUGGCAGCAGCUCCCCAGAGUUUCAGGCAGGGAUUUUGUCCAGCCCUGGCAGGAGAUGUCAGGGGCUGACCCUGGGACAUUCUGCAUGCCAAGCAGAUACUCUAGGGCUCCCCAUAUUUCCCUGCACUUUCAACGUUAUGCUAUUAGCAACCAUGGAGAUUCCACCUGCCACUUUCGAAAGGAGAACACUCACCUGAUUAAUAAUAAUAAUAAUAAUUGGUAAUAAUGAUUUAUACCCCACCCAUCUGGCUGGGUUCCCCAGCCACUCUGGGCGGCUUCCAACAAAAUAUUAAAAUAAAAUAGUCCAUCAAAUAUUCAAAGCUUCCCUAAACAUAAUAACAAUAACCAUCCAUUUUCAUUCCAUUCAAUUAGCAAUUAAGCAUUUCUGGAAAGGGAAAUGGCAUACUUUUGUAGCGUGCAUAAGUGUGCAUAAGAAAGUAUUACUCAUUUAUUUUGAGAAUAGGAUUUAUUUAUUUUGAACUUUGCUCGGUUCCUCCUUGGCAGCCAGUGCAAUGGUUUCAGCAGGGCUAGAACUCAGGACCCGCUGCCUUGAGGGACAUCUAAGAGCAGUUGGGCAGGGAAAGGUCUCCCUUACGAGGUGGUGGACUCUCCUUCCUUGGAGGUUUCUGAGCAGUGAUUGGACGGCCAUCUGCCAUGCAUCCUUUAGCUGAGAUUCCUGCAUUGCUGGGGUUGGACUAGAUGACCCUGGGAUCCCCUCCUAUCUCUCCACUCCGGAAUUCUAGGAGGUGCUUCCUUGCCUCCUGCAAAGCCCUUUUCCCUGCAAGCUCUUCCUCUGGUUUCUGGCCAAGGGAGGGAGAUGCUCAGAGUCCAGCCAAGAGCCUCACCCCCAAAAGGAUAUCUGGGCAUUGGCGCAGCCAGGGGGGGCAGCUGCCCCCCUAAAUGCAUAAAAAAAUAAUAAGAAUCUGAGGUUCUGCCAAGCGAGAGACGGCUGAGCCGAGUGGACUCGGCUUGGCAAGGGUUAAAGGGAAGUGAGCUGCCUUCCUAGAGAGGACAGGAAGCAAGGGGGGGCAGGUCCUCCAGAGCCAAGGCCCCUCCCUCCCCAGUCCUUUCCUGCUUGGGUGUCUCUCCUGCAAGGGCUGCCUCGCUGCCCCCUCCUGGGAUCUGGUGAGUCUCCUCUCUCUCUGGGAUCUGGUGGGGGUCCCAGGGCUGCAGCAGGGGAGGAGGCCUGGGGGGCCGGAUCUGCCCUGCAGGGGACCCCAAGUCAGGGAGGAGAGGGUCGUGCCCGGGAGGGGCCAGGUCUGCCACGCUCUCCUUCCUGCAGAUCAGAGGAUCCCUGACUCCCACGAAAUCUCCCUUUUUAAAACAAAGGAGUCCCUGGGACUUGAAUUCUGUGUGACAUCGCUCAGCCUCGUUGCACAACAGAGGAAACAUGUGCAAAUGGUUUUCCAAAGCUGGAGGAGGAGGUGGACACUAGCCCCCCACCACGGGGAGGAAGGAAGGAAAAGUAGGAAAGAGAGGCCAGGAAUAAAGAGAGGGAUCCCAGCCCAUAGUCUGGCUGCUGCAUUGCAAACCAGUUUGUGUUAAGCUAUCUAAUAGAAUAAUAAAAAAAUCAAGGGAGAUGUCUUUGGCACCGCCCAGUUGGCCCUCAGGGGGUUGGCCAGAUACAUUCCUGGCCCUCAGAAGAGAGAAAAAGAGAUCUCACCCCAUGAAUCUGUCUGGACAGCGGCAGAGAUUGCAGAAAAGGAGACAGAAGCAGGGAGUGGAGGUGGGGUGAGGGUGGGGGUGGGGGGAGCAACUCCAGAGGACCCCCAGGUCAGGACCCCCACUAGAGAAAAGCAUCCAUUUAUCACAAGAUACAAAUGACUCCCUUGUCAUUCGGUUCUGACUUCAUGCAUUGACUGGAAGGAUGGAGAAACCAGGAUGAUUAAUCUGACAGAAAUCCCUUCCGUUGCCUCCACAUUCUGCAUUGCUUGAAGGCUAGAGACUUAUUUCUUCUCCUCUUCCUCCUCCUCUUUCUUUUCAAAAAGAUAUCUCAUGGUCUGGGAUGCGGCGCACUUCAGCCCUGGUUCCCAGCAAGACUCAUCCAUGCUUGCUCAGGGAACCAUUUCCCCCCCUGUCCUACAAAUUCUGUAACAGAACAAUGUAUUUGCUUUGUAGGAUUUGCUAGAGCUUCUCAUUUAGACGGGCAGAACUUGGCAGAAGACCAAAGGGUUCCUUCCGAUCUCUCAGAGGCUUCCUGAGAGCACAGAUGGAUGAGCAAGACUCAGCUGGCCCCGGAAGCAGGAAGAGGCCAUGCCAGCCAAACUGGGAGCAGUGGGGGAUUCUGGGAAAACUCUGUGCAGAAGAUCCAUGGUGAGGUGGACACCCUCCGCUCAGAGGUGCAGAGCCAGCAGUUGAGGCAGUUCUGCUGCCAGGAGGCCAAAGGACCCCGAGAGGUUUGCAGCCGACUCCACCACCUUGACCAUCAGUGGCUGAAGCCAGAAAGGCACACGAAAGCUGAGAUGCUGGACCUGGUGAUCUUGGAGCAGUUCCUGGCUGUUCUUCCACCGGAGAUGGAGAGCUGGGUGAGGGACUGUGGAGCGGAGACCAGUUCCCAGGCGGUGGCCUUGGCCGAAGGUUUCCUCCUGAGUCAGGCAGAGAAGAGAAGCAGGAACAGAGUAAACAGGUGAGAGAGACUUUCCUCUGGAUACUCCCAAGGGGUUCCAAACAGGACAGAGAACAUCCCAUAAUGGUCUGCUGAUGGCCCAUCCUUUUUCUGGGAAGGCAUCCAUGGAAUGAGAUCUCGUACCCUUCAAGUCUUUGUUAUUCUCUUUCUAGUAUUUCUCCCCAUUCUCUGUUUUGAAUCCUUGUUUCUUUCUCAGGGAAAGGAUCUCUUUGCAGAAAUGGACCUGGAUUCCUGUGAGGCAGAGAGGCCUCCGUUGGACACCAGAGAGAGGCCACUGGGUAAGGAGGAAGGUGGUUUUUCCCCAUUUGGUCCCAUUCUGUUGGUUUUCCAACUCAUCUGAGGAUUCCUUUCAUCUUGUUUUGGGGGGAGAUAGUUGGGAAGAAGGAUCCAGAGGAGGGGAGAUGUAUUUCUGCACAACUAACUUAUGAAAUGGGCACAAACGUCCAAAUACUCUCAGUAGGUAAGUCCUUCUCAAAGGCCCAUCUGUAGUUAGAGAUGCCCUGUUUCACCUGUGAGAGAAGCAGGCACUCUGGGCCUCCCCCUUACCUUUUUCCUCUUGCAGGUGACAGAAUAAUGCCAGCAAAACCUCCUGAUCCACCUUUUCAUGGGGGCAGAAAGGAAGCAGCGGCUGUGGAACCAGAUCAGGUCAGGGGAAGCUAUCUUGUGGGGACAGAGGCCGAGGGAUGGAGCAAUAUCAUGGACUGGUUGGGCACAGAGGAAUGGUGGGAGGAAGCAGCCGGGGAACCAGGAAGGGAAGAUGGCUGAGAGCCGAAGGAGUGGAGGUGGAGGAAGGAUGAGCGGUCAGAGGGAGAAGAGGGAGAAGCCUGGGAAGAGGAGGUGUCAGAAGCUGAAGGGGAAACAGGGCUUAGUGAGCUGGGAGGCUCUGUGGCAGAAAGCAGUGCAGAAUCAGAGGCAGAAGAGGAAGGAGGCAAGUGGGAGAGGAAGGUCGAGAGGCAGAGGUGAGUCAGGAGAAGGAGGAGCCACCGGUGGUUCCCUCUCCUUUUGCCAGAAGCCACCCUCCCUGCUUGUCUCUCAGAGCCAGGAGAUGAAAAUAGGCUUAUUUUAAUUGUCUAUUGAUCACUGAAUGCUAAAAUUGUUUUCUAAGCAGUUGACAAACAAGAACAAAUAGUGGCCUAGAUUCACCUAACCAGCCCUAUCGGAUGAAAAAUGGGGCCUGCCCCCCAUUCCUCCCCCUCUCCACGCCGCCCUGAACCCCUUGAAUUUGGCUCUAGGGCAUUGGGAGGGAACCUUCCUGGAACAGCUCACUAGGAGAGGAGAAAGUGGAUCCUUCCAUCAGGCAAACUGGAAUGCUUGCGUAGGCAGAAUGACUUGGAAAACACAAGGCGGAGUAACACCUAUUUGCACGAAGACAAAUACCCAUAAUUAAAACGCAGAAUAAAAUAAGCACCCAUAAUUAAAAUGUGCUGCAAAACAAUCCUAUUGAAACAACGGAAUUUACAGGAAGGAAACAACAGAGCAUUGUGGAGCAGAUCAUAUUUCUGCUGUCUCAGAGGAGGACAUUUCCUUUUUUUUUAGGGUCCAGUGUGCUUUGAAGAUGUCGCUGUUGGUUUCACAGACGAGGAGUGGGCGUUGCUGGAUCCUGACCAGAGAGCUCUGCAUAAGGAUGUCAUGGAGGAGAAUCGUGGGAUCGUGGCCUCUCUUGGUAAGGCUCCCUGUGGGAUAGUCCUAUCUGCCUGGAAUUUCAAAAAAGACGUCUAUAGACCAGCCUCACAUAUUUUCACAGAGCUCAAUAGUGGUCCCUAUAACACCUGGGAACCUAACACCCCCACAAUGAACAGUAAAUUACAGUUUCUCUUUGACAAUCUUCCUCAGAUUAUUCCUUUUUCUACCACGAUUGGGCUGGUCUAAACUGCCCAGGCCAUCUUCAAUGUCAGCUUCAGAAUUGUUAGGAAAGAUAAGUAGCUUCAGGUUUUCUGUUUUUGCUCCUGUCAGUCUUGGGUUGACCAAAGAGACGACUGACAUUGGAGAUGGAGGGGAUGCCAUGACUGGGCCAAACAAAAUUCAUCCCAGAGAAGAGCAAGGCUUAUUGAAUUUCAGGUAGAAGUAGCAGUGGUGAUGAUGAUGAUGAUGAUACAGUGGUACCUCGGUUUACAAACUUUCCGGAACAGGACUGUUCUUAAAUCAAGGUAUCACUGUAGUAAUAAUAAUAAUUUUUGUUUAUACCCUGCCCAUUUGGCUGCAUUCCCCCAGCCACUCUGGGCGGCUUCCAACACACAUAUAAAAAUGAAACAUAAAUAAUAAUAAUCUGAUCCCAUAUAUAAAGAACUUUAACUUUAAAAUGAACAACUUCUACUAGUGGCCAAAAUUGUGGAAACCUUUUGUGAAAAGUGUAUUUCUGAGGUUUGAUGGCUCAUAACACCACUUUUGUGUGGAGUAAUACCAUAAAAUUAUAUAGCAAUGGAAAGAUAAUUUAAUGAAGAAUGUAAUGCAAUGAAUUUUAUGAAGGAGUAUUUAUUAGAACAGCAGUCAUAAAGAAAAAAUGUGAAACCUUUGGUAACCAUUGGUAACCUUUAGCUUUAAGUACGGCCUUACAACGCCUUCCCAUGAAGUGAACCAAGUUUUUAGUUCUGAAGCUGUAAUAAUGCCAAACCAAGACUGAAUUAUUGUCUCUGUUAAUUGGGCUUUAUUGCUGGGUUGCUUCUGAAUAACAAGUUUCUUUAGUCGGCUCCAAAGAUUUCUGAUUGGGUUAAAGUGUGGGCUAUUCAGUAUGGACUAAAGUGUGGGCUAUUCAGGUUGCCAUCAGUAUGCCGAUGACACCCAACUCUAUCUGUUGAUGGAUGGCCAUUCUGACUCGGCCCCAGACACACUGACCAGGUGUUUGGAAGCUGUGGCUGGAUGGUUACGUGGGAGCCAGUUGACGCUAAAUCCUUUGAAGACAGAGGUCCUGUGGCUGGGACGGGACGAUAUGGGAUUGGGGGGGCAACUCCCAUCUCUUGCGGGGGCGCAAUUAGUGCCAGCACCGUCCAUUAAGAGUUUGGGUAUAAUCUUCGACACCUCCCUUUCUAUGGAGGCGCAGAUUGCAGCUAUAACAAAGGCGGCAUUUUUCCAUCUUUGCCAAGCUAAGCAGUUGGCUCCUUACCUCUCUCGCCCUGACCUAGCCACUGUGAUCCAUGCGACGGUCACCUCCAGACUGGAUUAUUGUAACUCGCUCUACGUGGGGCUGCCCUUGAGACUGACCCAGAAACUCCAGCGGGUGCAGAAUGCUGCAGCGAGACUCCUUACGGGGUCUUCGCUGCGAGAUCACAUUCACCCGGUGCUAUACCAGCUGCACUGGCUCCCGGUGGAGUACAGGAUCAGGUUUAAGGUGCUGGUUUUAACCUUUAAAGCCCUAUACGGCCUAGGACCCUCGUACCUACGGGACCGCCUCUCCUGGUAUGUCCCACAAAGAAACUUACGGUCUUCAAAUAAAAACAUCUUGAAGGUCCCAGGCCACAGAGAGGUUAGGCUGGCUUCAACUAGAGCCAGGGCUUUUCGGCUGUGGCUUAGAUCUGGUGGAACACUCUGUCACAAGAGACUAGGGCCCUGCAGGACUUGACAUCUUUCCGCAGGGCCUGCAAGACAGAGCUGUUCCACCAGGCCUUUGGCCAGGGCGCAGCCUGACUCCUCCUUCGGCAAUCUUCGCGGAGCUCUGGCCCAAUGGUUGCCAUUGGUUUGAUUUGAAUUAAUUUUAUAAUGAAUGAUUUUAGAGUGUUGUGUUGUACUGUUGUACUGUUUUAUUGUUGUUAGCUGCCCUGAGCCUGGCUUCGGCUGGGGAGGGCGGGAUAUAAAUAAAAAUUAUUAUUAUUAUUAUUAUUAUUCCCAGGCCAUUCCAGCAGUGAAAUAUCAUUAUCUUGAAUGUACCUUUUGCACACAGCAGCAACAUGACAUAGAGCUGAAUCCUGCUGAAAAUAUAUAAAUGCUUCGGUAUCUGGGAAAAGAUCACCUGCGGAACACUUCAGUUUGGGCUCACGUAUUUCCUUUAUGCAUUUUCCCGCAUUUAUAUUCCCAUUAAUGACGCAAAUUCUGCCCACACCUUUUGCUGCCAUACAACCCCAGAUCAUCACACUGUCUGGGUGUUUCACAGUCGGUGUAAUGCAAGUAGGAUGUAAAUCUUCUCUGAUUCUUCUCCUCUUCUCCGAUUAAAAAAACUCGCGUAUUUCAUGCCAUCACUACCAAGCAAGGUAGUGUCCUUUUUUUAAAAAAAUAAAGUUUUUAUUUAUACAACAAGAAAAAGAAAAAAACACAAAUACCAAAUUACACACAAAUUACAAAAAUAACCAUAGUCACCUAAUUUUCUUAGCAAACAAUAAAACAUCUAUUGGUCUUAACACUAAAGACCCAACCUCCCGUCUAUUCCAUAUUUCAAAUUCAUAUUACUUAUUGCCAAUACACACUUUUAUCAUAAUUAAACUUAUUGUUAAUAAAUCUAAUUUCUUAUAUCUACCUUGCAACUAUUACUGAAGUUCCUCAAAUGCUGCGACAGAAUUUAAACUACUAUAUUUAUUUUUCAGAUAUUCUUUGAAAACCUCCCAUUUUGAAACAAAUUCCUGUUUUGAUUUAUUCUUUAUUUUUUCUGAUAAACCAUCUAAUUCGGCAUAUUCUGUCAGCUUUUGGAUCCAAUCUUGUAUAGAGGGGAUUUCAUUACUCUUCCAUUUUGCUGUGAUCAAAACUCUUGCUGCCGCUGUCGCAUAUAAAAAGAUACCCUUCCUCUUUUGUGGAAUAUCCAAAUCUGUUAUUCCCAGGAGGUAGGCCUCUGGUUUUUUAUUGAAAGAGAUCUUUAGCAUUUUUGCAGUUCUGCAUGUAUACUCUCCCAGAAUACCUGUAUUUUCCUACAUAUCCACCACAUAUGGUAGAAUGUUCCUGAGUCUCCGCAUCUCCAACAAUUACUUGACACAUUUUUAUACAUUUUUGAAAGUUUCCAUGGUGUUAGAUACCAUCGAUGUUGCAUUUUUUGAAAGUACUCUCUAAACGUGUAACAGUUUGUGAAUUUCCAAUUGAUCUUCCAUAAAUUUUCCCAUUGGGCCAUGGUUAUUGAAUGGCCAAAAUCCUGGGACCACCUCACCAUUGCCACUGUUACCUCCUCCUCCUUGACUGUCCAGUCAAGGAGGAGUCGAUAAGUUUUGGAAAGAGUUUUUCUUUUAGAAUUUACAAGAUCAGAUUCGAAUCGGGAUAUUUCUGUUGAGAACCCCUUUUGUUUGUCAGAUUUAAAUUUUUCAAAUAACUGAUGAUAUUGGAACCAGUCUGAAAUGUGUUCUCUUAUUUCCUCAAAGUUUUUAAUUUUAUUUGGUUAUCUUCAUUUUUUAGAAGUAUUUUAUAUGUUGGCCAGCUUUCCUGAGUAUUUUUCCGUUUUACUGCUAUGGCUUCUAUUGGAGAAGUCUACCACGGGGCUUUAGGCUCCAUCAGGUCUUUAUAUUUUUCCCAUACAGCAAAGAGUGACUUUCUUAUUAUAUGGUUGGUAAAAAUUUUAUGAAUUUUCGCUUUUCCAUAUAUCAGGUAGGCGUGCCAUCCCCAACGAUUGUCAAAACCUUCCAGGUCCAGGAGGUCCCGAUCCUGCAAUGUGCACCAAUCCUUUUAGCCAGGUGAAACAGGCUGCCUCGUAGUAAAGUUUUAGGUCGGGUAGGGAAAAGCCUCCUCUCUCUUUUAAGUCUAUUAAGAUCAGGUGUUUAAUCCUAGGUUUCUUCCCUUCCCACAGGAAUUUGGAAAUUUCUCUUUGCCAUAUCUUGAGACAACCUGUCAAGUAAGGUAGUGUCCCAUUGUUCCGCUGUCUAGUUAACAUGGGUUUAAUCUUUUCAACCUUUGCUUGAGAGAUAACAAAGGCUUUUUCCUUAGAAUUCUAACAUUUAGACCAGUCCUUGCACUCAACUUCCCAUUACAUUGUGCCAUGUCAUCUUGUAUACACCCAGAUGAUUUUCUUCUGUCAUGUACGCACAGUCUCUCCACUCGUCCAUCGUCACUUGCCUUUGUACACAUUCCCUGCUUUAACAAGUCUGAUUUUGUAGUGACUGAGUCUCCUUAUACCUCUUCAAAAAUAUAGAAAGGCCAACUUUGGUUAAGUUUCCCCCAAUCUCUCUUCUAAUUUCUCCAUAACUGUAGCCUUCUUCACUUAAUAGUACACUCUUACUCACUUUCUGGGGACCAGUCAACUCUUUGUGCCAUUUCUAUAAUUUUACUAUGUUUUACACCUUCACUAAAUGAAAGAACACACAAAACCAACCAACUUGAUAGCAAUCACAUAACACACUGACAAAAGUCAACCUAAGCAAGUUGUGCUUUCUUUUCUGGUUAUUUGGCUAUACUUUUGAUAGAAUACGGGUAAUUGAACAAACUUUGUUGGAUUGCAAUCUCGAUUGCAUUCUUGAUCGAAUUAUCUUUCCACUGAUAUAUAAUUUUAUGACAUUACUCCAAAUGAAGUGGUGUUAUGAGCCAGCAAACCUCUGAAAUACCGUAUUUUUCGCCCUAUAGGACGCACUUUUUCCCCUCCAAAAAUGAAGGGGAAAUGUGUGUGCGUCCUAUGGGGCGAAUGCAGGCUUUCGCUGAAGCCUGGAAGGCGAGAGGCUUCAGGAGAGCCGCAGCGCUAGCCCCACAAGGUCGGGGGACAGCGGGGAGGCGGAACGCCGCCAUCCCGCUGUCUCCCGAUGUGGUUUGGAGGCUGACAGCGGGGAGACGCGUGCUUCUCCGCGCCGCCAGCCCCGCAAGCUCUGGGGACAGCUGGGAGGUGCAGCGCGUCUUCCCGCUGUCCCCGGACCUGGUCUGCAGGCGGGCGGCGGGGAGAAGAGCGCUUCUCCCCGCUGCCUGCCCCGCAGCUCGGGGACAGCUGGGAGGCGCAGCGCGUCUUCCAGCUGUCCCCAGACCUGAUCUCAAGGCGGGCGGCGGGGAGAAGAGUGCUUCUCCCUGCUGCCUGCCCCGCAAGCUCCGGGGACAGCUGGGAGGCGCAGCGCGUCUUCCUGCUGUCCCCAGACCUGAUCUCAAGGCGGGCAGCGGGGAGAAGAGCGCUUCUCCCCGCUGCCUGCCCCGCAAGCUCCGGGGACAGGUGGGAGGCGCAGCGCGUCUCCCCGCUGUCCCCGGACCUGAUCUCAAGGCGGGCGGCAGGGAGAAGAGCGCUUCUCCCCGCCGCCUGCCCCGCAAGUGCCUGGGGGGAAAUAAAAAUUAUUUUCUUUAUUCCCCCCCCAAAAAACUUGGUGCGUCCUAUGGGCCGGUGCGUCCUAUGGGGCGAAAAAUACGGUACACUUUUUUCCAAAAGUCUUCCACAAUUUUGACCACUACUGUAUAUCAAACAAAGCAACAUUCAACAACUCAUCAGAAUCUCAUAAUAAAUAUGUUGGUUAAUGACAAAAAACACAGGUAAUGAACACAUACCCAACUCCCUUCAGUUCUUUUCCAUUUGUUCCCAAGGCUCUAAUCCCUUUUUGUCUCCAUUGCAGAUUGUGAUGAAUUGGAAAUUGAGAGCAAAGGUGACAACGAAAAAUUCCCCAGAGAGGAGAAGCCACACAAAAAUUUGGAGUGUGGAGAAAGCUGCAGUCAGAGCUCCCAUUCCACUUCCCAUCAACAAAAUCUCAUUGAAAAGAAACUCUAUCAGUGUAUGGAAUGUGGAAAGAGCUUCAGUCAGAGCUCCGAUCUCACUUAUCAUCAAAGAAUUCAUACAAGGGAGAAACCCUAUCAGUGUGUGGAAUGUGGAAAGAGCUUCAGUCAGAGCUCCGAUCUCACUUAUCAUCAAAGAAUUCAUACAAGGGAGAAACCCUAUCAGUGUGUGGAAUGUGGAAAGAGCUUCAGGAAGAGUGCCCAUCUCACUUCCCAUCAAAGAAUUCACACAGGGGAAAAACCCUUUCAGUGUGUGGAAUGUGGAAAGAGCUUCACUCACAGCCACAGUCUCACUUCCCAUCAAAGAAUUCAUACAGGGGAGAAACCCUAUCAGUGUGUGGAAUGUGGAAAGAGCUUCAGUCAGAGCUCCGAUCUCACUUCCCAUCAAAGAAUUCACACAGGGGAAAAGCCCUAUCAGUGUGUGGAAUGUGGAAAGAGCUUCAGGAAGAGUGCCCAUCUCACUUCCCAUCAAAGAAUUCACACAGGGGAAAAACCCUAUCAGUGUGUGGAAUGUGGAAAGAGCUUCAGGAAUAGCUCCCAUCUCACUUCCCAUCAAAGAAUUCAUACAGGGGAGAAACCCUAUCAGUGUGUGGAAUGUGGAAAGAGCUUCACUCGCAGCCACAGUCUCACUUCCCAUCAAAGAAUUCAUACAGGGGGGAAACCCUAUCAGUGUGUGGAAUGUGGAAAGAGCUUCAGUCAGAGCUCCGAUCUCACUAAGCAUCAAAGAAUUCAUACAAGGGAGAAACCCUAUCAGUGUGUGGAAUGUGGAAAGAGCUUCAGGAAGAGUGCCUAUCUCACUUCCCAUCAAAGAAUUCAUACAGGGGAGAAACCCUAUCAGUGUGUGGAAUGUGGAAAGAGCUUCACUGAUAGCUCCACUCUCACUUCCCAUCAAAGAAUUCAUACAGGGGAGAAACCCUAUCAGUGUAUGGAAUGUGGAAAGAGCUUCAGGAAGAGUGCCUAUCUCACUUCCCAUCAAAGAAUUCAUACAGGGGAGAAACCCUAUCAGUGUGUGGAAUGUGGAAAGAGCUUCACUGAUAGCUCCAAUCUCACUUCCCAUCAAAGAAUUCAUACAGGGGAGAAACCCUAUCAGUGUGUGGAAUGUGGAAAGAGCUUCAGGAAGAGUGCCUAUCUCACUUCCCAUCAAAGAAUUCAUACAGGGGAGAAACCCUAUCAGUGUGCGGAAUGUGGAAAGAGCUUCACUCGCAGCCACAGUCUCACUUCCCAUCAAGGAAUUCAUACAGGGGAGAAACCCUAUCAGUGUGUGGAAUGUGGAAAGAGCUUCAGGAAGAGGUCCGAUCUCACUUCCCAUCACAGAAUUCAUACAGGGGAGAAGCCCUAUCAGUGUGUGGAAUGUGGAAAGAGCUUCAGUCAGAGCUCCUCUCUCACUUCCCAUCAAAGAAUUCAUACAGGGGAGAAGCCCUAUCAGUGUGUGGUAUGUGGAAAGAGCUUCACAUGUAGCUCCUCUCUCACUUCCCAUCGAAGAAUUCAUACAGGGGAGAAGCCCUAUCAGUGUGUGGAAUGUGGAAAGAGCUUCACUGAUAGCUCCCAUCUCACUUACCAUCAAAGAAUUCAUACAGGGGAGAAACCCUAUCAGUGUGUGGAAUGUGGAAAGAGCUUCAGUCAGAGCUCCUCUCUCACUUCCCAUCACAGAAUUCAUACAGGGGAGAAACCCUAUCAGUGUGUGGAAUGUGGAAAGAGCUUCAGUCAGAGCUUCUCUCUAACUUCCCAUCAAAAAGUUCAUACAGGGGAGAAGCCCUAUCAGUGUGUGGAAUGUGGAAAGAGCUUCACUCAUAGCUUCUCUCUAACUUCCCAUCAAAAAGUUCAUACAGGGGAGAAACCCUAUCAAUGUGUGGAAUGUGGAAAGUGCUUCACUCAUAGCUUCUCUCUAACUUUCCAUCAAAAAGUUCAUACAGGGGAGAAGCCCUAUCAGUGUGUGGAAUGUGGAAAGAGCUUCACUCAUAGCUUCUCUCUAACUUUCCAUCAAAAAGUUCAUACAGGGGAGAAACCCUAUCAGUGUGUGGAAUGUGGAAAGAGCUUCACUGUUAGCUCUAAACUCACUUCCCACCAAAGAAUCCAUACAAAGGUCGGAAAAACCAUUAUAUAGCUUUAGGAGCCAGGCAAAUCCGCACCUUUUUAACCAGGCCUUUUUCUUAUUGACAUCUAAUGCUAUUUUAACAUGUGAUGUUUUAUGUUUUUAUGUUGUGUUUUUAUGUUCUAAGCAUUCUGAGACGUGUGGGUGUAGGGAAUACAGCCACUCUUAAAUUCCUAGGGGUCUUUGCCCCCCCCCAUAAAAUAUUUGAGGAGGCCACCCCCCAGGUUUUCUUUGUGUUUUUUUCAAAUGCAACCUUUUAUUCUUCUGCUACUUGCCAUACAAUUUCGCUUUCAAUUUGCCCUUUUAAGAAUUUUUUAAAAACUGCACAAAGGUCAUGAGGAAAACAAAAUACAAGAAAAUACAAAUGUGGACAGGUCCCAACGCAAAAGUUGCUUUAAAGGAGGCUUUCCCAAACUUGGGUCCCCAGCAGCUCCCGGACUACAGUUCCCAUCGUCUCUCCCCAUUGGUCCUGCUAACUAGAGAUGAUGGGAGUUGUAGUCCAAAAACAGCUGGAGACCCAAAUUUGCUUUAAAGGGAAAGUAGACUGGCUUUGUGAUACCCUCUGCUGGCCAAAAGCACUGCCCCAGAAUCUGAACCACCCCCAGUACUCCUAAUUGGAAUUUAUAGAGCGCAAAACUGAAGUUUGAUCGGCUCUUCAACCUCUAGGGAGCUUCUAGGUGCUUUCUGCGCCACCUAGAGUACCCACAGAAUUGUGGCUUUACUUGCAACACACAUAGGAGAACAAAUGAAAGACAAACCUGGAAAGGGCCAUACCAAAUGGACAUCCGGUGUGAAGAGGUCACUUUCCCCACUGCUGAACAAUGCCACAGGUAGAGGAGAUGGAAUGCUAGAAGUGUUCUGCGGGGCAAGGGAGCUGCUGGGAAAUUGAACUAUAGGCGCAAAAUAUUACUUUUUUAAAAGUCUAUGCCAUUAUAGACAUUGCCAUUCAAAUGGUGUGCAUGCAUCAUGUGAUUGAUAGUGCAAGGCGGGACUUACCUGACCCUCCACCAAUAUUUUAUUCAAGUCGGCACCACUGGGUCGGGUGGUUUACAGAUUAAAUAAAUACAUAAAUCGCCUCCCUUUGCAAAUAUUCCAGCUUGUCUAUAUCCUCAUUUAUUCUUCUUUAAAAUGUAUUUGCCCUUCAUCUGAAGAUUUUACAAUAUAAACAUACAGGAUGAAAGCAUGGCUUUCUCAAAAACAAGCCAAGCCAAGCCAGAGAAAUCUCUUCUUUUCUUUUUUUGGAUGGAGUUACAAACUUUGUUGAUCAGGGGCCUGCUGUGGAAAUAGUGCAUCUAGAUUUCAGUAAGGCUUUUGACAGAGUCCUCUGUGAGAUUUAUGUGAGGAAGCUGGUAAAAUGAGGCUGAAUGAGGUAACUGUUAGGUGGAUUUGACUGACCGAACCCAAAGAGGACUCCUUCAUGAUUCCUCCUCAUCCUGGGAAAAAGUGACAAGAGGGGUGCUGCAGGGUUCUGUUCUGGGCCCGUUGUUGAACAACGUCUUUAUAAAUGACAUGGAUGAAGGAAAUGAGGGGAUGCUCAUCACAUUUGCAGACGAGACCAAACGGAUCAUAAUGGCAUCCUCUCUCUUCUUCAGCAACAGACAGAGAGACAAAGAACAGAGCAAAAGCACAGCAGAGCGGAAGAGAUAAGACUGACUUCCGUUCUUACAAUUUCCAAUCCUAGGAAAGUAAACAGGGGCAUGUGACAUACUAGCCACAUAUCCAGCAACGGGAGGAGUGAAUUGCUAACACACCACACAUGAUUGCAGGUGAUAUAAGGAAAAAACCUGCUCCUUUUUCCUUAUGGGGUACCCAAGGGCCCAUAUACAGCCCUUUUGUAGUUCUCUAUUGGUAGGAGAAAAUAACAGAGACCAACCAGAGAAUAUUGAGAAGCAAAGCAGCCAGUAAGCCUCUUCUUUAUUAACUGUUGCAACAGGGUUCUUCCCCACACGCAGGAGAGAGGAGGAGGACGCUGAGCCAUGCAUGCAAGGCCUUAUAUAGACAUUUUUAAUUGCCCGCCCUGGAGUCCAAGACCACACCCAGAAACAUCAUACAUACAUCACAGAAAAGGCAGUCUACAACAGAAAUCUGAGUGCAUUGUUUUUACCUCGAGAAAUAUUUGAGGUGACUGAAAGAGUGAAAGAGUCAAAAUGGCUUUAGGACUUUUCCUGUGGGUUUUGGACAUGUGGUUUAUAUAUUAAUAUAUGUGUUUGCUUGUUACAUACAUACACACACACACACAGAUAUUAUAUAUAUAUAUAUAUAUAUAUAUAUAUAUAUAUAUAUAUCACCUAAAAAUUCUUAUAACAAUUCCCCCCUUUGAGGAUAUAAUUUUGUAGCCUUAUUGGAGUUCACUGAUUGGGUCUGCGUUGCUCCGGGACAGGAGGAAGGAAGUCAAAUGACGCCGAGGUUGGUUCAAAGAAAGAGUUUAUUCUGCUCUCCGGAUAGCAGAAGGCACUUGCGUGGUGACUCCACAGCAAGUCCAAAGAAAUAAGAAGUUUCAUGCAGUAUUUAUAUCCUCCAGACACCCUCUCCCCCUUCCCCAGCCACGUCAGCUUGUACACGCAGGCUGACAUCACAGAUGUUCCUGCUCUCUUAAGGGCACUCUUAAGGGAUUUCCUUCCUGCACUCCUGACCAUAAAAGGGUAUUCCUGUUCCUACUCCUAUCUUGGAGCCAGAGGUCACCAUCUCCGGGAACACGCUUCUGGCGUUUUUCCUGGACAUCGGUCUGCGCGUAUUUUGUGGUCAGCACAUAAGAUAAAGUACUGACGUGUUUUCUCUGUUCCCCUAGAGAGUCAUCCCUAGCCGUGACUGAUAAAGGAGAGAGCUUGUUUAUGCAGCCGUGUCCUUGUUAUGCUUUUGCUCAACAGCUCAAGUUUUACGCAUUUUAGAGUGCUCACUUUUGAAAGACCAAAAAAAGGGGGGGUGAGUCAGUUUUAAACUUACUGCACUGAAACCCAUUCCUUCAAAUUUUUUCUAAAAAACUGUUGCCCCACAAAAAAUAACCUGGUAUGUUGCAAAUGGAUGCCUUCGUGUAAAUCUUAAGAGACUUGCAUGUUAGGCCUCUUAAGGUUAUUUGCAGGUGUAGCAGUGCACAUAGCUGGACAUAGGAUAUCACAUAAAAAAUAACACAUGUUGCAUUUUGUUACUAAAUUACUUGUGGCAUUCUAGCACUUUGGGAGAAACAUUCUCCAUAGUGGUCUAUGCUUAACACUUAGCGGGAAGGUCAAAUAAUGAGUGAAAAAUGCAGUUUGUUUUGUUUCUGCCUUUUUUGUGUGUUCCCAGGUGUCAAAGCUAGCUCUCCUGUGAUCUCACACCUUCAUCAUAUCACAGCAGCAACAAUCCCUGGUGAAUCCCCGUUGGGCUUUCAUAUUGACCAUGUCACCUUGUAGUGGCACAGGUUUGGACAUUUCUUGAGAGAGAUGUCUUUGCCUUGGCCUUUCUAUGGGAUUUAUUAUUAUUAUUAUAGGCUCUGGUCUUCCACCCUAGGGAAGUUGCUCAGUUGUUCCUAAGGGACCAAAAAGCUAAUUGCAGCCUGGAUACAAUUGCCCAAUUCAAACGGAGUCCAAUUAGAAUUUAUAUAGCCCCAUGGUUUGCCGACGCGGAGUUCCGGCCCCACCUGGCGGUGGUGGUCGGCCUGGGCCUUGUAUGCAUCCUUGGCUUGGUGCAGUUGCUCCAUCAAUAGUUGGUGCUGAGACUGGAGCUCCUGGAGCCAAUCUGUCACCGUGGGGACCACAGAUGCUGGCAGCACAUCCAGGAACAAACGCGGAUGGUAACCGUAAGUGGCCUGGAACAGGGUCUGCUGGGUGGAGGCGUUCACCGCGUUGUUGUAAGCGAACUCCUCCAAUGCCAAGUGGUCGACCCAGUCUGGAGGUACUCCAGGUUCCGGUGGUUGGUUCUCACUUCCACCAGUUGUCUUGCCCCCUCAGGAUGAUGGCCCCUUGCGGUGAUGAUAGGCCCUUGUGGUUCCGGGGUGCUGCCCAUUCCCGGACUGCUGCCACCUUCCCAGGAUCCAUCUGCACCCCAUCAGGGGGAGAGUUGGUGACCGAGGAAGUCCACUGACCGCUGGUGGAACUUUUACUUGCUGAGUUUAGCAUACAGGCGUUGCUCCCGCAAGCGCUGCAACAUGGACCGGACAUGACCCUCGUGGCGAGCUGGGUCUUGGGAGUAAAUCAGAAUGUCAUCUAGGUACACCACCACAUACUUGUCUAGCAAGUCCUGGAACACGUGGUUGAUGUACCGUUGGAACAGGGCAGGCGCUUUGCACAACCUGAAAGGCAUUACCAGGUAUUCAUACUGCCCAUACCGGGUCCCAAAUGCUGUCUUCCAGUCAUCCCCGGCUCGGAUCCGAAUCAAAUUGUAGGCCCCCCGAAGGUCCAGCUUGGUGAAUAUCUGCGCCCCUUGCACCCGUUCCAGCAACUCCGUAAUAAGGGGCAAGGGAUACCGGUCUGGGAUGGUAAUCUUAUUCAGGGCCCGGUAAUCAUGGCAGGGACGAAGCUCCACACACUUCAUAACGAAGAGUACUGGAGCGGCGGUGAGCGAGGUAGAGGGCCGAAUGAACCCGCCCUCCAGGUUCUUGCGAAGGACGUCCUGCAAGGCUUAGUGCUCUGGCUCCGUAAGAGAGUAUAGGCGGCUCACAGGCAGGGGCACCCCGGGCUGGAGGUCUAUGCCGCAGUUGAAAGACCAAGUGUUCAUUGAGCACUUCUUGGUACUCCUGGUAAUCAGCGGGGAGCAUUGACGCAGCUUCCCCCGUGGGGGCGGCCACUAGCAUCUUGGACCGAGCAUGGGGGCACGGGUUUGGGAAGCGCACAGUCUGAUUGACCCAGUCGAUCUGAACAUUGUGAGACUCCAGCCAGUCCAUCCCGAGCACCAGUGGAAACCGGGGCAUCGUGGCAAUGUCCAAGGUGUGCACCUCCCGGUGCUGCUGGUGACACAGGACCAAGGGCUGAGUCUCCUGAGUAACGGCCCCCGAGCGCAGGAGCCGUCCGUCAAUUGCCUCCACCUGUACCAGUUCUGGCUUGUCCUGGAGUGGCACCUGAUGACAGGCGGCAAAGGCAGAGUCCAUAUAGGAGCGGGUUGCCCCUGAAACUACCAGAGCAUGGGUGAGAAUCCAGGUCCCACCAGGGGGGUAUAGACGCACCAGAACUAUGAGGUGUUGCAAUUCCACUGGUGAGGGCCCAUCAUGCGAUGUUUGGGACAGCAGGUAGCCUGGGCCAUUGGCUACUGGGGUUGGCCAUUUCCCUGUGGCUGGCCUUUUCUCGGGACAGGAUUGGGCAUAGUGUCCGCUCCCACCGCAGUAGAGACACAGGUUCUCCUCCAGACGCCGAGUUUUCUCCGAGGGGGAGAGGCGAAGCCGCGCUGCCCCAAGCUGAAUUGGCUCCUCCAGUGACUUGGCUGUGGCUGUGGAACUGCUGGGAAGGACCGGAGUCGGGAGCCGGGAGUGCUGGCGGCCCUGAGCCUGGCGACGGUCCUCCAACCGAUCGUCUAUCUGCAGGCUCCGUUGAAUGAGGGUGUCCAGCGUGGUGGGGCGAUCCAUCAUGGCCAGCUGGUCCAGUAUCUCAUCUGAAAGCCCCUCGAGAUACUGGUCCUGAAGGGUGGAGUCAUUCCAGGACAAGUCCUGUGCCAACAGCCAAAAUUCUGUGGCGUAGGCGGCCACUGUGGACUUGUCCUGUUUCAACUGCCAAAUCGCCUGAUUGGCUUGACUCCCCUUGACUACCCUUCUGAGGGUUGCCGAACGCGGUUUCCAGAUGGUUGCAAAACCCUGUAUAGUCUGUCAACAAGGGAGAGUCUUGCCGGAGCAGCGGAAAUGCCCACUUGGCUGCCCGGUCCUUCAGCAAGCUGUUCAGGAAGUGCACCUUGGUGCGGUCAUCGGGGAAAUUCCGGGCUCGCCCCUGAAUAUACAGCUUGGUCUGGGCAAGAAACAUGGGAAAGCUGGCUGGGGACCCAUUGAAUUUACCCGAGAGGCUAGGUCCAAGUCCUGUCCGUGGUCAAAGGUGCAACGUGGAGGCAGUCCGUAGUAGCUGAAGCUGGGUGCAGGGCAGGGAGUUGGGUGAAGUCAGGAACAGGCUUGCAAGCAGGGAGCCAGGGCAGGUCAGGAGCUCAGGCAGGAACUAGCAACCAACAAUGUUGCUUCCGCAACUUGGAACUGGGGCUGGCCGGCUUUUAUUUGCCCUGAGGCAUAGGGCGGCCCCGAUCCUCUGGUGACUCACCUCUCUAACCCUGAGCCUCUGCAGCUCAGGAGUGGCUGGAGGGUUACCGGACCCAGAGGCAACCUCAGCUUUCUGAGAGUGGAGCACCUGCAGGCAAUGGGUCCUCCAUCACCUCAGGAGCCAGAGCAGACUCAGCUGGUGCCUGCACCUGAGGAUCCAGCACAGGUGAGGACCCUUCAGGCUCAUGCCCCAGCCCUGGCUCAGCUGGUUCUGGAGGCGGGGAAUCCUGUGCAGGCUGGGAUCCCUCAGGUUCAGCAUCCAAGUCUGAAUCCCAGGCCAUCACACCUUGUCAACAAUGUGGAACUGUAGUAGUCCCCAAUUUGGACUUAGCAGACAUUUGGUCUUUAUGAACGAACUGAUUUAUUGGGACUUCUGUCUAUAUUAUUGCACUUUAUGUGUUGUUUAUGUGCAAGAUAAACAUUUGAUAUUGUGAUAAGAAUAUAUAGAAGAGUAUUGUUUAUGUGAAUGCACAGCCGGUUACGUCUUGUGUGUUUGUCCAUUCCAGGAACAGCAUUCCUGACCCAGAUGUUCACAGGAAGUCCCUAAGAUGAUUCCCCUUUCAAACAGGAAACGUGAACCUAGGCCAGUAGAGUCCUCCUCUCCGGCAGACAGACAACCCCUUCUUCUUUUUUUUAUUAAUGAUUUUUAUUGAAAUUUACAAUCACCAACCAACCCCCACCACCCACCACCAAAACAUCACAUCUUAUUACAUGUAUCCUACUUUGUGUUUCAUAGAUCCAUUAGCUUCCGUCCUUCCCUUCCAGCAGUUUUCCUAUUCCAUUCUAUAGUUUACAGAUUCUUUAAUUAUAAAUUAUACCAUGACAUGAGAUUUAUUUCAAUCCUGCCAACGUUUUCAUAUUUGUACAAUUCUCACUUAUAUAAACCAUAAAUUUACUCCAUUCUUUUUGGUACUUUGUCUCCUCCUGAUUGCGAAUUCUGUGUGUCAAUUCAGCCAUCUCAGCAUACUCAACCAACUUUAUCUGCCAUUCUCUUAUCGUCGGCAUCUCCUGUUGCUUUCCACUUUAGAGCUAUCAGAACUCUGGCUGCAGUUGUUGCAUAUAAAUAUAAUCUUUGAUCUAUCUUUUUAAUCCCUUCUCCCACCAAACCUAGCAAAAAUUCUUCCGGCUUUUUGGGAAAACUGUACUUAAACAUCUUUUUUAACUCGUUGUAAACCGCAUCCCAAAACUCUUUUAUUUUAUUGCAAGAUCACCACAUAUGAUAGAAGUCGCUGUCUUUUUCCUUGCACUUCCAGCAGGUUUUACUACUUGUUCUAUAUAUUUUUGCCAAUUUGGUGGGAGUGAGAUACCAACGAUAAACCAUCUUCAUAACAUUUUCUUUUAAGGCAGAACAAGCAGUUAAUUUUAUGCUCUCAUUCCAGAGUUUGGCCCAUACAUCAUAUUCUAUGUUAUGUCCUAAAUCAAUGGCCCAUUUUAUCAUAGCCUCUUUUAUAAAUUCAUCUUUUGUGUUCCAUUCUAGUAAGAGAUUGUACAUUUUUGAUAAUAGCUUGGAUUUACUCUCUAAAAUAUCUAUUUGAAAUUUCGAUUUUUUAUCCUCAAAUCCUAUUUUUUUUAUCCUCUUUAAAGACAUCAUUGACUUGAUGGUAUUGCAACCAUCCUGUCAAUUUUUCAGCAGUACACUCAUAGGGCUUUAAUUUCCAACCUUUUCGGCCUUCAUCAAAAUUUACUCAUAUGUGGUCCCUCUCCCUAGUAUGUUCAGUUUUUAACUGUUAAUAUAUCAAUUGGUGACAGCCACCACGGUGUUUUCCUUUCCAACAAAUUCUUGUUUCUUUCCCAGACUUCAAAUAAGGCACCUCUUAUCACAUGAUUUGUAAACCCCUUGUGCACUUUUGCCUUACCACACCAAAGAUAAGAGUGCCAUCCAAGUCUAUUGUUGAACCCUCCAAAUCUAACAAGUCUAGGUUCUCCUGAGUUAUCCAGUCCUUUGUCCAACAUAAACAUGCCGCUUCAUAAUAGAGUUUCAGAACAGGUACUGCGAACCCCCCUCUUUCCUUCUUAUCUAUCAAUAUUUUAAAUUUAAUUCUUGGUCUUUUCCCUUGCCAUGUAAAACACGCGAGAGUUUUUUGCCACUCUUUGAAUUGUCUUAAACCUCUUAUUAUCGGAAUUGUCUGGAACAAAAACAACAUUUUCGUUAGUAGAUUCAUUUUGAUCGCAGACAUCCUUCCCGUCAUUGAUUGCUUUAAUAUGUCCCAUAUUUCUAAUUCUCUUUUAAUCUCCCUCCAGACUGGUUGAUAAUUGUCAUUAAAAAGAUUUAUAUUCUUUGCCGUCAUCCAAAUUCCCAGAUACGUCCCCUUCUCCAAAGCUCCUCCCUCCCCCACUUCCCCAUGGGGGUCUCCCACACCACCCACUACUCACCAGGAUGGCUUUGGCUGUCUCCUGCUUGGAGCACUUCAGGGUUCAGAGCCCCCUGAGCUGAGCUGCCUGGCAGUUCUGGAUCACCUCCGGCAGGUACAGCUGAUCUUCCUCCAGCAGCUGAAAGACAAAAGUCAGGCUGUCAGUUCCUCACGAAGGGAGGGCUUCUCCACAUCCGAGAGUGCAGAGUGGGGGGCAAGGAGGGCAGGUCUGAGUCCCUGCUCUGGUUCUCUCCAAUACUCACCCCUGAGGGAGGGAUGUGCAACCGCAGCACAUCUGCAAAGAGAAGGACAUGGGGACAGGUGAGUCCGUCCCUGAGCACCUGGCAAGGCUAUUUCAAGAGUUUCCUCCUGGAUUCAAAGUCCUACUGCAGGGGAGGAGGGACAUCCCAAGCCUUGGGGGCCAGUCCUGGCCUCCUUCAACCAGAAUGUGGCUCCCCAGGCCAGGGGUAGGCAAGCUAAGGCCUGGGGGCCGGAUGCGGCCCAAUCGGCUUCUCAAUCCGGACCGCGGACAAUUCGGGAAUCAGUGUGUUUUUACAUGAAUAGAAUGUGUCCUUUUAUCUAAAAUGCGUCUCUGGGUUAUUUGUGGGGCAUAGGAUUUUGUUCCUUACCCCCCCCUUAUUGUCUGGCCCCCUACAUGGUCUGAGGGACAGUGGACCAGCCCACGGCUGAAAAAGGUUGCUGACCAAUGCCCCAGGCUAACGAGAGGGUCAAUCUCCGGUUCCACUCCACCCUUUUAAAAUUUAAAUAUCAAAACAGAUCCCAUCUCUCAGAGCAUGUAAACCACAUGAGUGGAAAGACCCCUGUGCCACUUACAGAAAUAGGACUAUACUUCCUUCUACCACUUUUAAAGUAAACGUCUACGUAAUGAAACCGAAUCGACCGAAGUCUGCCUUCCUCCACUAACCUGAACUUCGCUCUUCAAGCCAAACGACAACACUGCCCUGUCCCCGGGCAAAACCCCCUGGCCUUGCGGGUACUGAAGGGGCCGUGCAGGCCAGAUUAACGACCCUGGCGGGCUGGAUUUGGCCCAGGGAACAUAGAUAGAGGACCCCUGGCCUACACUGACUGGCAGCUCCCCAGAGUUUCAUGCAGGGAUUUCGUCCAGCCCUUGCAGGAGAUGUCAGGGGUUGACCGUGGGACAUUCUGCAUGCCAAGCAGAUGCUCUAGGGCUCCCCAUAUUUCCCUAGUCUUUCAACGUUAUGCUAUUAGCAACCGUGGAGAUUCCACCUCCCUCUUUCGAAAGGAGAAAACUCACCUGAUCAAUUGAAUAAAUAAUAAUAAUAAUAAUAAUAAUAAUAACAUUUAUACUCUGCCCAUCUGGCUGGGUUUCCCCAGCCACUCUGGGCGGCUUCCAACAAAAUAUUAAAAUACAAUAGUCCAACAAAUAUUAAAAGCUUGCCUAAACAUAAUAACAACAACCAUCCAUUUCUGGAAAGGGAAAUGGCAUACUUUUGUUGCGUGCAUAAGUGUGCAUAAGAAGGUAUUACUCAUUUAUGAUGAGAAUAGGAUUUAUUUAUUUUGAACUUCGCUGGGUUCCUCCUUGGCAGCCAGUGCGAUUGUUUCAGCAGGGCUAGAACUCAGGACCCGCUGCCUUGAGGGACACCUAAGAGCAGUUGGGCACAGAUCGGACGGCCAUCUGCCAUGGAUGCUUUAGCUGAGAUUCCUGCAUUGCUGGGGGUUGUAAUAAUAAUAAUAAUAAUAAUAAUAAUAAUAAUAAUAAUUUAUUAUUUAUACCCUGCGCAUCUGGCUGGGUUUCCCCAGCCACUCUGGGCAGCUUCCAAUAAAACACUAAAAUACGUACAAUAACCUAUUAAACAUUAAAAGCUUCCCUAAACAGGGCUGCCUGUUUAGGGAACUAGACCCGGCCCCCUCUUGCUUCGGGUUGGACUAGAUGACCCUGGGAUCCCCUCCUAUCUCUCCACUCCUGAAUUCUAGGAGGAGCUUCCUUGCCUCCUGCAAAGCCCUUUUCCCUGCAAGCUCUUCCUCUGGUUUCACCCCCAAAAGUAUAUCUGGGCAUUGGCGUAGCCAGGGGGUCAGCUGCCCCCCAAAAUCCAUAAGAAAUAAUAAAAAUCUGAGAGAGGGCUGAGCGAGGGAGGAAUCGGCUUUGCAAGGGUUAAAGGGAAGUGAGCUGCCUUCCUAGAGAGGCCAGGAAGCAAGGGGGGCCAGGUCCUCCAGAGCCAAGGCCCCUCCCUCCCAGUCCUUUCCUGCUUUGGUGUCUCUGCUGCAAGGGCUGCCUCGCUGCCCCCUCCUGGGAUCUGGUGAGUCUCCUCUCUCUCUGGGAUCUGGUGGGGGUCCCAGGGCUGGGGCAGGGGAGGGUGCCUGGGGGGCCGGAUCUGCUCCUGCAGGGGGGGGGGGACCCCAAGUCAGGGAGGAGAGGGUCCUGCCAGGGAGGGGCCAGGUCUGCCACGCUCUCCUUCCUGCAGAUCAGAGGAUCCCAAACUCAUUUGGCCCUCCGCCCCCCCCCUUUCAGAAAAAAUCUCCCUUUAAACAAAGGAGUCCCUGGGACUUUAACUCUGUGUGACAUCGCUCAGCCUCAUUGCACAACAGAGGAAACAUGUGCAAAUGGUUUUCCAAAGCUGGACGAGGAGGUGGACUAGCCCCCCCCCCAAAAAAGAAAGGGUGGGAGAGAAAGGCCAGGAAUAAAGAGAGGGAUCCCAGCCCCUAGUCUGGCUGCUGCAUCGCAGUCCAGUUUCCCAGUGUCUCCCAGGGCAGCUCCCCACAGAAGCCACUGCAGCAAUCCCCUCGCACCCAGAGCAGGGCAUCCCAGGACCACAUCCUCUCUCUGCCCCAAAGAGAUUGUUGCUGGAAAACCACCUGGAAAUCAGCGCUGCUACUCACUGAGCCUCCAGGGACCUUGGCAUCAGUGGCUGUGUGUGCGUUAAUAAUAAUAAUACAAGAAUAAAAAAUUACCCUCCUAAAUUUCAAGGGAGAUGUCUUUGGCCCUGCCCACUUGGCCCUCAGGGGUUGGCCAGAUACAUACCUGGCCCUCAGAGCAAAGUACAAGGGCACACGCCCCAGAAGUCUAUUCUGAGAGUGGCAGAGAGUCCAAGUGCAAGAAGAGGAGACGGAAGCAGCGGAGUGGGUGUAGGUGUGGGGGGCAACUCCUGAGGACCCCCACUAGAGCCAAGCAUCCAUUUAUCACGAGAUAGAAACAACUCGUUUGUCAGUAGGUUCCAAUGUCAUGAAUUGACUGGAAGGAUGGAGAAACCAGGUUGAUUAAUCUCGCAGAAAUCCCUUCAGUUGCCUCCACAUUUUGCAUUGCUAGAAGGCUAGAGACUUAUUUCUUCUCCUCUUCCUCCUCCUUUUCAAAAAGAUAGCUCAUGGUCUGGGAUGUGGUGCAGUCAUGCUUGCUCAGGGAACCAUUCCCCCCCCCCCCCGUCCUACAAAUUCUGUAACAGAACAAUGUAUUUGCUUUGUAGGAUUUGCUAGAGCUUCUCAUUUAGACGGACAGAACUUGGUAGAAGACCAAAGGGUUCCUUCUGAUCUCUCAGAGGCUUCCUGAGAGCACAGAUGGAUGAGCAAGACUCGGCUGGCCCCGAAGCAGGAAGAGGCCAUGCCAGCCAAACUGGGAGCAGUGGGGGAUUCUGGGAAAACUCUGUGCAGAAGAUCCAUGGUGAGGUGGACACCCUCCGCUCAGAGGUGCAGAGCCAGCAGUUGAGGCAGUUCUGCUGCCAGGAGGCCAAAGGACCGCGAGAGGUUUGCAGCCGACUCUACCACCUUGGCCAUCAGUGGCUGAAGCCAGAAAGGCACACGAAAGCUGAGAUGCUGGACUUGGUGAUCUUGGAGCAUUUCCUGGCUGUCCUUCCCCCAGAGAUGGAGAGCUGGGUGAGGGAGUGUGGAGCGGAGACCAGUUCGCAGGCGGUGGCCCUGGCCGAAGGUUUCCUCCUGAGUCAGGCAGAGGAGAGGAAGCAGGUGAGAGAGACUUUGCUCUGGAUACUCCCAAGGGGCUCCAAACAGGAUGGAGAACAUCCCAUAAUGCUCUACUGUUGGCCCAUUCUUUUCCUGGGAAGGCAUCCAUAGAAUGAGAUCUAACACCCUUAAAGAUUCUGUCUCUGUCAUUCUCUUUCUAACAUUUCUCGCCAUUCAUUCUCUGUUUUGAAUCCUUGUUGCUCUUUCAGAAAACGGACCGUUUUGCAGAAAUGGACCUGGAUUCCUGUGAGGCAGAGAGGCCUCCGUUGGACACCAGAGAGAGGCCACUGGGUAAGGAGGAAGGUGGUUUUUCUCCACUGGUCUCAUUCUGUUGGUUUUCCAACUCAUCUGAGGGUUCUUUUCAUCUUGUUUUGGGGGAGACAGUUGGGAACAAGGGUCCAGAGGAGGGGAGAUGUAUUUCUGCACAAACAAACAUAUGAAAUGGGCACAAACCUCCAAAUACUCUCAGUAGGUAAGUCCUUCUCAAAGGCCCAUUCUGCCAGUCAUUUCUGCCAAUUCCAUGUAGUCCAUCAUUUUCAUCUGCCAUUCCUCCAGUGUGGGUAGCUCUUGUGUCUUCCAAUACUUUGCGAUGAGUAUUCUUGCUGCUGUUGUAGCAUACAUAAAGAAAGUUCUAUCCUUUUUUAACACCGAUUGGCCGACUAUGCCCAGGAGAAAGGCCUCUGGUUUCUUCAGAAAGGUAUAUUUAAAUACCUUUUUCAAUUCAUUAUAUAUCAUUUCCCAGAAAGCCUUAAUCCUUGGGCAUGUCCACCAAAGGUGAAAAAAUGUACCCUCAGUCUCUUUACAUUUCCAACAUUUACUAUCUGGCAAAUGAUAGAUUUUUGCUAGCUUGACUGGGGUUAAGUACCACCUGUAUAUCAUUUUCAUAAUAUUCUCUCUUAAGGCAUUACAAGCCGUAAAUUUCAUACCUGUGGUCCAUAACUGUUCCCAGUCAGCAAACAUAAUGUUAUGUCCAAAAUCUUGUGCCCAUUUAAUCAUAACAGAUUUAACCGUUUCAUCCUGUGUAUUCCAUUUCAACAGCAAGUUAUACAUUCUUGACAAAUUCUUAGUUUUAGGAUCUAACAAUUCUGUUUCCAAUUUUGAUUUUUCCUCCUGGAAACCAAUCUUCUUAUCUAAAUUAUAAGCCUCCCUUAUUUGAUAAUAAUGAAGCCAGUCUCGAACUUUAGUUUUUAAUUUAUCAAAGCUCUGCAGCUUUAAUCUAUCUCCAUCUUGUUCUAAAAUUUCACAGUAUUUUGGCCAAUUUGUCUCCAUAUUAGUUUUUUUCAGAGCCUUAGCCUCCAUUGGUGACAGCCACCUUGGUGUUUUACUUUCCAACAGAUCCUUAUAUCUCACCCAGAAAUUAAACAAUGCGUUCCUGACAAUAUGGUUCUUAAAGGCCUUAUGUGCUUUAACCUUGUCAUACCAUAAGUAUGCAUGCCAUGCAAAGACAUUGUUAAAACCUUCUAAAUCCAAAAUGUCCGUGUUUUCAAGAAGCAGCCAAUCUUUCAGCCAGCAAAAUGCGGCUGAUUCAUAAUAAAGUUUAAGGUCUGGCAGGGCAAAUCCACCUCUUUCUUUAGCUUCUUUACCUUCAGUUUCUUUACAUUUCCAACAUUUAUUAUCAGGCAAAUGGUAGAUUUUUGCAAGCUUAACUGGGGUUAUGUACCACCUGUAUAUCAUUUUCAUAAUAUUCUCUCUUAAGGCAUUACAUGCCGUAAACUUCAUACCUGUGGUCCAUAACUGUUCCCAGUCAGCGAACAUAAUGUUGUAAUAAUCUGAUCCCAUAUAUUAAGAACAUUAACUUUAAAAUGAACAACUUCUACUAGUGGCCAAAAUUGUGGAAACCUAUUUUGAAAGGUGUAUUUCUGAGGUUUGGUGGCUCAUAACACCACUUUUGUGUGGAGUAAUACCAUAAAAUUAUAUAGCAAUGGAAAGAUAAUUUAAUGAAGAAAGUAAUGCAAUGACUUUUAUGAAGGAGUAUUUAUUAGAACAGCAGUCAUAAAGAAAAAAUGUGAAACCUUUGGUAACCAUUGGUAACCUUUAGCUUUAAUUACGGCCUUACAACACCUUCACUUGAAGUGAACCAAGUCUUUAGUUCUGCAGCUGUAAUAAUGGGAAACCAAGACUGAAUUAUUGCCUCUGUUAAUAGAGCUUUAUUGCUGGGUUGCUUCUGACUAACAAGUUUCUUUAGUCGGCUCCAUGCAAGCAGCAUGGAUUUCUAAAGCCCCAUCUGUAGUUAGAGAUGCCCUGUUUCACCUGUGAGAGAAGCCGGCACUCCUGGCGUCCUGCUUACCUUUCUCUCUUUCAGGUGGCAGAAGGAUGCCAGCAAGACCUCCUGAUCCGCCUUUUCCUGGGGGCAGAAGGGAAGCAGCGGCUCUGGAACCAGAUCAGGUCAGGGGAAGCUGCCUUGUGGGGACAGAGGCCGAGGGAUGGAGCAAUGUCAUGGACUGGUUGGGCACAGAGGAAUGGUGGGAGGAAGCAGCCAGGGAACCAGGAAGGGAAAACGGCUGAGAGCCGAAGGAGUGGAGGUGGAGGAAGUAUGAGCGGUCAGAGGAAGAAGAGGGAGCAGUCUGGGAAGAGGAGGUGUCAGAAGCUGAAGGGGAAACAGGGCUUAGUGAGCUGGGAGACUCUGUGGCAGAAUGCAGUGCAGAAUCAGAGGCAGAAGAGGAAGGAGGCAAGUGGGAGAGGAAGGUCGAGAGGCUGAGGUGAGUCAGGAGAAGGAGGAGCCACCGGUGGCUCCCUCUCCUUUUGCCAGAAGCCACCCCUGGGCUUGUCUCUCUGAGCCAGGAGAGCCCCUGCAAUGCAGGAAUCUCUGCUAGAUCAUCCAAGACAGAUGGCCAUCAAAAACAGGCUUAUUUUAUUUCUAGAUUGAUAACUGAAUGCAAAAAUUAUUUUCUAAGCAGUGGACAAAUGAGAACAAAUAGCGGCCUGGAUUCACCGAACCAGCCCCAUCGGCUGCAAAAUGGGGCCUGCCUCCUAUUCCUCCUAAUCUGGUGAACCGGGUCCUCCACAUGCAGCUGCUGGGUGACCUUGGGCUUAGUCACAUUUCUCCGAAGUCUUACAGCUCCACUCACCUCACAGAGUGUUUGUUAUGGGGGAGGAAGGGAAAGGAGAAUGUUAGCCGCUUUGAGACUCCUUAGGGUAGUGAUAAGGCGGGAUAUCAAAUCCAAACUACUCUACUCCCCCUCUCUAUGCCCCCAUGAACCCCUGGAAUUUGGCUCUAGGGCAUUGGGAGGCAACUCCCCAGAACAGCUCACGAGGAGAGGAGAAAGUGGAUCCUUCCAUUGGGGAAACUGGAAUGCUUGCCUAGGCAGAAUGACUUGAAUAACAGAAGGUGGAGUACAACCUAUCUGCACAAAAACGAAUACCCAUAAUUUAAACUUAGAAUAAAAUAAGCAUCCAUAAAUAAAAUGUGCAGCAAAGCAAUCCUGUUGAAACAACUCCCCUGCGUGAGUGCCUGAGGGCCCCGCUCCUGCCACUCACCACCUGGCCCAGGGCGGGGCCUGAAGCCUCAUAAGGACAGUUGUUGCUGCUGCUGCUCCUGCUGGCCAGGAGGACUCGGAGCGGCGCAAUGUUCUUUUUAAAAUGUUUUUUAAAAUUUUCUUUUUUCCCUUUUGAUUACUUUUUUUGUGGGGGGUGGGAUGGAUGUUUGGUUGGGUUCGGAAAUUUGUUUGAUUUUAAUGUGUUUGUAAUUUUUACAGUUUUUUGUUUGUAUUGUUUUAUUGUGGGUUCUUUCUUUUUUUAAGGGUUUUAUUUUGUUCUUAAGGGGGGUGGUCAGGGCUGCCGAGGAGUGGGCCCCAGCCCACAAAAUAGCUGGGGCAUGUUCCAUGGGGGGGAUGCACUGGGACAACCGAUCUCAGUGAUCACGGGUAGGAGGAGGAGGUACGCUAAGACCAGACCAUGUCAUUACAGAGGAGGCAGGUUUAGUCGUUGUUGGAGGACUAUCCCUGCCUCCAGGUCUGGUCCUGACUGGACGGAUACUAGAAUCAGCAAGGGAUACCCACAUGACCUGAAGGUGCUGCUGUGCAAUGCCAGGUCAAUGAUUCAUAAAACCACUGCCAUCCAUGACUUGAUCAUGGAUGGAGGACUUGACCUGGCAUGUGUAACAGAGACUUGGUUGGAUGAAGCAGAUGGGCCUGUCCUUGCUGCUGCUUGUCCACCAGGUUUCUCUUACGCACAGCAACCCAGGCCUUGUGGGCGGGGAGGGGGGGUUGCAGUGCCAUGGUCGGAUCACUUCCUGGUGCAACUGGACUUCUCCGCGACCCUUCCCCUCUGCAUGGAGGUGGGACCGAUUCAGAUGGUCCGCCUCCGCCACUUAAUGGCUCCAAAUGGUUUCCAGAGAGUGGUAGGGGAUGCUUUAUCCCAUGUUGAUGGCCUUUCAGCUGAUUCCCUGGUGACCCGCUGGAAUGUGGAGUUAACCAGGGCUAUUGACUGUUUGGCUCCGAAGCGCCCUCUUCGAUUGCAUGGAGCCCGGACAGCCCUGUGGUUUUCCACGGAUCUGAGGGCAAUGAAACAAUCGCUGAGACGGCUAGAGCGCCGGUGACGGAUAACUCAUUCUGAAGCUGACCGGACACGGGUUAGAGCUCAAUGUCGAGCCUACCAAGUGGCGGUAGUGACGGCAAAGAAGACUUUCUUCGCCGCCUCUAUUGCAAUAUGGCUAAUAUGGCUAACUAUUGCCCAGUCUCAAAUCUUCCAUUCUUGGGCAAGGUGAUUGAGCAAGUGGUUGCUGAACAACUCCAGGCACACCUGGAAGAAGUGCACCAUUUGGAUCCCUUCCAGUCGGGAUUCAGGCCUCAUCAUGGGACUGAAACUGCCUUGGUCGCACUGGUUCGAUGAUCUCCGGUGGGCUAGGGACAAAGGUGAGAGCUGUUUCCUAGUUCUGCUGGAUCUCUCAGCGGCGUUUGAUACCAUCGGCCAUAACAUCCUUCUGGACCGUCUUGAGGGGCUGGGAGCUGGGGGCACUGUCAUACAGUGGUCCCGCUCCUUCCUCCUGGGCCGUGUCCAAAAAGUGGUGGUGGGGGAUGAGUGUUCAGACCCCUGGGCUCCCACUUGUGGGGUGCCUCAGGGUUCCGUCCUCUCCCCCAUGCUUUUCAACAUCUACAUGCAGCCGCUGGGAGAGAUCAUCAGGGGGUUUGGGCUGGGUGUUCAUCAGUAUGCAGAUGAUACCCAGCUCUACCUCUCUUUCAAAUUGGAACCAGUGAAGGCGGUGAAAUUUCUGUGUGAGUGUCUAGAGGCGGUUGGAGGAUGGAUGGUGGCUAACAGAUUGAGGUUGAAUCCUGACAAGACAGAAGUACUAUUUUGGGGGGACAGGAGGCGUGGUGUGGGGGACUCCCUGGUCCUGAAUGGGGUAACUGUGCCCCUGAAGGACCAAGUGCGCAGCCUGGGAGUCAUUCUGGACUCGCAGCUGUCCAUGGAGGCGCAGGUCAAUUGUGUGUCCAGGGCAGCUGUUUAUCAGCUCCAUCUGGUAUGCAGGCUGAGACCCUCCCUGCCCGCAGACUGUCUCUCCAGAGUGGUGCAUGCUCUGGUUAUCUCUCGCUUGGACUACUGCAAUGCGCUCUAUGUGGGGCUACCUUUGAAGGUGACCCGGAAACUACAACUAAUCAAAAAUGCGGCAGCUAGACUGGUGACUGGGAGCGGCCGCCGAGACCAUAUAACACCGGUCUUGAAAGACCUACACUGGCUCCCAGAACGUUUCUGAGCACAAUUCAAAGUGUUUCUGCUGACCUUGAAAGCCCUAAACGGCCUCGGUCCAGUAUACCUGAAGGAGCGUCUCCACCUCCAUCGUUCUUCCCAGACACUGAGAUCCAGUGCUGAGGGCCUUCUGGCGGUUCCCUCGCUGCAGAAGCCAAGUUACAGGGAACCAGGCAGAGGGCCUUCUCAGUAGUGGCACCCGACCUGUGGAACGCCCUCCCACCAGAUGUCAAAGAGAAAAAUAACUACCAAACUUUUAGAAGACAUCUAAAGGCAGCCCUGUUUAGGGACACUUUUAAUGUUUAAGAGAUUAUUGUAUUUUAGUGUUUUUUGUAAGCCGCCCAGAGUGGCUGGGGAAACCCAACCAGAUGGGCGGGGUAUAAAUUAUAAAAUUAUUAUUAUUAUUAUUAUUAUUAUUAUUAUUAUUAUUAUCAGGAAGGAAACAACAGAGCAUUGUGUAGCAGAUCAUAUUUCUGCUGUCUCAGAGGAGGACAUUUCCCUUUUUCUUUUAGGGUCCAGUGUGCUUUGAAGAUGUCGCUGUUUGUUUCACGGACGAGGAGUGGGCGUUGCUGGAUCCUGACCAGAGAGCUCUGCAUAAGAACGUCAUGGAGGAGAAUUGUGGGAUAUUGGCCUCUCUUGGUAAGGCUCUCUGUGGGAUCGUCAUAUGUGCCUGGAAAUUUAAAAAAUACCUCUAUGUGACCAACCUCAUAUAUUUUCACAGAAUUCAACAGCGCCCCCUAUAACACCUGGGAACCUAACACCCCCACAAUAAACAGUAACUUACAGUUUUUUCUUUGAACAAUCUUCUUCAAAAUAUUCCUUUUUCUACCACGAUUGGGCUGGUGUAAACUUCCCAGGCCAUCUUCAGUGUCAGCUUCAACCUUCCACAAUUUUGACCACUACUAUAUAUCAGACAAAACAACAUUCAACAACUCUUCAGAAUCUAAUAAUAAAUAUGUUGGUAAAAUGACAAACAACACAGGUAAUGAACACAGACCCAACUCGUUUCAUUUCUUCUCCAUUUGUUCCUGAGGCUCUAAUCCCUUUUUGUCUCCAUUGCAGAUUCUGAUGAAUUGGAAAUUGAGAGCAAAGGUGACCACGAUAAAAUCCCCAGGGAGGAGAAGCCACGUAAAAAUUUGGAGUGUGGAGAAAGCUGCAGUCAGAGCUCCCAUUCCACUUCCCAUCAACAAAAUCUCAUUGGAAAGAAACUCUAUCAGUGCAUGGAAUGUGGAAAAAGCUUCAGGAAGAGCUCCCAUCUCACUUCCCAUCAAAGAAUUCAUACAGGGGAAAAACCCUAUCAGUGUGUGGAAUGUGGAAAGAGCUUCACUCACAGCCACAGUCUCACUUUCCAUCAAACAAUUCAUACAGGGGAGAAACCCUAUCAGUGCGCGGAAUGUGGAAAGAACUUCAGGAAGAGUUCCAAUCUCACUAAGCAUCAGAGAAUCCAUACAGGGGAGAAACCGUAUCAGUGUUUGGAAUGUGGAAAGAGCUUCCGUCAGAGCUCCCAUCUCACUUCCCAUCAAAGAAUUCAUACAGGGGAGAAACCCUAUCAGUGUGUGGAAUGUGGAAAGUGCUUCACAGAUAGUUCCUCUCUCAUUUCCCAUAAAAGAAUUCAUGCAGGGGAGAAACCCUAUCAGUGUGUGGAAUGUGGAAAGAGCUUCAGUCAGAGCUCCUCUCUCACUUUCCAUCAAAGAAUUCAUACAAGGGAGAAACCCUAUCAGUGUGUGGAAUGUGGAAAGAGCUUCAGUCAGAGCUCCUCUCUCACUUUCCAUCAAAGAAUUCAUACAGGGGAGAAACCCUAUCAGUGCGCGGAAUGUGGAAAGAACUUCAGGAAGAGUUCCAAUCUCACUAAGCAUCAGAGAAUUCAUACACUGGAGAAACCCUAUCAGUGUGUGGAAUGUGGAAAGACCUUCACAUGUAGCUCCUCUCUCACUUCCCAUCAAACAAUUCAUACAGGGACGAAACCCUAUCAGUGUGUGGAAUGUGGAAAGAGCUUCAGUCAGAGCUCCAAUCUCACUUCCCAUCAAAGAAUUCAUACAGGGGAGAAACCCUAUCAGUGCGUGGAAUGUGGAAAAAGCUUCAGGAAGAGCUCCCAUCUCACUUCCCAUCAAAGAAUUCAUACAGGGGAAAAACCCUAUCAGUGUGUGGAAUGUGGAAAGAGCUUCACUCACAGCCACAGUCUCACUUUCCAUCAAACAAUUCAUACAGGGGAGAAACCCUAUCAGUGCGCGGAAUGUGGAAAGAACUUCAGGAAGAGUUCCAAUCUCACUAAGCAUCAGAGAAUUCAUACACUGGAGAAACCCUAUCAGUGUGUGGAAUGUGGAAAGACCUUCACAUGUAGCUCCUCUCUCACUUCCCAUCAAAGAAUUCAUACAGGGGAGAAACCCUAUCAGUGUGUGGAAUGUGGAAAGAGCUUCAGUCAGAGCUCCAAUCUCACUUCCCAUCAAAGAAUUCAUACAGGGGAGAAACUCUAUCAGUGCAUGGAAUGUGGAAAAAGCUUCAGGAAGAGCUCCCAUCUCACUUCCCAUCAAAGAAUUCAUACAGGGGAAAAACCCUAUCAGUGUGUGGAAUGUGGAAAGAGCUUCACUCACAGCCACAGUCUCACUUUCCAUCAAACAAUUCAUACAGGGAGAAACCCUAUCAGUGCGCAGAAUGUGGAAAGAACUUCAGGAAGAGUUCCAAUCUCACUAAGCAUCAGAGAAUCCAUACAGGGGAGAAACCGUAUCAGUGUUUGGAAUGUGGAAAGAGCUUCCGUCAGAGCUCCCAUCUCACUUCCCAUCAAAGAAUUCAUACAGGCAGAAACCGUAUCAGUGUGUGGAAUGUGGAAAGUGCUUCACAGAUAGUUCCUCUCUCAUUUCCCAUAAAAGAAUUCAUGCAGGGAGAAACCCUAUCAGUUUGUGGAAUGUGGAUAUAGCUUCAGUCAGAGCUCCUCUCUCACUUUCCAUCAAAGAAUUCAUACAGGGAGAAACCCUAUCAGUGUGUGGAAUGUGGAAAGAGCUUCAGUCAGAGCUCCUCUCUCACUUUCCAUCAAAGAAUUCAUACAGGGGAGAAACCCUAUCAGUGCGCGGAAUGUGGAAAGAACUUCAGGAAGAGUUCCAAUCUCACUAAGCAUCAGAGAAUUCAUACACUGGAGAAACCCUAUCAGUGUGUGGAAUGUGGAAAGACCUUCACAUGUAGCUCCUCUCUCACUUCCCAUCAAAGAAUUCAUACAGGGGAGAAACCCUAUCAGUGUGUGGAAUGUGGAAAGAGCUUCAGUCAGAGCUCCAAUCUCACUUCCCAUCAAAGAAUUCAUACAGGGGAGAAACCCUAUCAGUGCGUGGAAUGUGGAAAGAACUUCACUCACAGCCACAGUCUCACUUUCCAUCAAACAAUUCAUACAGGGGAGAAACCCUAUCAGUGCGUGGAAUGUGGAAAGAACUUCAGGAAGAGCUCCUCCCUUACUUCCCAUCAAAGAAUUCAUACAGGGGAAAAACCCUAUCAGUGCAUGGAAUGUGGAAAAAGCUUCAGAAAUAGCUCCUCUCUCACUUCCCAUCAAAUAAUUCAUACAGGGGAAAAACCCUAUCAGUGUGUGGAAUGUGGAAAGACCUUCACAUGUAGCUCCUCUCUCACUUCCCAUCACACAAUUCAUACAGGGGAGAAACCCUAUCAGUGCGUUGAAUGUGGAAAGAGCUUCAGGAAGAGCUCCAAUCUCACUUCCCAUCAAAGAAUCCAUACAGGGGAGAAACCGUAUCAGUGUUUGGAAUGUGGAAAGAGCUUCAGUCAGAGCUCCCAUCUCACUUCCCAUCAAAGAAUUCAUACAGGGGAGAAACCCUAUCAGUGUGUGGAAUGUGGAAAGAGCUUCACAGAUAGUUCCUCUCUCAUUUCCCAUAAAAGAAUUCAUACAGGGAGAAACCCUAUCAGUGUGUAGAAUGUGGAAAGAGCUUCAGUCACAGUGCCAAUCUUACUUCCCAUCAAAGAAUCCAUACAAUGGCCGGAAAAACCAUUAUACAGCCUUAGGAACCAGGCAGACGCACCUUUUUAACCAGGCUUUUGGCUGAUUGACAUCUAAUGCCCUUUUAAUAUGUGGUUGUUUUUUUGUUUCUUGUUUUUUUAUGUUGGAACCAUCCUGAGACCUGUGGGUGUAGGGAAUAGGCGCCAACUCUUAAAGGCCUAGAGGUCUUUGCCCCACCCCCAAUAAAAUAUUUAAGGAUGCC